AUGACCUUUGCAGAUGAUGCUGGUGAAUAUUCCAUUGUUGCUCGCAACCAACAAGGAGAAGUUUCUGCUUCAGCUCAAUUAUUGGAGGAAGAUGAGUACGAAGUUUACAUGAAGCAGCACCAGGAAGUAACAUAUCGGACAGAAAUAUCUACACAGUAUGUCCAAGAACCCAAAGUUGCAGAAGUAGCGCCUAUCAUUGCGAUGACUGAAUAUGACAAAGAACAAAUACUAAUCAGAAAGAAAAUGGGAAAAAGUUCAGUGAUGAUGAAAACUGUGACUGAAGAGCAGGAAUAUCACAUUUCUGCAUUUGAAGAAAGACUUAUUAAAGAAAUUGAAUUCCGAAUCAUUAAGAUUACUCUGGAGGAACUUCUUGAGGAAGAUGGUGAAGUAAUGUCCAUGGAUUUUUCGCAAGAUGAAUCUAUUGAACCUGGAUUUGACUCAGCGGUGAAAAGCUACAGAAUUCUUGAGGGAAGGGUGGCUGCAUUUCACUGCAAGCUCUCUGGUUACCCAUUGCCCAAGGUCGCGUGGUUUAAAGAUGGACGGCGUAUCAGACAAGGAAGCCAUUACCACAUGGAGAUUACUGAGGAUGGCAAGGCCAGUCUCCAUAUUGCUGCAACUGUGCCUGAGGACGAGGGGAUCUACACUGUAUUUGCCAGCAACAUCAAAGGAAAUGCUAUCUGUUCAGGAAAGCUCUUCAUUGAACCCGUUGGGACUCCAAUAGGCCACGCUUACCUGCCAACCACGGAAAUAAUGAAGAGAAUGCGUUCUGUGUCUCCGCGAUCGCCAAGCCGCUCACCUGCACGAAGGCUGGAAGACACAGACGAGAGUCAGCUGGAGAGACUAUACAAACCUGUGUUUGUGCUGAAACCCACGUCAUUCAAAUGUUGCGAGGGACAGACGGCUAGAUUUGACCUCAAGGUUGUUGGCAGACCCAUGCCGGAGACAUUAUGGUUUCACAAUGGAAGUCAGGUUGUCAACGAUUAUACUCACAAAAUUGUAGUAAAGGAAGACGGGAUUCAGUCCCUGAUCAUCGUGCCCGCUCUGCCAAGCGAUUCUGGCGAAUGGAUUGUUGUAGCUCAGAACAGAGGUGGCAAAAGCUCAGUUUCCAUGACACUCAGCGUAGAAGCUAAGGAACAUUUAGUGAAACCGCAGUUUGUGGAGAAAUUGAAAAACGUCAGUGUUAAAGAGGGGACGCCUGUUGCAAUGUCAGUAAAAGCAGCCGGGAAUCCGAACCCUGACAUUGUGUGGCUCAAAAAUAGCGAGAUUAUUGCACCGCACAAGUACCCAAACAUUAAAAUUGAAGGCGCCAAGGGAGAAGGUGCACUUAAAAUACAGUCCGCAGCUAGUUACGAUGCUGCCUGGUACACUGCUACUGCCAUCAAUAAAGCAGGUCGAGACACAACCAGGUGUAAACUCAAUGUUGAACUUGAGUUUUCUGAACCUGAGCCAGAACGCAGGCUAAUCAUUCCCAAAGGAACAUACAAAGCUAAAGAGAUAUCCGCUCCUGAGCUCGAGCCCCUCCACCUCCGCUACGGGCAAGAGCAGUGGGAAGAGGGUGACUUGUAUGAUAAGGAGAAACAACAGAAACCCCAUUUCAAGAAGAAGACGACUUCUGUUAGACUCAAACAUUUCUCGCCAGCUCACUUCGAAUGCCGACUCACACCAAUUGGCGACCCAACGAUGGUGGUGGAGUGGUUGCAUGACAGCAAACCUCUUGCUGCAGCUAACCGACUGCGCAUGAUCAAUGAAUUUGGAUAUUGCAGCCUUGACUACGAGAUAGCGUAUCCCAGGGACAGUGGUAUCAUCACCUGCAGAGCUACGAACAAGUACGGUGUCGAUCAGACGUCAGCUACUCUUAUCGUAAAAGACGAAAAGAGCCUCGUUGAAGAGUCUCAGUUACCCGAGGGCAGAAGAGGAAUGCAGCGGAUUGAAGAACUUGAAAGAAUAGCUCAUGAAGGUGCGCUGACAGGUGUUUCCGAAGACCUCGGAAAAGAACAAACAAAACCCGAAAUCGUUUUGUUCCCGGAACCGGCGAGAGUUUUGGAAUUAGAAACCGCACGUUAUCGUUGCCGUGUCACAGGGUAUCCAUAUCCCAAAGUCAACUGGUACCUCAACGGGCAACUCAUUCGCAAGAGCAAACGGUUCCGAAUCCGUUAUGAUGGUAUCUAUUACUUGGAAAUUGUCGAUUGUAAAUCGUAUGAUUCGGGCGAUGUCAAGAUAACGGCUGAAAAUCCCAAGGGGGUUGUCGAACAUACCGUUAAACUGGAAGUAACACAAAGAGAAGAUUUCAGGUCUAUCCUCCGUCGAGCCCCAGAACAGAGAAUCGAAAUGGGACUCUCAGAUAUAAACAAGCCAUUCUUUGAAGUGGUAAAGGUAGAGAAACAAGCUGAUGCAAAGAGCAAAGAAAUCGUGAAGCUUAAAAAGGCUGAAAGAAUAUUUCACGAGAAACUCACAGAGGAAACUGAAGAACUACGCAGCAAGUUCAAGCGUAGAAAGGAGGAGGGUUAUUAUGAAGCUAUUACAGCAGUUGAGCUCAAGUCGCGCAGAAAGGACGAGGCCUAUGAAGAUAUGUUAAGAAAAAGGAAGGACGAACUUCUUCACUGGACCAAAGAGGUGCCCGAGGAGGAAAAGAAACCACCACUUCCUGAAGGCACUGUGACCAUCCCAACCUUCAAACCAGACAGAAUUCAGUUAUCGCCCAGUAUGGAAGCCCCCAAGAUCUUGGAGCGCAUUCAGAGUCAGACAGUCGCUCAUGGAGAUGAUGCUCGUUUCCAUGUCAGAGUGGUGGGCAGGCCAGAUCCCGAAUGCCAGUGGUUUAAGAAUGGCGUUAAGAUAGAAAAGACUGAACGAAUCUACUGGUACUGGCCUGAAGACAAUGUCUGUGAACUUGUGAUCCGAGAUGUUACACCCGACGAUUCAGCCAGUAUCAUGGUGAAAGCCAUCAAUGUGGCUGGAGAAAUCUCAAGCCACGCUUUCCUGCUCGUACAAGCCAAACAAGUCAUUACAUUUACUCAGGAGCUGCACAACGUUCAUACAAAAGAGAACAGCACAAUGGCAGCGUUUGAGUGUGAAUUGUCGGAACCAUUCUUCAAGGUGGAAUGGUUUAAGAAUGGAGUGAGCAUCUCUACCAGUGAAAAAUAUCGAACACAUUCGGACCGGAGAAUUCAUUUCCUAUCUGUUUUGGGUAUUGAAAUGAGUGACGCCGCAGAAUACACUUGCGCGCUUGUUGAAGAUAAUUCUAUACAAUCAACAGCCAAGCUUAUUGUUGAAGCGACUGUUCACGAGUUCAUCACUGAGCUCUCGGACUUGGAAGUUUCGGAAUCCUUCUCAGGUGAUUUGGAAUGUGCCUUCUCAAGCGAAGAUGCGGAAGGUAAAUGGUACAAAGGAGACGUCGAGAUCCACAACAGCGGCAAGUACUACAUUUCUUCUCGUCGUGGCCGUCACCUUCUUACCGUUAAGGAUGUUGCAAAGGACGAUCAGGGUUCGUACAGCUUUGUCGUCGACGGCAAAAGAACAAGUUGCACUCUGAAGAUGAGACCACGUGCUGUGACAAUCCUCCACGGCCUUGCAGACCAGACAAUUUGUGAGGGAGAUAUUGCCCAAUUUGAAGCGAAAUUCUCUCAAGAGAACGUUGAAGGUGUCUGGAAGAAGGACGGCUGUGAAAUCCAGGCGAAUGAGCGUAUUCACAUUGUGAUUGACAAAGCUUCGCAUAUGUUGCUCAUCGAGGAUGCCAUAAAAGAUGAUGCUGGCACCUAUUCAUUUCACAUCUGUGAUUUUGACCUCUCAACAUCUGGACGUUUAAGCGUACAGUGUGUCGAUAUUGUGGUCCCCCUUAAAGAUCUUAACGUUGUUGAAGGAACAAAGGCAGUCUUAGAAUGCAAAGUCUCAGUUGCACAUAUUACUUCCGUCAAGUGGUUCUUUAAUGACGAACAGAUUCAGAUGAAUGACCGGUUGCAGAGUGUGGCCAAAGGUUCUAAGCAGCGGCUGGCGAUCAGCAGGACAUUUGCCUCUGAUGAAGGGUGUUACAAGCUCGUCAUUGGCAAAGCUGAAACUAGCUGCAACGUCAGUGUUGAACGAAUCACAAUUGUUCGAGGACUCAAAAGCGUGACCUGCACCGAGACGCAGAAUGUGACGUUUGAGGCCGAGUUGUCUCACCCGGGGAUUGAUGUGGCGUGGAUGUUCCGAAGCCAAGAACUCAGACCGGGUCCCAAAUUCAAGCUGGAAGCACGCGGCAAAAUCUACAAGCUGAUUCUGCUGAACGUAAUGAAAGACGAGGAGGGAGAAUACACAUUCUCUGCUGGUGACAAGACCUCAAAAGCAAACCUGACAGUCUCAGGUGGUGCUAUCAGCAAACCUCUUAAGGACCAAACUGUAGCUGAAUCACAGCAAGCGAUCUUUGAAUGUGAAGUUGCCAAUGCAUACGCUGAGGGAACAUGGCUGAAGGAUGGCAAGUCAAUAAAUUUCACUAAUAUGAUCCGAAGCGAAGAAGAUGGAGUUAGGAGACGUCUCAUAUUUGAGGUCACUAAGUCUGAAGAUUCAGCUGAAUAUUCAUACCAAAUUGCAACCUCUAAGACAUCUGCUCAACUGAAGGUUGAAGCUGUCAAGAUAAAGAAGACUUUGAAGAACCAGACGGUGACAGAAACCCAGGAAGCGGUUUUUACCUUAGAACUUACACAUCCAGACGUGUCUGGAGCCCAGUGGAUCAAAAACGGGGAAGAACUCAAGUCUAAUGCCAAAUACGAGAUUACUGUACAAGGAUUUGUGCAUACUCUCAAAAUUAAGAAGUGUGUAAUGAUCGAUGAAUCUGUCUACAGCUUCAAACUCGGCAGAUUGUCAGCCAAUGCCAGGCUUCAUGUGGAAAUUAUCAAGAUAGUGAAGAAACCAAGGGAUACGACUGCCAUGGAAAAUGGCACUGCUACUUUUGAACUUAAUCUGUCGCACGAUAAUAUCCCUGUGAAAUGGAUGUUCAACAACAUAGAACUCAAGUCAAACGAUCACUGCAAAGUCAUUUCUGAAAGGAAAGUUCACAAACUAGUGCUGGAGAACGUCACUCCUGUAGAUGCUGGCGACUAUUCUGCAGUUGUCGGGCAGCUUGACUGCAAAGCGAAACUUUACGUAGAAUCUGUCCACAUCACCAAGACCAUGAAGAAUAUUGAAAUCCCAGAGACCAAAACUGCCACCUUUCAGUGUGAAGUCUCACAUUUCAACGUCCCAGCCACCUGGUUGAAGAAUGGUGUGGAAAUAGAAAUGAGUGACAAGUUCAAAGUUGUUGUGCAAGGAAAAUUGCACCAGCUAGUUAUUAUGAAUACCAGUCACCAGGAUUCUGCAGAAUAUACCUUCAUCUGUGGAAAUGACAAAGUCUCUGCUACAUUGACAAUAAAACCAAUCCUAAUAACAUCUAUGCUGAAGGACAUAAAUGCACAGGAAAAAGACACCAUUACCUUUGAGAUAACAGUCAACUACGAAGGGAUUACUUACAAAUGGCUGAAGAAUGGGAAAGAGAUCAAAUCAACAGAGAGAUGCCAGAUAAAGACCAAGCAAACCAAACACACUCUCACCGUUCGAAACAUUCACUUUACUGACGCUGCAGAGUAUGCCUUCACUGCUGGAUCAGCAACAUCAACAGCGCAGUUAUUUGUGGAAGCUCGUCUCAUUGAAUUUAGAAAGCACAUCAAAGAUAUCAAAGUUGUUGAGAAGAAAAAGGCUACCUUUGAAUGUGAAAUCUCAGAGCCCGGCAUCACAGUGCAGUGGAUGAAAGAUGGAGACGAAAUCUCGCACUCUGACAGAGUGAAGAUUCAAAGCGAAAAGUUCGUCCAUCGUCUCACCAUUCCUGUUGUAAAGUUAUCCGAUGCCGGAAGCUACACAGUCGUAGCAGGAGGAAGUGUAUCGUCUGCUACGUUGUACGUGGAGUCUCGACAUAUCGAGAUCUCAAAACCUAUCAGUCGAGAAAUUAAGGUGCUUGACAAGAAGCGAGCGGUCGUUGAAUUUGAAGUCAAUGAAGAUGACGUGGAAGCUCAGUGGCUCAAGGAUGGAAUUGAGAUCAACUUUCAGUUAGAAGAACGGUACAGAUACAUAGUACAAAGGCGUGUCCAUCGCAUGACCAUUACUGAAACAAGAGUUUCCGACACCGGUGAAUACACCUUUGUUGCUGGAAAAAAUCGCAGUUCUGUGACACUCUAUGUUAACGCUCCUGACCCACCUUGUUUUGUUUCUGAGCUGGAACCGUGUGCCGUGAGAGCAGGUGAACCCGCUCGCUUCUGCGGUAUGAUAACAGGCACCCCCAAAUUAGAGAUAUCGUGGUACAAAGAUGAUAAGAAACUUUCUGCGGGAUUUAAACGCAAGUUCCUCCAUGAUGAGAAUCAGUACACGUUGCUACUAAUUGAGGUUUUCCCUGAGGAUGCAGGCAUGUACAAGUGCGAAGCAUCCAACGAAGCUGGAGUGGCUAUUAGUGGUGCUUCACUUGACGUCGAAGUCCCUGAGGUUGCUUCUCCUGAAGCAGAAAUGACCAUUUAUCCACCUACCAUCAUAAGCCCGAUCCAGAGUACUUCCACUGCUGAGGGAAAACCCGCUUACUUCCAGUGUCGUGUUACUGGUUCAGAUCUAAAGGUUUCCUGGCAUACUAAGGACAAGGAGAUCAAGAUAUCACGAUUUUUUAAGAUGGUUCAGUUCGAAGAUACGUACCAGCUGGAGAUUGCUGAAGCCUACCCAGAGGAUGAAGGCCUUUACACCUGCGUAGCAUCCAACUCUGCUGGAAAGGUGUCAUGUUCCGCUACCUUAAGCCUGGGAGAUUACAAACUACAGAGCAUAGAUAGUCAGAGCUUAACAACUUCUGGAAAAGCUGUAAAGACUUUUGAAGUAUCAGAAGUGCAUAUGGAUUCUCCCGUGACAGUAACACACAUGAAGAACUAUUCAGAAGAAAUCAGUUUACAGCGAGAGCACGCGUACAAUGUUCAGACGUUUGAAAGCAUUUCCACAAGUUCGUCCAGCAAGACAGUUUCUUCUCAAAGCUGGGAAGGGGCCCAAGAAGUUUCAAGAACACAAAUCAUCCAAGGAUUUCCUCAAAAAGCUCCAAAGAUCGUGCAAGAUAUGAGCAAUGUCACAGUUCUGUUAGGUGAAGCUGCAUCUCUGAAAUGUCAAAUUCUGGCAUUCCCUAAACCUGAAGUGACUUGGUCUAGGGAAGGUCAAGAGAUUAUAGAACUGGAGGGAGUAAAGAUUGUAACUAUACCAGAAGCUGAAGUGUUAGUAUCAUCUGAGCUAACGAUACCAAAUAUCAAAGAAGAGGAUGGAGGAAUGUAUAGGUGUAAAGCUGUAAAUGCUCUUGGUGAAGGUCAAUGUGAAGCUGAAAUAACAGUUCUUGAGGUGCCCAAGAUUCUCAUUGAACUUAGUGACCUGAGGGUAAACUCCGGGCAGGUGGCACAGUUCAUCUGCUCUUUUCAGGAGGGAUCUUUCUCGGAGGUUGCGUGGAAUCACGGAGACCGAAGACUGGAAGAAUCAGAAAGACUGAAGAUAGCUCAAAAUGAAAGUGUUCUCUCUCUCACAAUCCUUAAUGUUUGCGUAGAAGAUCACGGGGAGUAUAGCUGCACUGUUAGCAACCAAGUUGGAGAAGUGAAGACGACUGCCGUACUUAUAGUAGAAGCUGAAGACAAAAAAACGAAAACAAGUACUAAAGUUCCCACUGAUAAAGGUUCAGGUAGCAAUAAAACUGAAAGCAUGCCAGAAAUUACAUCUGGUCACAAAGACCAACAAGAAUCACUGAAGAAACCAACCACCCCACCACCAACCUCAGGCAAAAAAACAACUGGGAAACAGAAGCAGAGAAGCAGAGACAUUUAUCCUGACGUAGUGCCUUUUGGAGAAUUGAUAGAGACUGGAAUCACAGUACCUCAGUUCCUAGAAAGGCUACCUCCUCAAGUCACUGUCAAAGAAGGAGAAGACGUCUCCCUGUUUUGUGUGGUGAACGCUUUGCCAUCACCGUGUGUGAUCUGGCUACAUAACCAACACAUACUUGAAGAUUCUCCAUCAUAUUCCUUGAGGCAUGAUGGAUUGCUCUGCUCUUUAAAGUUAAGGAAAGCCAGUCAGAUUCACAGUGGUGCUUAUACAUGCCAGGCAGUUAAUUCUGCUGGAGAAACGGCGUGCAACACUCUUCUUAGAGUGACAGCUUUUGAACAAGUGAUUCAAGAGAAGAUUGAACAGCAGAUUGAAAUGGAAGUGAGAGAAUUUUCUAGCUCUCUUACCAUCUCUGCUGAAGACGAGAGGAAAGAUUUCUACAGCAGUGACCUUCAUUUGACCGAUAAAACAUUUGAACUCAAACCCGAAUCUCAAGUUAAAUCUAGCACUUUGGAGAUAAAAACUGAUGCUACCACAUCAAAAGCAGUCCCAGUAUUCAUUAAACAAAUUUCCAACAUUGAGGUAUUUGUUGAGGAUGUAGCCAAGUUUUCUGUUACCGUGACUGGAAUUCCAAAACCCUCUAUUCAGUGGUUUUACAACAGCAAAAAGUUGUCUCCUUCACAAAACUACAAAUUUGUGUAUGAUAAGAAUGAGUAUAGUUUAAUUAUUUCUUAUACAAAACUUACAGAUGAGGGAGAAUAUACUUGUUCAGCGAGUAAUGUAUAUGGGGAGACUUCUUGCAGUGCCUAUCUAAGGGUCAAAGUAAAGGAAGACAUGGGAGGGUUCAGAAAAUCAGCUGCCAAACCUCCAGUUGCAAAACCAACAGAAAAGAAAAUAAGUAAAGAGCUACUAACAAAGGAAGUCGGGGGCAAGCCACCCCAUUUCGUUAAAGAACUUAAACCUUUGCAGUGCCCCAAAGGGCGAGCUGCCAAAUUUGAGUACAAACUGGUGGGAGAACCAAUGCCAGAAGUCCACUGGUACAAAGGGAAUCACCAGCUUCACCGGAACGUGUACUACAGCAUCAGUUCCAAUUCUGAUGGCUCGGGAUCAUUAACGAUUAACAGCGCACAGGAAGGUGAUAGCGGUUUGUACCACUGCAAAGCGUUCAACCCAUUUGGAGAAGCAACUUGCGCCGUCGAGCUGGUUGUGCUCGGUGCCGCAUGUGCUGGUGGCCAGCAAACCCAGCAGAAAGUAGCCCAAAAGCCAACCACUAAAGCGUAUAAAGAAUCCGUGAGUGUUGACCAAGCCAUAGAGUCGCGUUUAUUCGUGGUCAAAUUGCCAGGUGACGCAGGGGCUGACUUGCAGAAAGGCGAUCAGUUGGUGUACACGAUAGCAACAGAAGAUAAGCAUUCGCUACGCAGCGAACGGACGGGCUUGUUGCGCGAUGUGACUAUCUCAGCUGCGGAAUCGGGGGUAACGAAGAGUCAGAUGGUAAUGCAUUCGCAGACUACCCAAGAGAGUCAUCGAUUUCUCGAGCAACACUCUGAACCAAUUGAAAGUCCAACAGUUGUUACGUUACCAAGCACAGAAGUAGAGCAAGAGCCUCAACUCACUCUGUCCGCAGUUGCAAAGAAAGCCACAAUUCCAAAGGAGGGCACUUUCAGCGUUGCUGAAGAAUUGCAGGUAAUUGAAGCUGUAGCAGCAGUUGAUAUACGGACAAUAGGUACAGCAACAGAAGCAAAGUCAUCGAGAGAGUUACCAAAGCCAUUCCUAAUGCCUGUUAUUGAAAGCCAGAAAAUGUUCCCAAAAGAAUCGAUAUUUAAAUCGCAUAAAUCUGAAGUGCAACGGGCUUCACGUGCAAAGGAUCACAUCAUGAAAUCUGUGCUGGUAACGGAGGAAAAACAGCAGCUUUCAGCUGAAUACGCAGAAGCAAUAAUUGGCUUAGACAGUGCAACAGCACUCAAGUCUGUGAAAGAACAAAAGCAGACUUUGCAUCUGCAGGUUAUUCACCAACAAGACACUCUGCCCAGAGAAUCCACGUUCACUUUUGAAGUACCCUCAGAGGAGAAAGCUGAAGUGAGGAAAAGCCCAACAUUGCUGCAUUCACUGCUGUCUGACGAGCAGCAAUCCGCAUCUGAUGAAUUUACUACUGAGUUACCCAGUGUGAAGGACGCCAUCACCUGCAAAUCUACAAAAGAAUGUGCUUCUCUCUUAUUUCCUACUGCCAUAGAGACUGGACACAUUCUGCAAAAGGAAGAUAUAAUUCCUUACGAGAAGCCCUCUCCUCAUACGGCGGUCUAUAAACUGGAGAAAGUGUAUACUUGUGCAGCAGUUGCAGAAGAACAACGAGAGAUGCUCGCGGAGCAAAUUAAAGCUCUUGAGAAGGAAGCCGAAGGUUUACAUUCGGAGGUAAAAAGUGAGCCCGUUCCACAAACCUGCCUCCAGUCUGUGACUCUGCCGAUGUUGCUGUCAAAGGAGAAGAGCUUUACCUUUGAAGAAAAAGAGCAGCGUGCAGUACUAAAUAAAGUAGAUGACAUAGUCAAAGAGUUCAGUACUACCAUUGACAGUAAGGUCCUGCAAGAUGACUUUGCUGGCACUUUUGCGACCCCAAGUGCCACAACCUGUAAGGAUAAAUAUGAACCGAAAUUGCUUUCAAUUUCUGUACAUGUUGAGGAAAAGGCUCUUUCGACAGAAAGCACAAGUACCUUAGAGGCGGCAGAACAAGACUUUGCCGUUCGAAUCCAGGAGGGGCAGUCGGUAAGAAUUCCUUUGUUGCUUCAUGAGAAACAACUCUUUAAAGAGGAACAUACUUCGGCGACCGAGAGAGCAAGUGAAACCUCGCUGAAGGUAGUGAAACAGUCGCAGCAGAAACUACAAGCUCACGUCGUAGAAAAGAGUGAUAUAUUUCCGAAAGAACUCCCGUUUGUGGUGCAAACUCCCCAAACAGUCACUCUGCAUGUAAAUAUACAGAUUAAGAAAGCACUUCAAGCUGCUCUAGCGAGCAAACAGUGGGUCCUUUCUUCAGAUUUGCUGGGCAGCAUCGACGAGGUUAAAAUUAAGGAGAUAAAAAUUCAGAAAGAACCUCAGUACACUUUGUAUACCUACCAGAUUACCAAUACCUGUCCUUCUAUAGAAGUGACUCUAGCCUUUGAAGGGGAAUACCCUCACAAAGCUGAUCUGAGAGAGGAAUUGAGAGCUGUAUUGCAUUCUAUUAUUCAUCAACAGCAACUGAUACUCAUGACAGAGAAACCAUGUACCGUUCUCGCUCCAACCGAUAGACUUGUGAAAUUGCUGAGUACCACUGAAGCAGAGGGUUUUGUCACGGUUCAAGAUCAGCAAACAGUGAUCAUCAAAAAAGAGAAAAUCUUAGAGAAAGCUAGAAAGAGUGAAGCCCAAACACCACCAGUGAUCACUGAAGGGCUAUCGGAUAUGGAAAUUGAUGAAGAUAGCGAAGUAAUGUUUAGCACAGUGAUAACAAAAGUUCAAAAGGUAAAUUGGUACAUCAAUGCAAGGCAAAUUACUUCCAAAAAAGAGUUCAAAUGUUUGCAAGAAGGUGACACUUACUCACUUAUAAUCAACAAAGUAUGCAAAGAGGAACAUCAAGGAGAAUAUGUCUGUGAGGCACUGAAUGAAGCUGGAAAAGCAACUACUUCUGCAAAACUCACAGUUAUUAUAAGAGUGCCUCCGUCCUUCAAGAGGAAGAUUGAAUCAUUGCAAGUGACACUUGGACAGAUUGCUGAGUUUCACUGUGAGGUUGAACCGAUUCCCGAUGUCAGAUUCCAGUGGUUCCGAGCAGGAUCUGAACUUCGCGAUAGUGAAAAGCUCUCCAUUGUUACCGAGAGGUAUAUCUCCACCUUGAAGCUUUUGAAGCCCCAACUGAUCGACUGUGGUGAAUAUACCUGCACAGCAUCAAACCAAAGUGGCAGUGUAAGCAGUAGUGCUAAAUUGCUUGUGACUGAACUCUUCCCGCCAAGCUUUGUAACUAGACCAGAUCCGGUUACAACAUUUGUGGGUAAAACUGCGAAAUUUCAGUGCGUUGUAGCUGGAUCACCUGUGAUCCACACUGUUUGGCAGAAGAACGGAGUUGAUAUAACUCAGGAAGAAAAUCUCAAGAUUUCAGACAAAGAAUACAAGCGCAGUCUGGAAAUUAGUCAUUUGAAGUUGGAAGACAAGGGCAAUUACUCUUGUAAAGUGACCAAUCACGGUGGCACUGAUAUCUGCAGCGUGCAGCUGAUAGUACUUGACAAACCACAUUUCACUAGGAGUCUCCAAGCCGUCAAGACUGUAGUUAACAGCAAUGUGCGUCUUGAAUGUCAAGUGGACGAAGACACAGGAGUCAAGGUUGCAUGGAAGAAAGAUGAAGAAACACUUCGACCAGGCAAAGAUUAUAGAAUGACAUUUGAAGACAAGGUAGCGGUUUUGGAAAUCCUGAAAAGCAGGCUAAAAGAUUCAGGAAAUUAUAUGUGCACAGCUUCAAAUGAAGCUGGAAGUACAUUCUGCUCAGCAUUAGUCACAGUAAAAGAACCUCCUUCCUUCGUGAAGAAGCCAGAUCCAACUCUGCUGUUGAAACAAGGCGAUUCCACACGUUUGCAAUGCAAAAUAAAAGGCUCACCUGAAAUCAGUGUGACCUGGUACAAGAACAAUGACAUUCUCAGCCCCUCAGAAAAAUACCGAACAUCGUUUAUUGAUUCUAUGGCUGUCCUUGAGAUAGCUGACCUGAGCAUUGAGGAUGGUGGGGAUUAUGUUUGCGAAGCACAAAACGAAGCUGGUACUGACAGCUGCAACUGUGUCAUUAUAAUCAAAGAACCUCCUUCUUUUAGCAAGGAAUUUGAACAAGCUGAGGUAGUCAAAGGACUCAAUCACACUCUUCAGUGCGAGUUGCUCGGUACACCUCCAUUUGAAGUUGUCUGGCAUAAAGACAGAAAGCAGGUUCGAAGUAGUAAGAAAUACAGGAUGAUCUGCCAGAAUACUCGGGCUUCCCUGCACAUUAGUUCCUUUGAGUUCUCAGAUGUUGGUGAUUAUCAGUGCACCGUCUCAAAUGAAGUAGGAAAAUGUUCCUGUGGGGCUUCAGUAAAGAUAAAAGAACCCCCUAUGUUUGUGAAGAAGAUUGAAAACGUCACUUCACUUUUGGAGAGCGUUGCUGUGUUUCAAUGUACCGUGAAAGGUUCAGCUCCCAUCACUCUCACUUGGGUAAAAGAUAAAAAUAUUAUCACCCAGAGCGACAAUAUCAAGAUGACUUUUGAGAACAAUAUUGGGACUCUUCAAAUUGCCGCUGUUGAAAUGAACAACGGUGGGAAGUACUCCUGUGAGAUCGAAAAUGAAGCUGGAAGUCAGAAAUGCCUUGCAGUACUGACUGUGAAAGAACCGGCAAAAAUCAUAGAGAAAGCAGAGCCCAUCAGUGUGACUGCAGGGGACCCAGCAACUCUGGAAUUCAUUAUAGCUGGUACACCUGAACUCAAAGCUAAAUGGUUCAAGGAUGGCAAAGAGUUACUAUCUCCAAGGAAAUACAAGACAAUUCUUUCAGACAAGGUGGCCAGCCUAAAGAUAUUCUCUGUAGAAAGAGAUGAUAGCGGCGAAUAUUCUUUUGAAGUCAAAAAUGACGUGGGUAGUUGCAGUUGCAAAACAUCUAUCACUGUGCUGGAUCGUAUGAUCGCUCCUUCAUUCACUAAAAAACUCCGGAAGGAGUCAGGCAUUUUGGGCGCUUCCUCACACCUGGAAUGCAAGUUCUCCGGUUCUGUUCCCAUCAGCAUCUCUUGGUACAAAGACGACAAAGAGCUAUCGGUCAGUGACAAAUACAAAAUAACAUGUCACGACAAUACCGCUAGUCUGGAGAUUAGUCAGCUGGAGCUUUCAGACUGUGGAACCUAUUCCUGCAAAGCUACAAAUCCUGCGGGAAAGGAUGAAUGCAGUGGGGUUUUAGCUGUCAAAGAACCCCCAAGUUUCCUCGUAAAACCAAUAUCUGAGCAAGUAGUACCUAGUUCAUCAGUGAAGUUCAAGGCCAUCAUAGAUGGAACACCUCCAUUUGCAAUUAAAUGGAUCAAAGGGAACACAGAGCUGGUGACUGGCGGUAGCUGCUUCAUUAUGAAGGACAAUACUUCCACUUUCCUUGAACUUUCUUCGGUGAAACCUUCUGACAUGGGUGACUACACUUGUGAAAUCAGCAACGAUGCAGGAACAAUUUCAAGUACAGCAAACCUCUUUGUGAAAGAACCACCAACCUUCGUUCUGAAACCAGAUCCCACAGUAUUGGUGAAAAAGGGAGAUUCAACAUCGUUUGAGUGCACUGUAACAGGCACGCCUGAGAUCAAAGUUACCUGGUACAAGUAUGAAACUGAAAUUCAACCAACUAACCAAUUCAGAACAUCGUUUGUUGAUUCGGUGUCAAUGCUUGAGAUUAUCGACGCUAAUGUGGAGGACAGUGGUCAGUACAUUUGCGAAGCACAGAAUGAAGCCGGCACUGACAGAUGCACUGUGACAGUUACAGUUAAAGAACCUCCUUCUUUUAGAAAGAAGCUCGACGCUGUUGAGGUGGUGAAAGCCACUGAUCUUUGUCUUGAGUGUGAAGUGGCUGGCACAGUCCCUUUCGAAGUCACUUGGUUUAAGGACAAUAAGCAAAUCCGACCUAGUAAAAAAUUCCAGGUGACCGACAGACACUCUUUAGUCAGUCUUUAUAUUCAAAAGAUCGAUAGCUCAGACGUGGGUGAAUACCGGUGCAAAGUAGCAAACGAUGUGGGAAGUUGCACUUGUUCUGCCGGAGUUCGAUUGAAAGAACCCCCAUCGUUUGUGCAGAAGAUUGAGAAUGUGAUGGCAUUAUCAGGAAAUUCGACCACUUUUGAAGGCUGUGUAAGAGGUGCAUCUCCUCUGUUUGUUACCUGGAUGAAAGACAAGGAUGAACUCCGAGAAGAUGAUAAUAUUAAAAUUUCUUUUGAGAACAACAUUGCAAUACUUCACAUUGCUGCUGUUGAACACAGUCACAGUGGAAAGUACACAUGCCAGGCCAACAAUGAUGCAGGCAUUGAGAAGUGUUUUGCCACCUUGUUAGUUGCAGAACCCGCACAAAUCCUAGAGAAAACAGAACCACUAAAUGUUACUUCAGGAACCACAGCGAUUUUGGAAUGUGUUGUAGCUGGCACACCAGAACUCAAAGUAAAAUGGUUCAAGAAUGGACAUGAGGUGACAUCCAGCAGAAAAUAUAAAAUCAGCUGUGUGAAUAAAGUGGCCAGCCUUAAGGUUCUGUCUGUUGAUAAGGAUGACAGUGGCGAGUAUACAUUCGAGGUCAAGAAUGAGUUUGGACAAGACAGCUAUAAAACGUCUCUGACAGUGCUAGAUCGAAUGAUUGCUCCAUCAUGUACAAGAAAGUUAAAGAAAAUGGAUAACAUAUUAGGGGCUUUCAUGCACAUGGAAUGCAAAGUGUCUGGUUCUCAUCCAAUCAACAUUACUUGGUGUAAAGAUGACAAAGAGAUAAUGGCAAAUGACAAAUACAAAAUAUCUUUUGAAGACAACACAGCAGUUUUGGAGAUCGAUCAACUUGAAAUCACGGAUGGUGGAAAUUACUAUUGCAAAGCAACAAAUGAUGCUGGAAGUUGUGAUUGCAGUGGAUUCUUAUCCGUCAAAGAGCCACCAAGCUUUGUAGAAAAAAUAGUAUCCCAAGGUAGCAUAAUUGGAUCCACGGUGCAAUUUAAGAGUGUCGUGGCAGGAACUCUUCCACUGACAGUGAAAUGGUUCAAAGGAAGUCGGGAACUGAAGCCUGGUACAGCAUGUUCCAUUUGGAAUGAAGGCUCAACACACUUCAUGGAACUAAUUUCAACUAAAACGACGGAUGCAGGUGGUUAUACCUGCAAAGUCAGCAAUGACGUUGGUGCAGAAACCUGUAAUGCAGAACUACUCAUAAAAGAACCUCCGACUUUUACUCAGAAGCCAGCUCCUACCGCUGUGUUAAAAAGGGGAGAGUUUGGACGUUUUGAGUGCAAAAUAGCCGGUACACCGCAAAUCACAGUUACUUGGUAUCUAAAUAACCAUGAAAUUAGAGCCAGUGAGAAAUACAGGAUAUCAUUUGUAAACUCAUUGGCACUGCUCGAAAUUGCUGGGAUAAGCAUUGAAGACAGUGGCGAUUAUUCCUGCGAAGCACAGAACGAAGCUGGUAGCAACGGUUGCAACUUUGUGGUACAAGUUAAAGAACCACCCGUAUUUACAAAGAAGCUUGAAUCUGUAGAAGUAGUGAAAACAAGCGAUGUGCCUCUUGAAUGUGAGGUGACUGGUACAGGUCCCUUUGACGUUGCAUGGUAUAAGGACAGUAAGCACAUUCGACCUGGUAAAAAGUACCAGAUGACUUCUGAUGAUUCAUUAGCCAGUCUUUGCAUUCUAAAGUCUGACUUCUCAGAUGCUGGUGAAUACCAAUGUACAGUAAAGAAUGAUGUGGGCAGUUGUUCCUGUAGUGCUGGAGUCAGUUUGAAAGAACCCCCAGGAUUUACACAGAAGUUUGAGAAUAUGACAGUGUUUGCUGGGAAAUCCACCGUAUUUCAAUGCCUGGUAAAAGGCUCAAAACCUCUUUAUGUAACUUGGAUGAAAGAUAAGGAUGAUGUGAAAGAGGAUGGUGAUAUAGCCAUGUCAUUUGAGAACAAUAUUGCCACCCUGCAAAUAACCGGCACUGGAGAAAAACAUGCAGGGAAAUAUAUAUGUCAGGCCAAGAAUGAUGCUGGAACUGAGAAGUGUUCUGCCACAUUAUUGGUAGCAGAACCAGCAAAAAUUACAGAGCAAGCACAUUCGCUUAGCGUGACUGUGGGUGAUCCAGCGAAUCUGGAAUGUACUGUCACUGGUACACCAGAAAUAAAAGUAAAAUGCAUUAAGGAUGGAAAGGAGCUGGUGUCUGGCAGGAAAUACACAAUCAGCUUCCAGAAUAAUGUGGCCAGCCUAAAGUUUCCAUCUGUUUGUAAGGAGGAUAGUGGUGAUUAUACAUUUGAGGUCAAGAAUAAGUUUGCGUCCUGCAGCUGCAAAGCUUCACUGACAGUCCUAGAUCAAAUAGUUCCUCCAGAAUUUACCAGAAAAUUACGGAAAAUGGACAGUGUUUUAGGAUCUUUUAUACUCAUGGAAUGCAAAGUUUCUGGUUCUCUUCCAAUCAGUUUUUCAUGGUAUAAGGAUGACACAAUAAUAUCUGCUAGUAAAAGAUGCAAACUGUCGAGCCAUCACAACACAGCGGUUUUGGAGAUUAAUGAACUAGAGAUGGCAGAUGGUGGAGUUUAUGCUUGUAAGGCAACCAAUUCAGCGGGAAGUGACGAUUGCAGCAAUACCUUUAUUGUAAAAGAACCACCAAGUUUUAUCGAAAGACCUGUUGCCCAGGAGGUUAUACCUGGCUCUUCAGUGCAGUUUAAAAGUGUUGCACGAGGAACUUCUCCGCUGUCUAUCAAAUGGCUGAAGGAUGGCAGGGAAUUGAUGUCUGGAGCUGAAUGCUUCAUUUUAAUUGAAGGCUCAUCGAGUUUGCUAGAGCUAUUUUCAGCCAAAAUUUCCGAUACCGGUGAAUAUACUUGCGAAGCCAGCAACAGCGUUGGCAGUGAAACUUGUACGACGAGGCUCUUUGUCAAAGAACCUCCAUAUUUUAUUAAGAAGUUAGACCUAACAGCAGUGUUAAAAACAGGAGAAACAGCACGCUUUGAGUGCAAAUUAACUGGCACACCCGAAAUCAGUGUGACUUGGUACAGAAAUAACUGUGCAAUUAGUGGCAGUGGAAAACACAGAAUAUCAUUUGUUGAUUCUGUGGCAAUCUUUGAAAUUACUGAUGUCAGUCUGGAUGAUGGUGGGAAGUAUUCUUGUGGAGCCCAGAACGAAGCUGGUAGUGAAUCUUGCAGCAUUGAAGUUAAAGUUCAAGAACCUCCCUCAUUUACAAAGGUGCUUGAAUCUGUUGAGGUAGUGAAAGCAAGUGAUGUGCCUCUUGAAUGUGAGGUGACUGGUACAGGUCCAUUUGGCGUUACGUGGUACAAGAACAAAAAGCAGAUUCGUCCUAGUAAAAAAUACAAGAUGGUCUCUGAGAGAUCACUAGCCAGUCUUUGCAUUCUAAAGUCCGAUAUUUCAGAUGUUGGUGAAUACCAAUGUACUGUAAAGAAUGAAGUGGGAAGCAUCUCCUGUAGUGCCGGAGUCAGUUUGAAAGAGCGACCAUCCUUCAUAGAGACAAUAGAAAAUGCAACAACAUUUUCUGGAAAUUCUACAGUAUUCCAAUGUCUUGUAACAGGAUCAAUUCCUAUAUCUAUAAGCUGGAUAAAAGCUGACCAUCAUAUCAAAGAAGACGAAAAAUUUAAAAUGUCCUUUGAGAAUAAUGUUGCCACACUGGAGAUAACUAACGUUGAAGACAAUCAUAGUGGAAAAUACAUUUGUCAGGCAAAGAAUGAUGCAGGAGCAGCCCAAUGUUUUGCUACUUUGACAGUCAUGGAACCUGCAAAAAUCCUAGAAAAAACUGAGCCACUCACUGUGACUGUCGGACAUCCAGCCAUAUUGGAAUGCACUGUGGCUGGUACACCAGAACUCAAAGUUACGUGGUUCAAAAAUGGGAAAAAGUUGGCGUCUAAUUCAAAAUAUAAAACAAGUUUUGUGAAAAAAGUGGCCAGUCUAAAGAUUUUGUCUGUUAAAAUGGAUGACUCUGGCGACUAUACAUUUGAGGUCCAGAAUGAAUUUGGAACAAGUGACUGCAGUGUCUCUUUGACCGUAUUAGAUCAAAUAAUUCCUCCAUUGUUUUCGAGGAAAUUGAAAGAAAUGGACACUGUUUUAGGAUCUUUCAUGCACAUGGAAUGCAAAGUGUCUGGUUCUAUUCCCAUGACUAUUUCUUGGUACAAAGAUAACAGAGAAAUAUCAGAUAGUAACAAAUACAAGAUGUCACAUCAAGACAACGUACUGACUUUAGACGUCACUCAGUUAGAUUUUUCAGAUGGUGGGAUUUAUGUCUGCAGAGCAACAAAUUCAGCAGGAAGGGAUGAAUGCAGUGGUACCUUAACCGUAAAAGAGCCACCGAGUUUUACGGUCAAAAUAAUGGCCCAGGAAGUUAUACUUGGUUCCACAGUACAGUUUAGGAGUGUUGUGAAAGGACAUUCCCCGCUGACUACAAAGUGGUUCAAAGAUAACAGGGAACUGAUGUCUGGUGUGGCAUGUUCCAUUUGGAAUGAAGGCUCAACACAUUUCCUAGAGCUGUUUUCAGCCAAAGUAUCUGAUGCGGGCAGUUACACCUGCCAAGCCAUCAAUGAUGUUGGUACCGACACCUGUGCAGCAAAAUUGUUUGUUAAAGAACCUCCGAGCUUCAUUAAAAAGCUAGAUUCUUCGACAGUGCUGAGGAAUGGAGCCUCCGCACUCUUUGAAUGCAUUGUUACCGGCACACCUGAAAUCCAAGUUACUUGGUGGAAAAAUGGCCAUAAAAUCAAUGCCGGUGACAAAUACAGGAUGUCAUUUGAUAAUUCUGUGGCAGUUCUUGAGAUACUUGGUGUUGAUCUGGACGACAGUACACAUUAUGUUUGUGAAGCACGGAAUGAAGCUGGUAGUGACAGCUGCAGCACAGACAUUAAAGUUAAAGAACCUCCCACUUUUAAAAGAAAACUUGAGCACACUGAGGUAGUAAAAGCCUGUGAAGUCACUCUCGAAUGCGAGGUGACUGGUACAGGUCCCUUUGACGUUACAUGGUAUAAGGAAAACAAACAGAUUUCAUCUAGUGAAAAGUACAAGAUGAUCACGCAAAACUUUGUAGUUAGCCUUUACAUUUUGAAGGUGGAUGUCUCAGAUGUUGGUGACUACAAGUGCACGGUUGCAAAUGAGGUGGGAAGUUGUACCUGCAAUUGUGGUGUCAAAUUGAAAGAACCACCAUCGUUUGUAAAGAAGAUUGAAAAUGUUACAACUUUUGCUGGAAAUUCCGCAGUAUUUCAAUGCCUUGUAAAAGGCUCACAACCUUUAUCCAUAAGUUGGAUGAAAGAUCAGGACGAUGUCAAGGAAGAUAAUAAUGUCAUAAUUUCUUUCGAGAAUAAUGUGGCCACCCUGCAAAUUAUAUCUGUUGAAGCAAAACAUGGUGCAAGAUACACCUGUCAGGCCAAAAAUGAUGCAGGGAUUGAGAAAUGUUUUGCUACAUUGAAAGUAACAGAACCUGCAAACAUUAUAGAAAAAGCAGAUUCAUGCAAUGUAACUAUUGGAAAUCCAGCAAUUUUGCAAUGUACUGUGACUGGUACACCAGACUUAAAAGUAAAAUGGUUUAAAGAUGGAAAGGAACUGACAUCGGACAGACAUUACACAUUGAGCUUUGAGAAAAUGGUGGCCAGCCUAAGGAUUAUGUCUGUAGAGAAGAUGGAUAGUGAUGAAUAUACUUUCGAAGUCCAAAAUGACUUUGGAGUCAGCAGCUGCAAAGCUUCAUUGACAGUACUAGAUCGAACAUUUCCACCAACAUUUAUGAAAAAAUUGAAGGAUAUGAGCAAUGUACUAGGGUCUUCCAUGUCUAUGGGGUGCAAAAUCUCUGGCUCUCUCCCAAUGAGCAUUCAUUGGUAUAAGGAUGGCAAAGAGAUAUCAGAUAGCACCAAAUAUAAAAUUUCACUGCAAGAUAACAUUUCAGCUUUGGAGAUUAAUCAACUUGAUAUCGCAGAUGGUGGAAUUUAUUCUUGCAAAGUAUCAAAUGUAGCAGGAAGUGCUGAAUGCAGUGGUGCAUUAACAGUAAAAGAACCACCAAGAUUUGUGGUGAAGCCACUUUCACAGGGAGUUUCUCGUGGUUCAAGAGUGCAAUUUAAGAGUGUUGUGCAAGGAACACUUCCACUCUUUUUCAAAUGGUUUAAGGAUGACAAGGAGCUAACUGCUGAGGCUACGUGUAUCAUUGUGAAGGAAGCUUCCUCCAGCUUUAUUGAACUGUGUUCAGUAAAAUCUUCUGAUACAGGAUACUAUACCUGUCACGUCACCAAUGAUGCUGGUGUAGACACUUGUACUGCAAAACUGUCCGUAACAGAACCUCCGUCCUUUAGUCAGAAGCUGGAACCUACCAAAGUGCUGAAGAAGGGUGAAUCGGCACAUUUUGAGUGCAGAGUGACUGGCACGCCUGAAAUCAAGGUCUCGUGGUUCAAGAACGACAGCGAAAUUAGAGCGAGUAACAAAUAUAAAAUGUCCUUUGAUAAAUCUGCGGCCGUUCUUGAGAUUGCUGAGUCUGACGUGCCAGAUAGCGGGGAUUACAUCUGUGAAGCACACAGAGCAGGCAGCGUGAGCUGCAGUGUUGCCGUCACAGUCAAAGAACCCCCUGCCUUCAGUAAAACCCUGGAGUCCGUGCACGUACUGAAAGGCUCUGAUAUCAUUCUCCAGAGCGAGCUGACUGGCACAGCUCCUUUCGAGAUCACCUGGCACAAAGACAAACGGCAAAUCCGAGCCAGUAAAAAAUACAAGAUGACUUACGAGAACUAUGUAGCGUGCCUUCAUAUUCUUAAAGUGGAAACCUCAGAUGUAGGCGAAUACCAGUGCAUGUCUAAGAAUGACGUGGGGAGUGACAGUUGUACUGGCACGUUAAAGCUCAGAGAGCCACCUUCGUUUGUGAAGAAACUCUCAAACGCUUCUCCCGUCCUUGGGGAGUCAGUCACGUUGCAGGCUAUCAUUAAAGGUUCAGAGCCCAUUCACGUCACCUGGUUGAAGGAGAAGGAGGAAGUGCGAGAUCAUGAGCACGUGACAACAUCCUUCGAACAAAAUGUCGUCACCUUGCACAUCGCAAAAGCAGAAAGCGUCCAUGCUGCAAAUUACACUUGUCAGAUCAAAAAUGAUGCUGGAAUGCAAGAGUCCACUGCUAAAGUAUCAGUCCUAGAGCCAGCCACGAUAGUGGAGAAAGCAGAGUCUGUCAGUGUGACUGCAGGAGACACCACAGCUCUGGAAUGUGUUGUGGCUGGGACACCAGAACUGAAAGUUAAAUGGUUCAAAGAUGGUAAAGAACUAGUGACUGGCAGAAAAUAUAAGAUCAGUUUUCUGAACAAGAUCGCCAGCCUAAAGCUUCUUUCUGGAGAAAGGGAAGAUUCGGGACAAUAUACUUUUGAAGUCCAGAAUAAUGUUGGUAGAGAUAGCUGCAAAGCAACAAUCAAUGUUCUAGAUCGCAUUAUUCCACCAUCAUUCACCAGAAAGUUAAAGAAAGCAGAUGGUAUCCUGGCCUCUCCCAUCCUAAUGGAGUGUAAGUUGUCUGGAUCAGCGCCCUUCACCAUCGCGUGGCUCAAAGAUGGACAGGAGAUUGUACAUGAAGAAAGAUAUGAUGUCUCGUUUGCAGAUAACACAUGUAACUUAAGAAUCAGCACACUGGAAACUUUGGAUGCUGGCAAUUAUACCUGUAAAGCAACAAAUGCUGCAGGAAAUGAUGAAUGCAGUGCUGUCUUGACUGUGAAAGAACCACCUUCAUUUAUGAGCAAACCUGAAUCCCAAGAGGUUUUGCCUGACUCUACAGCAAGAUUUACGUCUGUUGUUACUGGAACGGCCCCACUGAAGGUGAAGUGGUUUAAAGGUAGCACUGAACUGGUAACUGGAAGAAAAUGUCAUAUUUCGUUGACUGACUCGGUGGCAGUAUUGGAACUACUUAAUGUCAAUCCAUCUGAAAGUGGAGACUAUAUCUGUCAGGUCAGCAACGAUGCUGGCAAGGAUUCCUGCACAGCAAAUCUAUUUGUGAAAGAGCCAGCAGUGUUCCAGAAGAAAUUAAAGGAUUCCAGCAUUGAACUGAACAAGUCUGUCUGUCUGGACUGCACCUAUUCUGGAAGCCCAGAAAUCAAGGUUAUCUGGAAGAAAAAUGGGUUUGAAUUAUUUCAAUCUGAAAAAUAUACCCUAACCACCACAGAUAAGUCUUGUAUAUUAGAAAUUCAGCACAGCGUUAGAGAGGAUGGCGGGAAAUACACUUGUGAGGUGGAAAAUGCUGCCGGAGGGGACAUUUGUCACGCUGAAGUGACUGUAUUAGAACCACCAACUUUUGUCCAUGAAUUGGUGCCUUUGGAAGUCACACUCGGUGAUGCAAUAUCUCUGUCGUGUGUCCUUACUGGAACCCCUGAAAUUAAAGUGUCUUGGUACAAAGGAGACACUAAGCUGAGAAUGAUGUCUAACAUUGGGAUGGCAUUUCACAACAAUAUUGCCACACUGGAACUGAAGAAAACAGCUAUAAGUGACAGUGGGGAAUAUGUCUGCAAAGCUGAAAAUCUAAUUGGCAGCUGUUCCUCAAAGGCCACACUGACUGUACAAGAACUUAAAACUGCACCUUCUUUCACAAGAAAAUUGAAGGACAUGGAGGAAACUAUGGGUCGUCCAGUAACAUUUGAAUGCCGCUUGUCAGGUUCAGCUCCAAUUGAAACGGCUUGGUUUAAAGAUGGAGUGAAUUUGUCCAGUGGAGGAAAUGUAACAAUAUCUUUCAUAGAAAACCUGGCAACUCUUCAGAUUCUUAACGCUGAAAUGGUCGAUGCCGGGGAAUAUACUUGCAAAGCUUCCAACAUGGUUGGAGAAGCCUCAUGUGGUUCAAAACUAACUAUGAAAGAGGCCAGAGCUGCUCCUGAGUUUGAUAAAACGCUUGAAGCAGUGGAAGUCACAGCUGGGGACCCAGUAGAGCUUGAAUGCCAUGUAACUGGCUCUACCCCUAUCAAAGUGACCUGGUUGAAGGAUAACCGAGAGAUUCGAUCUGGGGGCAUCUAUAAGAUGACCUUUGAGAACAAUACACCUCACUUGACGAUUCUAAAAGCAGAGAAGGGAGAGGCUUGCCAAUACACUUGUCAGGCCAGCAAUGAUGUCGGAAAAGUCUCUUGCUCAGCAGGAGUGACUGCAAAAGAACGUAAAAUCCCACCAAGCUUCACGAAAAAGCCUCUUGAAACCAUACAAGAUACAGAAGGCAAGGCUGUAAAACUGGAAGCUCGUAUAUCUGGUUCUCAACCUCUGUCUGUAACAUGGUUCAAGGAUGAACAGGAAAUACAUCAAACUGAACAUGAAAUAUCAUUUAAGAAUAAUGUGGUGCUGUUGAACAUGAAGAAAGCACUUCCCAUCGAUUCGGCUGUUUAUACAUGCAAAGCUUCCAAUGAAGUGGGAUUUGCAUCAUUUACCGUGUCCGUGCUCAUCAAAGAGCUUAAAACGCCACCUGUCUUUGAUAUACCACUUAAACCACUGACAGCAACUGAAGGAGAGUCGCCGCAGCUUAGCUGCCACGUCCACGGAGGUGAACCCAUUAAGAUCCAGUGGCUUAAAGACAGAAGAGAAAUAAAAACAUCUGACAAAUUGAAGAUGACCUUCACCGAUGGCACAGCUGCCCUGGAAAUCAAAACAGUGGUUAAAACAGACAGUGGGGACUAUCUAUGCAAAGCCACAAACGAGGUUGGAAGUGACUCUUGCAAAGCCAAGUUAACAAUUCAAGGAAAAACCACCCCAGCAAAGAAAGUGGCCACUCCACCAGAGCCAGGCAAGAUCUUCUUCAUUGAGAAACCAAAGAACACAAAAGUAACGGAAAAGAGCACAGCAGCAUUUAUAGCAAAAGUUGGUGGUGACCCAAUACCAAAUGUUAAGUGGAUGAAAGGCAAAUGGAGGCAACUGAACCAUGGUGGAAGGUUUUUUGUGCAACAAAAGGGACAAGAUGCCAAACUGGAAAUCAAAGAUGUGGUAAAAUCUGAUUCUGGAGAGUAUAGGUGCGUCGCAUCGAACAAUUUUGGUGAACUUGAAUGCAGCGCGAGUAUGGAGGUUGCGGAGAAGAAAGAAGUCUUCAUUGAAGGAGAUCUCAGAGCAAAGCUGAAGAAAACACCUUCCAAGCAAAAGGAAGAGGAACCAGAUAAGGAGAUUGAUAUUGUAGAACUGCUGAGAAAUGUAGAUCCAAAGGAAUAUGAGAAAUACGCCCGUAUGCACGGAAUCACUGAUUUCCGUGGACUUCUUCAAGCUAUGGAACAACUGAAAAUGAGUAAAGAAGAUGAGAGUCACAGGGUUGAGAUCGAAGAGCAUGAGCGACCUGCACAAGAGGAAUUUGAUGAACUCAUCCAUUAUAUUCAGCAAAAAAUACAGAAUGUUGAGCCCGUUGAAUUGAUCAAGGAUAUUGAAGAUCAAACGGUACGCACAAAAGUGGAUGCCUUGUUUGAAUGCAUCAUAAAGAUAAAUUACCCGGAAAUCAAGCUGUCCUGGUAUAAAGGGACCGAAAAGUUGGAAUCAAAUGACAAGUAUGAGAUUACCAUUGAUGGUGACAUUCAUCGCUUGAAAGUCAAAAGCUGUGAAUUCCACGAUCAAAGCAAUAUCCGCCUUGUCUGUGGCCCACACAUCUCAAGUGCUAAGCUAACCGUCGUUGAACCCAUUGUGGAACAACAUCUUGAACACCUUUCCGGCAAGGAAGGACAGAUCUGUAUCAUGGUCUGCCAGUUCUCUCUGCCCAACCUGAAAACCGAAUGGUUUAAAAACGGUCGGCAGAUCGAGGGACGAGGCAGAUAUUCAAUCCACGUUUCAGAUAAGACACAAAAACUGACGAUCAGUGAUGUGAAACCCGAAGAUCAGGGUAGAUUUACGUGCAAGUUUGAAAACCUUGAGACGUCUGCUGACCUGAGGGUGGAAGCUGAACCAAUCGAGUUCACGAAGGCGAUCCAGGAUAUCGUAGUGAACGAGCAUGAGUCGGCUACGUUUGAAUGUGAGGUGUCUUUUGAUGAUGCAAUAGUAACCUGGUACAAAGACACAAUGGAACUGCAAGAGAGUCCAAAAUACAGCUUCAGAAGAACUGGGCGACGCCAUUUUAUGACUAUCCACAAUGUUGCUGCUGAAGAUGAAGGUGUCUAUUCAGUAAUUGCUCAACUUGAGCCAAGAGGUGAGGCUAAAAGUACUGCAGAGCUCUAUGUAUCGAGCAAAGAUGUCGUCUUGCAGCCAAUGGAACCUGAUGUUCCUGAUAUUGGAAUUUCAGUUGAAACAGUACAAGUAGAACAAAAACACAUAAAAGAAGAAGUUACAACAUAUCACGAAGAGAUUUAUGAAGAGACACAUGAAGAGAUUUUCUAUGAAACAAUACACGAAGAGGAGAUCACAGAAAUCAAAGCUCCCAAGAAGCCUGUAUCUAAAACGACUCCAGAGGCUAUUGUUGAAGAAGAGAUUUCUGCGACCAGAGUGUCUAAAGUUACAAGGAGGACUGGAAGACUACCUGAACAAAUUCCUGCACCUAGGAUUCCUAUUACAGAGGAGAUCACGGCACAAAGAGUAUCAGAGUUGUAUGAGAAACAAUCCAUUGAAGAACGUGUAAGCAUUUCAACAGAAGAAGAGAUUGUUGCAAUAAAAGUCCCAGAGGUUCCUAAGAAACCAGUACCCGAAGAAGUGAAACCAGUUCCAAGCAAGAAAGAAGUUGCACCAGCAAAAGUGCCAGAGCCAUCAAAGAAACCAGAGCCAUCGAAGAAACCAGAGCCUGAAAUUAUUCCAAAGAAAAAAGAAGUCCCACCAAAAGUGCCAGAGGUUCCUAAGAAGCCAGUUGUUGAAGAACCUAAACCUGUUAAAGUUACAAGAAAAGAGGUGGUUGCCCCAGUAGAAGUGCCUGAGGUUCCCAAGAAGCCAGUUGUUGAAGAAGUUAAACCAGUCACUGUUGAAAGAAAAGAGACUCCUGCAGCAAAAGUGCCGGAGGUUCCUAAGAAGCCAGUCCCUGAAGAGGUUAAGCCUGCUCUUGUUCCCAAAAAACAAGUGAUCCCUCCAGCCAAAGUGCCAGAGGUGCCUAAGAAGCCAGUGGCUGAAGAGGUUAAACCUGUUGGCGUUCCAAGAAGAGAAGAGGUCACUCCAGUCAAAGUGCCAGAGGUUCCUAAGAGGCCAGUGGCUGAAGAGGUCAAACCUACUGCUGUUCCAACCAAAGAAGAGAUUGUGCCAACUAAAGUGCCAGAAGUUCCCAAGAAGCCAGUUCCUGAAAAGGUGAAGCCAGUUGCUGUUCAACGAAAAGAAGAGAUCGCUCCAGCUACAGUGCCCGAGGUUCGUAAGAAGCCUGUGGCUGAAGAAGUGAAACCAGUUACUGUUUCAAGGAAAGAGGAGCCCGCACCAGCAAUAGUGCCGGAGGUUCCUAAGAAGCAUGUGGCUGAAGAAGAACCAGUUAUUGUUCCAAGAAGAAAGUUGAUCUCUCCAACUGAAGUGCCGGAGGUUCCUAAGAAACCGGUGGCUGAAGAAGUCAAACCUGUUACUGUUCCUGGAAGGAAGGUGUCUCCUCCUGCUGAAGUGCCGGAAGUUCCUAAGAGGCGAGUAACUGAAGAAGUGAAGCCGGUUAUUGUACCAAGAAGGAAGGAGAUUCCUCCAACCGAAGUACCAGAGGUUCCUAUGAAGCCAGUGGCUGAAGAAGCCAAAAUUGCCACUAUUCUUAGAAGGAAGGAGUCUCCUCCAACUGAAGUGCUGGAGGUUCUUAAGAAGAGAGUAGUUGAAGAAGUGAAACCAGUUACCGUUCCAAGAAGGAAGGUGUCUCCUCCCUUUGAAGUGUCAGAGGUUCCUAUGAAACCAGUGGCUGAAGAAGUCAAACUUACCACUGUUCUUAGAAGGAAGGAGUCUCCUCCAACUGAAGUGCCGGAGGUUCCUAAGAAGAGAGUAGUUGAAGAAGUGAAAGCUGUUACCGUUCCAAGAAGGAAGGUGUCUCCUCCCAUUGAAGUGCCAGAGGUUCCUAUGAAGCCAGUGGCUGAAGAAGUCAAACUUGCCACUGUUCUUAGAAGGAAGGAGUCUCCUCCAAUUGAAGUGCCUGAGGUUCCAAAGAAGCGAGUAGUUGAAGAAGUGAAAACAGUUACUGUUCCACGAAGGAAGGAAUCUCCUCCUACUGAAGUGCCGGAGGUUCCUAAGAAGCGAGUAGUUGAAGAAGUGAAAGCAGUUACUGUUCCAAGAAAGAAGGUGUCUCCUCCCUUUGAAGUGCCAGAGGCUCCUAAGAAGCCAGUGGCUGAAGAAGUCAAACCUGCCACUAUUCUUAGAAGGAAGGAGUCUCCUCCAACUGAAGUGCCGGAGGUUCCUAAGAAGAGAGUAGUUGAAGAAGUGAAAACAGUUACUGUUCCAAGAAGGAAGGUGUCUCCUCCUAUUGAAGUGCCAGAGGUUCCUAUGAAGCCAGUGGCUGAAGAAGUCAAACUUGCCACUGUUCUUAGAAGGAAGGAGUCUCCUCCAAUUGAAGUGCCGGAGGUUCCUAAGAAGCGAGUAGUUGAAGAAGUGAAAACAGUUACUGUUCCACGAAGGAAGGUGUCUCCUCCUACUGAAGUGCCAGAGGUUCCUAAGAAGCCAGUGGCUGAAGAAGUCAAACUUGCCACUGAUCUUAGAAGGAAGGAGUCUCCUCCAACUGAAGUGCCGGAGGUUCUUAAGAAGAGAGUUAUUGAAGAAGUGAAAGCUGUUACUGUUCCAAGAAGGAAGGUGUCUCCUCCGACUGAAGUCCCAGAGGUUCAUAAGAAGCCAGUGGCUGAAGAAGUGAAACCAGUUACUGUUCCCAGAAGGAAAGAGGCUCCUCCCACUGAAGUGCCAGAGGUUCCCAAGAAGCCAGUAGCUGUAGAAGUGAAACCUGCUGCUGUUCCAGAAAGGAAGAAAUCUCCAACUGAAGUUCCUAAGAAACCAGUGGCUGAAGAAGUCAAACCCAUUUACGUUCCAAGAAGGAAGGAGACUCCUCCAGCUGAAGUCUUUGAAGUGCCCGAGCCUCCUGAGAAGCCAGUGGCUGAUGAAGUUAAACCCGUUGCAGUUCCUAGAAGGAAGGAGAUUCCUCCGACUCAAGUGCCGGAGGUUCCUAAGAAGCCAGUGGCUGAAGAAGUCAAACCUGUUACUGUUCCAAGAAGAAAAGAGAUUCCUCCUGCUGAAGUGCGUGAGGUUCCUAAGAAACCAGUGGCUGAAGAAGUCAAACCUGUUACUGUUCCAAGAAGAAAAGAGAUUCCUCCUGCUGAAGUGCGUGAGGUUCCUAAGAAACCAGUGGCUGAAGAAGUGAAACCAGUUACUGUUCCUAGAAAGAAGGAGAUUCCUCCGAUUGAAGUGCCAGAGGUUCCUAAGAAACCAGUGGCUGAAGAAGUCAAACCUGUUGCUGUUCCAAGAAGAAAAGAGAUUCCUCCUACUGAAGUGUCGGAGGUUCCUAAGAAACCAGUGGCUGAAGAAGUGAAACCUGUCACUGUUCCAAGAAGAAAGGUGUCUCCACCAACUGAAGUGCCCGAGGUUCCUAAGAAGCCAGUGGCUGAAGAAGUGAAACCAGUUACUGUUGCAAGAAAGAAGGAGAUUCUUCCAACUGAAGUGGCCAAGGUCCCUGUGAAAGCAGCUGAAGAAGAACCUAAACCAGUUCCUGCCUCAAGAAAGGAGGAGGUCGCUCCAGCUAAAGUGCCCCAGAUCCGUAAGAAGCCAAUUGUUGAAGAAAGGAAGUCAAUUACUGUUCAAAGAGAAGAGGAAGUCGUCAUAGUUGCAGCUGCUCCUAAGAAGCCAAUUGUUGAAGAACCUAAACCAGUUUAUGUCCAAAGAAGAGAAGAGGUCACUGAAGUACAAGUGAUGGAGUUUCAUGAAGAGACUUUUGAAGAAGAAUAUCAAGAAAUCAUCGUUCAAAGCAGAGAGGAAGUUCCUUCAGUGAAAGUGCCAGUGGUUUCUAAGAAGAUAGUUGCUGAAGAAGAGAAACUAGUCACUCUAACAAGAAAAGGCACUGCUGUGAAAGUGCCAGAGGCCCCUAAGAAACCAGUUCCUGAUAAAGCUAAACCAGUUACUGUCGCAAAGAAAGAAGCUGAACCAGCCAAAGUGCCAGAGCCCCCUAAGAAACCAGUUCCUGAUAAAGCUAAACCAGUUACUGUCGCGAAGAAAGAAGCUGAACCAGCCAAAGUGCCAGAGGUUCCUAAGAAGCCUGCUCUUGAAGAAGAAAAACCUGUCAUUGUUCCAAGAAAAUUGGAGAUUGCUCCAACAAAAGUGCCAGAGGUGCCCAAGAAGCCGGUUCCCGAAGAGGUGAAACCAGAAGCUGUGCCAACAAAAGACAAAGUUGCUCCAGCCAAAGUGCCAGCAGUUCCCAAGAAGGAGGUUGCUGAAAAAGUGAAACCAGCUGUUGUUCCAAAGAAAGAGAUCAUUAUUCCCAAGAAAGAUGCAGCUAAAGUGCCAGAGGUUCCAAAGAAGCCUGAUGCUGUACAACUUAAACCUGUGCCAAGAAAAGAAGAAGCACCGAAAGUGCCCAAAGUUGACAAGAAGGUACAACCUGCACCCAUCAGCGUUUCAAGAAAAGAAGCAAUUAUUUCAAAAAAAGUGCCGGAAGAUGUAAAGAAGCCUACAUCUGAAAAGGUGACACCAAUCACUGUUACACCAAGAAAACAAGUUGUGCCUCUAAAAGACCCUGAGGUUACAAAACAACCUGCUUAUGAAGAAGACAGGGAAACAUAUGAAGUUAUAGAAGCAUAUGAAGAAUAUAAGGAAGAAUAUGAGGUAAUAGAAACAUAUGAAGAACAUAAGGAAGAAUAUGAAGUAAUAGAACCAUAUGAUGAAGAGACCGAAGAACUUGAUGAAGAGAUAGAAGCGUUUGAAGAAUAUACAGAAGCCUAUGUUGAAGAGCCUGAAGAAGAUGAAGAAGAUACAGAAGUAUAUGAAGAAAAAGAAAUGACCAUUCGACCUAAAGUGCCUGAAGUUACCGAGAAACCCGUCCCUCAAAAAGUUCCAAUCAAAGUUCCAGGAGCUCCCGAGAUUGGGAAAAAACCAACACCCACAAUCGCUUCUGAAGAAGAACCAACCAAAGAAGUACCUGGUGUUACAGCUCCUAUAACGACUCCAAUAGGAGGCAAGAGACCUGUAAAAGAUGCUAAGGCACCAGGUGAAGAAGCUGGCAGGGGCAGAGGUUCACCAAGAGCGAGAAAAACGCCAUCGCCUGGAGACGCAGACAAGAAAGGACUUAAACCAGGUGGUGGCAGACCGCCCGGAGAAGAGGCACCUUUUGCAGGGUUCCAGCUUAAAGCAGUCCCACUGAAAUUUGUCAAAGAGCUAAAAGAUAUCGUGUUGGAGGAGGCCGAGUCCAUAGGUUCUUCUGCUGUAUUUGAAUGCCAGAUCUCGCCAUCGACAGCACAGACAUCCUGGAUGAAGGACGGAAGCACUGUGAGAGAGAGCCCUAAGCACAAAUUUACAUCCGAUGGCAAAGAUAGGAAGCUGCAUAUCAUUGAUGUGCAGCUUUCAGAUACCGGUGAAUAUACCUGUGUAGGCCGUCUCGGAAAGCAAGAAAAGAUGAGCACAGCCAAACUAAUCGUCCAAGAACUGCCAGUGCAAUUCUUUAAGACGCUGGAAGAAGAGAUCAUGGUCUUCAAAGGACAACCUCUGUAUCUGACCUGUGAGUUAAACAAGGACAGAGACGUGAUUUGGAAGAAGGAUGGUGAAGUUGUUGAAAAUAUUCCUGGCAAAUUAACUAUCAGUGUCAUCGGGCUGCAGCGCUCCAUUACUAUCUCAGACAGUGACUUUUCUGAUGCUGGAGUGUAUACUGUCGAGACUGCUAAUAUAAAAUGUGAAGGAAAAGUUAGCGUACAAGAAAUUGUCAGGAAAUGGUUUGUCAAGCCACUUCGGGACCAACGGGUCAAACAAAAGGAAACUGCCGUCUUUCAAUGCGAAAUCGCAAAGGAUACACCAAAUAUCAAAUGGUUCAAAGGCGAAGAGGAGAUUUCAGCAAUGCCCCCGUCAAAGUUUGAAAUUAAGAAAGUUGGUAAAAUUCUUACUCUCACACUGAAGAAUGUGAGCCCCGAGGACCAGGGCGAAUACACAGUGGAGGUGGAAGGACAAGCCUCCACAGCCAACCUGAUCGUUGACGAGCGUGAGAUCGACAUACUUUUAGAACUGCAAAGUGUGGAAGUUUACGAGAAAGAAACCGCUGUCUUUGAAACUGAGAUCUCGCAAGAUGUUUCAGUAGAGUGGAAACUUAAGGGAGAAAUACUGCGCCCAUCUCCUACCUGUGAAAUGAAAGAUGAAGGGACUAAACGUACCUUGACCCUUCACAAUGUCAGACUGGAUCAAGCUGGUGAAGUUAUCUUCAGGGCACGGAAUGCCACAUCCAUUGCUUACCUGAGAGUGAAAGAAAUUGAACUUGACUUUGAGGUACCCCUGAGUGACGUGACUGUGCCUGAAAAACGUCAAGCACGGUUUGAAUGCGUCCUCACCAGAGUGGUUACGAAGAUUAUGUGGACUAAAGGCUCAGAUAUACUUAAGGUUGGCGAUAAGUAUGAUUUGGUCGCUGAUGGAAAGAAGCAGAUUCUUGUCAUCAAUAACUCUACUUUUGAUGAUGAAGGAGAGUAUUCUGCUGAAGUCGACGCCAAGAAAACAACUGCAAAGCUGAUUGUCACUGGUACAAGGUUGAAAUUCCUUACACCACUGAAGGACCAGACAGUUAAAGAAGGAAACACGGCUCAUUUUGAAAUUGAGCUUUCCCACGAAAAUUUGCCUGUGACUUGGUACAGAAAUGAAACCGUACUUCAUCCAAGCAGAACUGUUCUGAUCUCCACUGACGAGAAGAAGCAUGUUUUAGAAAUUAGAGAAGUGACUCUGGAUGAUACAUGUGAGAUCAAGGCAGAAGUCACUGAACUUUCCACCAAAGGUUGCCUGAUUGUCAUCGAGGCAGAUCCGUAUUUCACGGUGAAGCUACAGGAUUACACUGCCGUGGAGAGAGAUGAAGUGAAACUGGAAUGUGAGCUUAGCAAGGAUGUGCCGGUGAAAUGGCGGAAGGAUGGUGAAGAAAUUAGAGCAUCAAAAAUAGUCUCUAUGAAGGCUGAAGGACUACGCCGAAUAUUGAUAAUCAAGAAGGUUGACAAUAAAGCGAAGGGUGAAUAUGAAUGUGACUGUGGGACUGAUGUCACAAAAGCCUCUAUGAAUAUUGAAGCACGCAUUAUCAAAAUAAUGCGUCCACUAUUUGGAGUAGAGAUCUUCGAGGAUGAAACUGCACGUUUUGAGGUGGACAUCUCAGAGACUGAUGUGCAUCCUCAGUGGAAACUGAAUGGAGAAACUCUGUUACCAUCACCCAAUUGUGAGAUUCUCGAGGAUGGUAAGAAGCACACUUUGAUCCUGUACAACUGCAAACUGAAAGAUUCUGGAGAAGUUGCUUUUCAGGCUGCUAAUGCUAAGUGUGCAGCUAACUUGAAAGUCAAAGAAAUCCCAAUCACCUUCAUUACACCGCUUGAUGAUGUGAAAGUGUACGAGAAGGACGAAGCAAAGUUUGAAUGUGAAGUAUCCAGGAAGCCCAAGACAUUCCGUUGGCUAAAAGGAACAGAGGAGGUUAAGUCAGAUGCUAAGUUUGAGGUCUUAGAAGAAGGAACGAAAUAUGCAUUGAUAAUUAAAGAAGCUGCAUUUGAUGAUGAAGCAAAGUAUACGUUUGAAGCAGAGGACAAGAAGACAAGUGGAAAACUGAUUAUCCAAGGUAUCCGACUUGAAUUCAGCAAACCCAUCGAAGACCAAACCGUGAAAGAGCGUGAGACGGCAGAAUUUGUAGCCGAGCUUUCUCACGAGAAUAUUCAGGUUGUGUGGUACAAAAAUGACGUACGGCUGCACCCGAGUCGAGUAGUAACCAUGAAAGAUGACGGUAAGAUUCACGCCAUUAUGUUCAAAGACGUGACCAUCGAUGAUACCUCCCUCAUCAAAGCUGAAGCUAUGGACCAAAGUUCAGAGGCGAAACUCAUCGUCCUUGAGGGGGAUCCUUACUUUAUCAGCAAGUUGCAGGACUACACAGCGGUAGAGAAAGAUGAAGUUGUGUUCCAGUGUGAGAUCAGUAAAGCGGGAGCACCAGUUAAAUGGUUGAAGGAUGGGAAAGAAUUGACUCCUUCAAAGAACAUUCAAUUUAAGACCGACGGCAAGAAGCGCUUCUUAAUCAUCAAACGAGCACUAAAGACCGACCAGGGAGAGUAUUCAUGUGACUGCGGUUCUGAUAAGACAACCGCCAAGCUGAACACCGAAGAGCGUGACAUAAAGAUAAUGCGGCCACUGUACAGUGUUGAGAUCACAGAAACAGAAACUGCUCGCUUUGAGGUGGAAAUCUCCGAAGAAGAUGUACACGGCAACUGGAAGCUGAAGGGAGAAAGUUUAAGACCGUCACCUGACUGUGAGAUUAAGGAGGAAGGCACUAAGCAUAUUCUUAUUCUGUACAAUGUACCACUGGGUCAAGCCGGUCAAGUUGAUUUCCAAGCUGCAAAUGCCAAAUCCAACGCUCAUUUGAGAGUCAAAGCACGAGUCAUCGGCUUGCUCCGGCCCCUGAAAGAUGUCACUGUUGUUGCUGGGCAUUCUGCUACCUUCGAGUGUGAGCUCUCGUAUGAAGGAAUCCCAGUUGAGUGGUUUUUGAAGGACACUAAGUUGGAAGCCAGCGACAGGGUUGUUACUCGCGCUGAAGGUAGAGUGCACACUUUCACCCUCAGAGACGUUCAGUUAGAUGAAGCAGGAAAAGUCAAAAUUACUGCCAAGGACUUCACUACAUCUGCUAAACUUAUUGUAAAAGAACCUGCAGCAGAAUUUACUAAACCUCUGGAGGACCAAACUGUGGAAGAAGAGGCCACUGCUGUUCUGGAGUGUGAAGUGUCUAGAGAAAAUGCUGAAGUGAAAUGGUUUAAGGCUGGACAGGAAAUCUUUAAGUCCAAGCAAUACGAUAUUGUUGCAGAAGGAAGAAUUAGAAGACUUAUUAUCCAUGGCUGCAAACCUGAUAAUUCUAAGACGUAUACUUGUGAUGCAAAAGACUUUAAGACAUCCUGUUUCCUCAGUGUGGAAGCUCCACAUAUCGAGUUUACAAAGCCUCUCACCGACCUUGAAGUGAAAGAAAAGGACGUGGCUAAAUUUGCGUGUGAAGUUUCACGGGAAGAUGCAAAGGUUCGCUGGUUUAAAGAUGGCAUGGAAAUAAGGAAAGGCAAAAAGUAUGAUAUCACAGCGAAGGGUGUCGAGAGAUUGUUGACCAUCCACAAGUGUAGCUUUGAUGAUGAAGCUGAAUAUGAAUGUGAUGCAAGGACCUCUAAAACAUCUGGAAUGCUUACGGUGUUAGAAGAGGAAGCUGGCUUCACCAAGAAGCUCGCAGAUGUCGAAGCUUCUGAAACGGACACUGUCAGGCUGGUGUGUGAAGUCUCCAAGCCGGAUGCCGAGGUCACGUGGUACAAGGGAGACGUGGAGCUGCCUGACAUUGGCAGAUACGAACAACUCACAGAUGGCAAGAAACGCAUUCUAGUCAUUCACAACGUCAAUCCAGAAGACGUUGGUGAAUAUAACUGCCGGCUCCCAAAAGGGAUCCGCACUUCAGCUAAGAUGGCAGUUAACGAACUGGCAGCAGAAUUUACUUCUCGGCCAAAGAACCAGGAGGUGCUAGAAGGAGACAAAGCAGAGUUUGUCUGCGCAGUAUCUAAGGAGUCCUACGAAGUGAGAUGGUUCAGAAAUGAUACAGAGCUUGGGACUGGGGAUAAGUACGACAUUAUAUCGGAGGGCAAUAAGCGAGUGCUUGUUAUUAAGGACUCCAUAUUGGAUGAUGAAGGAACCUAUGCAGCAAUGGUUGCCUCCUCACGAGCAACAGCAGAUCUGACAGUGAUUGAAAAACUAAGGAUAAUAACUCCCAUCAAAGACCAGCUUGCCAAAGAAGGACAAGAAACUGUAUUCAACUGUGAAGUCAAUGUUGAAGGUGCCAGAGCGAAAUGGUUGAAAAAUGACGAGGUUAUUUUCGAUAGUGCAAAAUAUUUCUUGCUCCAGAAAGAUUUGGUCUAUACUCUCAGAGUUAAGGAUUCCCAAAUGAAGGACCAAGGAACGUACACAAUUGCCUUGACAAAUAAUAGAGGAGAACAUGCAGCAUGCUCAGCCGAACUGGAAGUAAAAGAGGAGGAGCUGAAGAUCAUCGAGCCUCUUGAUGAUUGUGAAACAAUGGAGAAGAAGUCUGCCAUCUUCUCUUGCAAAGUGAACCGUGAAAAUGUCACUCUAGCAUGGAUGAAGGGUGGGCAGGAGAUUACAUUUGACCGACGAGUUUCAUAUAAAAUCGAUAAGAAAAAACACUCCAUUCUAAUCAAAGAGUGUAGCUUUGGAGACGAAGGUGAAUACACUGUAACAGCAGGACAGGACAAAUCUGUUGGUGAAUUGAUUAUCACAGAAGCGCCCACAGACUUCACCGAGCAUCUCCAGGAUCAGACUGUAAUUGAGUUUGAAGACGCUGUGUUUUCAUGUCAGCUGUCGAAAGAAAAGGCUGCAGUGAAAUGGUACAGGAAUGGCCGCGAGCUCAGGGAGAACAAAAAGUACCAGUUUGAGAAGGACGGUAGUUUGCACACACUUACUGUAAGGGAAUGCAGACCCGAUGAUGAAUGUGAAUACUCCUGUGGUGUGGAAGAUAGACGUUCCAGGGCGAGGCUGUUCGUUGAAGAAAUCCCAGUUGAGAUCAUCAGGCCUCCACAAAAUAUCUUCGAAGCUCCAGAUUCCGAUGUGAUCUUCGAAGCUGAAUUAAACAAGGAUAGGGUGGAAGUCAAAUGGCUCCGAAACAAUAUGAUCAUUGUCCAGGGUGACAAACAUCAAAUGAUGAGUGAAGGGAAGGUGCACAGAUUGCAGAUCUGUAACAUCAAACCGCGUGAUCAGGGCGAAUACAGGUUCAUUGCCAAGGAUAAAGAUGCCAGAGCAAAAUUAGAACUAGCAGCGGUGCCUACCAUCAAGAUAACUGAUCUGAACCUUGUGAUUGAUGCUGGAAAACCCUUCACAAUGACACUUCCUUAUGAUGCCUAUCCACGUGGUGAAGCCAAAUGGUUCAAGGAAGAUAGUACCACCUCAGAGUAUGUGAGCCUGCCCAAACAGAACAUCGACACAACCGUAGACAUGACAAGUUAUAGACUUUCAGAUCCAAAGAGAACUGACAAAGGAAGGUACAAGGUUAUCAUUGCAAACAAACAUGGAAAGGGAGAAGCAUACAUCAAUUUGAAUGUCAUUGAUGUGCCUGGCCCAAUCCAGAAUUUGAACAUCGUAGAAACUUAUGAUGGUGAAGUGAGUCUUGCCUGGGAUGAGCCUGACAGUGACGGUGGCAGCAAGAUCCUUGGAUACGUCGUAGAAAGACGUGAUGUAAAACGGAAGACUUGGACCUUGGCUACUGAUCGUGCUGACAGCACUGAGUUCACAGUGACCGGGCUCCAAAAAGUCUUAGAGUACCUGUUCCGUGUGAGCGCAAGGAACAGAGUAGGUACAGGUGAACCUGUGGAAACUGAUGUACCUGUUCUAGCUAAGAAUAAGUUUGAUGUACCCGAUGCACCAAUCAAUGUUGACGUAAAGGAUGUGAAUAAAUUCGGUGCCACCAUUACGUGGGAACCACCCGAGUACGAUGGUGGAGCAGAAAUCACCAACUACAUAAUUGAGUUACGAGACAGAACGUCAGUUAAAUGGGACGUAGCGAUGGUUACCAGUGCAGAUGAGCUCUCGGCUCAGUUGAAUGAUGUUGUGGAGAACAGAGAAUACAUAUUCCGUAUCAGAGCAGAGAACAAGGCUGGCAUUGGAAAGCCAAGUGCAGCUACACAUCCUGUCAAGAUUAUGGAUCCAAUAUUCAAACCAAGCCCACCCAUCAAUCUCAAAUGCUCAGAUCAGACCAAAGAUUCGGUACAGCUGAACUGGGAGGCUCCCCUGAAAGAUGGAGGAAGCCCAAUACUGGGUUAUAUUAUUGAACGACAAGAAGAAGACACGGAUAAAUGGAUUCGUUGUACUCUCAGACUUGUUCCCGAAACAACAUUCAAAGUCCCUGGACUGAAGCAAGGAGUCAAGUAUUAUUACAGGGUUUCGGCUGAAAAUGCAGCGGGUGUGUCAGAUCCAGCUGAUGCUCUCGGGCCACUGACAGCUGAUGAUCCUCACGUGGCUCCUUCCAUUGAUUUAAGAGAUUUCAAAGACGGUCUCGAGGUCAUUGUCCCAGAGCCACUUAAGAUCCGCGUUCCUAUUUCUGGCUACCCAACGCCAACUGCAACCUGGGCCGUUGAUGACAAACCUCUUGAAAGUGGCGAUCGUGUGAAAAUGGAGACAACCGCGAGAUACACACAACUGAUCGUUUGUCCCAGUGAACUUCCUGACAAGGGCGUCUACAGUCUGACGCUUGAAAAUCCUGUGUUAUCCAUUUCAGGGGACAUCAAAGUGAAUGUAAUCGCCCGUCCGAGCGCACCCAUGGAUAUCAAAGUGGUGGAAAUCGGUAGGAGUUCAGUUCACCUAACCUGGGAGCCACCAGAACACGAUGGUGAUAGUCCAUUGACCGGCUACCUCAUUGAGAAACGAGAAGUUAAUCGCAAAACCUGGGUCAAAGUUAUCGAGGGUGUGGUUGACCUGGAGUAUACAGUUCCUGACCUGUAUCAGGGAAGAGAUUACCUGUUUAAAAUUUCAGCCUGCAACAAGUGUGGACCAGGAGAGCCCGGAUAUAUUGAUGAACCCGUUAAUGUAUCUGCACCAGCAACUGUCCCAGACCCACCCGAAAAUCUCAAGUGGAGGGAUCCAUCUGCCAGUGGAAUCUUCCUCACAUGGGAACCGCCCAAAUAUGAUGGAGGUUCACGCAUUAAAGGGUAUAUGGUAGAAAAGUGCCAGCGUGGUUCUGAAAAGUGGGAGAUGUGUGGCGAGCCAGUAUUUGACCUGAGGUUUGAAGUGACUGGCCUGACUGAAGGGCAGUGGUAUUCAUACCGCGUUAAAGCAUUGAACAGACAAGGUGCCAGCAGGCCAGGCAAACCUACAGAUGAUAUACACGCUGUGGAUCCAAAAGAGCCUCCAGAGAUCCAACUUGAUGUUAAGUUGCUCGCUGGCAUUACUGUGAAGGCCGGAACAAAGGUUGAGCUGCCAGCCUGUGUGAUUGGCAAACCUGAGCCCAGAGUUACUUGGACAAAAGCUGAACGUUUACUGAGGGUCGACACCAGAAUAACCAUCGAGACAAAACCUGGUCAUUCCACCGUGACAAUCAUGGAUACCACUAGGAGCGACACUGCCACCUACAUUAUUGAAGCCGUAAACACCAGUGGCCGGGCUACAGCUGUUGUUGAAGUCAAUAUUCUAGAUAAACCUGGGCCUCCUGCGGCAUUUGACAUCACUGAGAUUACGAAUGAAAACUGUGUCUUGACUUGGAAUCCCCCGAGAGACGAUGGUGGGUCACGUGUCACAAAUUACAUUGUGCAUUUCAAAGAAGGAGCUAGCGAAGUAUGGAAGAAACUCUCAACCACCAUCAAAGACACCAAAUAUAAGGCGAUGAAUCUUACACCCUUCAAAGAAUAUGUUUUCAAAGUUUGUGCUGAGAACAUGUAUGGCAUUGGAGAGCCAUCUGAGCACGCUCCAAUUGUAGCCAGAUAUUCUUUCGAUCCACCUGGUGCUCCAACACAUGUCCAGCCUUCAGAUAUCAACAAAGAUUCAUUGACUUUGUCUUGGAAUGAACCAGAUGAAGAUGGUGGUAGCCCAAUCACUGGAUACUGGAUUGAAAAAUUCGAUCCAGAAACUGACAAAUGGAUGAGAUGUAACAAAAUACCAAUCAGAGAUACUACCUUCAGAGUGAAAGGGCUUGCAACAAAGAAGAAGUACAAGUUCCGUGUUCUAGCAGAGAAUCUCGCUGGCCCUGGCAGUCCUAGCAAAGAAACAGAACCGAUCCUAGUAAAGAAUCCCAUUGAUCCACCUUGGCCUCCUGGAAAACCUAGUGUCAAAGAUGUCAUGAAGACGACAGUAUUCCUAAUGUGGACCAAACCAGAACACGAUGGAGGAGCAAAGAUUGAGUCUUAUAUUAUCGAGUUGUUGAAGAAUGGAACAGAAGACUGGGUCAGAGUAGCUGAGGGUGUUCCCAUGACUGAAUAUUUCCUGAAAGGUCUUAUGGACAAACAAGAAUACUCAUUCCGCAUUAGAGCUGUCAACAAAGCUGGUGAAAGCGAGCCCAGUGAACCCAGCGAUCCCGUCUUGUGCAAGGAGAGACUGAAUCCUCCCUCACCUCCUCGUUGGCUGGAAGUCGUUAAUAUCACAAAGAAUACCGCAGACCUUAAAUGGACUCCGCCAGAGAGAGAUGGUGGCUCUCCGGUCACAAAUUAUAUUAUGGAGAAGAGAGAUGUGAGACGAAAGGGUUGGCAGACUGUUGACACUACAGUGAAAGACAUUAAAUAUACAGUGACACCUCUUUCUGAGGGUUCGCUCUAUGUCUUCCGUGUUGCUGCAGAAAAUGUAGCUGGACAGAGCGAUUACUGUGAACUGGAAGACUCGGUACUGGCUAAAGACACGUUCACUACUCCUGGUCCACCCUACGCACUUACAGUGUUGGAUGUAACCAAGAGACACGUUGAAUUGAAAUGGGAGGCUCCUAAAAAUGAUGGUGGAAGGCCAAUUCAGAGGUACGUCAUUGAAAAGAAAGAGAAAUUAGGAACUCGCUGGGUUAAAGCUGGUAAGACGGCAGGACCAGAAUGUAACUAUAGAGUCACUGAUGUAAUUGAGGGGACUGAAGUACAAUUUCAAGUCCGCGCUGAAAAUGAAGCAGGAUGUGGACAUCCAAGUGAACCUACAGACAUGCUCUUAAUUGAAGAUCCAACAAGUCCUCCAUCUCCUCCUCUUGAGCUACAUGUGACAGACGCAAGCAGAGGCCAUAUUUCUAUUGCCUGGAAGGCACCAGAGAAAAAUGGUGGCAGCCCAAUUCUUGGCUACCAUAUUGAAAUUUGUGAGCCAGGAACCGAAAAGUGGAUGAGGAUUAACUCUCGGCCAGUGAAGGACCUGAAAUAUAAAGCGGACGAAGGCAUCAAACCUGAUAAGGAAUACAUCCUGAGAGUUCGGGCUGUCAAUGCCAUCGGGACAAGUGAUCCAUCAGAAAUAUCUGAAAAUGUUUUCGCAAAGGAUCCUGACUGCAACCCAAGUAUUGAAGUCAAAUCACAGGAUGUCAUUGUCGUGGAGGGUGAAAGGUUGAACGUGCCUUUACCCUUCAGAGCUGUUCCAGCACCAACUGUUUCGUGGCAUAAAAACGGAAGGGAACUCAAAGCAGAUGACAGAAUCACUUUGAAGAGUGAUUAUAUCAGUGCCUGCCUUGAGAUUGCUCGCAGUGUUCACGCUGACGCUGGUGUCUACACACUUACUUUGGAAAACAAGCUGGGUUCCACCAUCGGUACUAUCAACGUGAAAGUCAUCGGUUUGCCUGGCCAGUGUAAAAAUAUUAAGGCAAGUGAAGUCACUAAGGAUUCUUGCAAGAUAACCUGGGAUCCUCCAGACAAUGAUGGCGGCAGUCCCGUUUUGCACUAUGUGCUUGAACGUCGCGAGUCUGGUAGAAGAACGUAUAUGCCAGUCAUGUCUGGUGAGAACAAACUCAGUUGGUCCUUGAAAGACCUCAUCCCAAAUGGUGAAUAUUACUUCCGUGUAAAGGCUGUGAACAAAAUAGGCGGAGGUGAAUACACCGAGCUUCGCAAUCCAGUUAUCGCUGAAGAUCCAAAGCAACGGCCUGAUCCACCAGUUGAUGUUGAAGACCACAAUCCAACAUCAAAAUCAGUAACACUCACUUGGAAGCCACCGCUCUAUGAUGGAGGCUGCAAAAUCAUGGGCUAUAUUAUUGAAAAGAUCCCGAAGGGGAGUGACAAGUGGGAGAGGUGCAACGAAUACCUGGUGCCUGUUCUGUCUUACACUGUAAAGAAUCUCGAGGAAGGAAAUGAAUAUCAGUAUCGUGUACGUGCUGAGAAUGUAGCUGGAGUUAGCGAACCUUCAAAACUCACUCUAGGAAUCAAAGCUGUGGAUCCAGUUGAACGACCCAAGGUCUUCCUGAGCGGAAACCUAGCGUCUGGAUUAAGUGUCAAAAGAGGUGAUCAGAUUAGCCUCAACGCCGUUAUUUCUGGCUCUCCUUAUCCAAGUGUGACAUGGAUUAAAGAUGAGGAAGUGAUUCGGCCUGAAGAAAUCAAAAAGAGGGAACGUAAAAUAAUGCCAGUCAAGAAGAAGCAGGAAGUUGUAGAAGAAGAGCCGUUCUUUCUCAGUCUACCCGAACGUUUAAGCCUUGACAAUAGCAGACAAGGAGAGUCCAAUAUAAUGGUCCGCGAUUCUAUUAGACAGGAUCAUGGAAAAUUUACAAUCAAAGUAGAAAAUGAUCAUGGUAUAGCCAGAGCCACUUGUUACGUAAACGUGCAAGAUACCCCUGGCCCACCUAUCAACUUCACCUUUGAGGAAAUCAGAAGCGAUUCUCUCCGUUGUACAUGGGAUGCUCCUGUGGAUGAUGGCGGUAGUGAAAUCCUCAAUUAUAUCUUGGAGAAGAAAGACUACUCUAAACCUGAAGCUGGUUGGAUUACGAUAUCGUCAACUCUAAGGCAACGCAAAUUCCACAUCACUAAACUUAUCGAAGGGAAGGAAUACAUUUUCCGUGUGACGGCAGAAAAUAAAUUCGGCCCAGGACCACCAUGUCUCUCACAGCCAGUCAUUGCCAAAAAUCCAUUUGAACCUCCUGAGGCACCUGAGAAACCUGAGGUGGUGGAUACUUCUAGCAAUAGCAUGGUUGCUGAAUGGAAAGAACCAAAAGACAACGGAAGCCCUAUCAUAGGCUAUUGGGUAGAAAGGAAGGAAAUUAGCAGUACCCAUUGGACCCGAGUGAAUAGACAAUUGCUGAAUGCUCUCACCACCAAGGCUGAAGGCCUCAUGGAAGGAUUAACGUACAUAUUCAGAGUCUGCGCAGAAAAUGCAGCAGGUCCUGGAAAAUUCAGUCCACCUUCAGAACCCAAGAUUGCUCAGGACCCUGUGUUACCACCUGGCCCACCAAGACCAAGAAUCCUAGAUACAAGUGAAACGACAAUAGAAAUCGAGUGGGAUCCUCCAAUAUACAGUGGUGGUGGCGAUAUCAUCGGGUAUCAUGUUGACAAGCAGAUGCUGGGUUCAAAGGAAUGGUCACGCUGCACAGAAAGGCUAGUCAAGAACCGCACCCUAUCAGUCAGCGGGGUUCGAGAAGGCGGCGAUUACAAAAUUCGUGUUGUGGCGGUCAACAAUGCUGGAGAAGGCCCUCCUGGUGAAACCGAAACUGUAACCGUGAGGGAUCCAAAAGAGCCUCCAGUGGUUGAGUUUGACAUCUCUGUAAAAGCGGGUGUUCAGCACCUGGCCGGGAAAACCAUUAGACUGCCUGCCAUUGUCACAGGCCGACCCCCACCGGAAAUCAAGUGGAGCAAGGAAGAAGGGGAACUUGACAAAGAGCGCAUCCUUGUUGAAACAGUUGGCACCAGCACCGUGCUGGUCAUACAAGACGCGCGAAGAAGCGAUCAUGGGAGAUACAUGGUCACCGGCACAAACAGCAGUGGCUCGAAAUCCGCAGUGACCAGAGUAGAAGUGAUGGACGUGCCCGGCCCUGUUCUGGAUCUGAAACCUGUCGUCGUUACAAGAAAGAUGAUUUUGCUCAAUUGGUCUGAUCCCGAGGAUGAUGGUGGUAGUGACCUCACUGGUUUCAGUAUAGAGAGAAAGGAUGCCAAGAUGCACACCUGGAGACAGCCUAUAGAGACCGACAGAUCUAAGUGUGACAUUGUUGGGCUUCUUGAAGGACAGGAGUACAUGUUCCGUAUUAUUGCUAAAAAUAAGUUUGGUGGUGGUCCUCCUGUUGACCUUGGACCUAUACUUGCCGUCGACCCGCUUGGUCCACCAACUUCACCCGAGAGGUUUAUGUACACAGAGAGAACAAAGUCAACAGUCACGCUCGAUUGGAAGCCUCCUCGAAAUGAUGGUGGUAGCCCCAUCAUCGGAUACAUUAUUGAAAAGAAAAAGCAAGAUACACCUGAAUUUGACAGAGUUAACAAACAGCUAUGUAGAGCCACAAACCUCCUUGUCGAAAACCUAGCAGAACUGCACAUGUAUGAGUUCCGUGUCAAAGCUGUCAAUGAAAUCGGGGAAAGUGAACCGUCACUGCCUCUUAAUGUAGUAAUCCAGGACGAUGAAGUGCCUCCAACUGUAAAACUGCUGGUGAAAAUCAAGAGAAACACUAUUUCUGUCAAAGCUGGUGAACCCAUUGACAUCCCAGCUGAGGUGGAAGGGCUUCCCCUACCCAAGAUUGAAUGGAAAAAAGGAGAGACUGUGAUAGGAGCAUCGACUGACCAACUAAAGAUGCAUACCGAAAUCUUAUCAAGAACUAAUGCAAAGACCAAGAUUCAUAUCGCUGCAUCGGUUAGAAAGGACACACAAUUGUACACUAUCACUGGUUCAAACCGUCUCGGAACUGCUUUCCAGUCUGUGAACGUUGUCAUUUUUGAUAAACCUUCACCUGUGAGAAAGCUCGUAGUUUCCGACAUCAAGUCUGAAUCCUGCUAUUUGACUUGGGAUGCACCCGAAGACAACGGCGGCAGUGAAAUAACGAACUACAUUAUUGACAAGCGCGAUGCAUCCAAGAAGAAGUCUGAGUGGGAGGAGAUCACAAAUUUCAUUAUUGAAAGGAGAUACGGAGUAUGGAAACUGACAACGGACGGAGAUUAUCAAUUCCGAAUCCGUGCACAGAACAAGUAUGGAAUUAGCGAUGAUUGCGUUUCUGAAAAGGUGACGAUCAAAGACCCAUUUGGCCUCCCGGGACCACCCGCCAAGCCAAAGGUGUCCGAUGUCACGAGACUGACGAUGCUUGUAUCUUGGGAACCUCCACUGAACAAUGGUGGUGCUACUAUCACAGGCUACUGGCUGGAGAAGAGAGAGCUGGGUGGUGUGUAUUGGUCCCAGGUUAACAGAGCUCCUGUCACCAAACCCUCUGUAAAAGGCCUAGACUUCAAUGUCCUCCGCUUGAUAGAAGGUCUUGAAUACCAAUUCAGAGUCAUGGCUGUAAAUGCUGCUGGAAUUGGACCUCCUAGUGAGCCUUCUGAUCCUGUAUUGGCAGCUGAUCCUAUAUAUCCUCCCAGUACUCCAUCGGCUUUAGAGGUGACUGACAAAACUAACAGUACAGUAGCCCUUCGCUGGAAGCGUCCAGACAAAGAUGGUGGCAGCCCGAUCAAAGGCUACAUUGUUGAGAUGCAAGAGGAAGGCUCGUCUGACUGGAAAAACGUGUCUGAGCCGGAUAAACUUCUCACCAAUUGUGAAUAUGAGGUGCCCAAUUUACAGACGCACAAGAAGUACAGGUUCAGAGUUAAAGCAGUUAAUGCUGCAGGCGAAUCCGAGCCAAGUUCAACAACAACAGAAAUAGUUGUCAAGGACCUUCUUGAGGAACCAACUGUUUCAUUAGCAAUUAAUGCACAAGACUUGCUCCUUUGCCGUGCCGGUACAACGGUGAAAAUCCCAGUAAUUGUUACCGGUCGUCCUUUUCCAAAGCUUAAUUGGGAGUUUGAAGGACCAGCUAAGACCGUCUUGAAGGAUGACAUCCACAACUUACCAGCUGAUGCAGAGCUUGAAAGUACUAAAACUACUACAACUGUGGUAAUUCCAGAGUGUAACAGCAGCCACUCUGGCCGCUACAGCAUCACCGCGAAGAAUAAGGCCGGACAAAAGACAUUAAACAUCAGAGUAAAUAUUCUUGAUGCCCCAGGCCCGCCGAAAAAUCUCAAAGUCAGUGACAUUACCAGAAGCACCUGCAAACUUUCAUGGAAGCCCCCAGACAAUGACGGUGGAGACAGAAUUAAGGCCUAUUAUAUAGAGAAGAAGACUGUAGAAGGAAGGGCCUGGGUAAAGGUUAACACUGCCUGUGCAGGGACAUCAUACACUGUGCCUGAUCUUGUUGAAGGCCAGGAAUAUUUCUUCCGUGUCCGAGCGGAAAACCGAUUUGGGGUUGGUGCACCAGCGGAAACUAUCCAAAGGACCAGGGCUAGAGAUCCAAUCCAUCCACCUGAGCCUCCUACGCGACUUAAAAUUGCCCUCGUCACGAAAAAUGCUGUUUCUCUUACCUGGCGGCCACCUAAGAACGACGGAGGUGCUCCGGUGACCCAUUACAUUAUCGAGCGUCUCAGCUGGACCACCACAGGAAAAGACAAGGAAUCGUGGAAGCAAUGCAACAGACGCGAUGUUGACGAUACCAAGUUUACAGUUGAGGACCUCCAGGAGGGCGGGGAAUACGAAUUCCGUGUAAAAGCUGUAAAUGAGGCCGGUCAAAGUAAACCAUGUAACCCCGUUGGGCCAAUUAUCGUAAAAGAUCAAACAUGUGGACCUUCAAUUGAACUUAAGGAAUUCUUGGAGGCAGAAGAACGUACUGACAUCAGCAUUGUAGCCAAAAUUAAAGGCGUACCCUUCCCAACUUUGACGUGGUGCAAGGCGCCUGCUCACAAGGCAGAAGAGAAGUCUAAAGUAGAAUACGAUCAACAUGUCAACAAAAUUGUGACCGAGGACAAAUGCACUUUGUUGAUUCAUCAGUCCCUCCGAAAGGACACUGGUCUUUACACUCUCACUGCAACAAACAAUCUGGGAACGGAUUCCAAGGAAAUGAGACUCAACGUUCUUGGACGCCCUGGGCCUCCGGUGGGUCCGAUUAAGUUUGAAGGCAUUUCUGCCGAACACAUAACGUUAGCGUGGCUUCCUCCGAAGGAUGAUGGCGGCUCCAAGAUCACCAACUAUGUAGUCGAAAAAAGGGAAGCAAAUAGAAAGACUUGGAUGGAGGUUACAAACGAGGUUAAAGAGUGCCUUUGUUCAGUACCCAAGUUACUGGAAGGCCACGAAUACGUCUUCCGCAUCAUGGCUCAGAAUAAAUAUGGUGUUGGUGAACCUCUCGACAGUGAACCAGAAACAGCACGAAACCUAUUCACUUUACCUGGUGCGUGUGAUAAACCAACUAUAAGCAGUGUGACCCAUGAUUCCAUGAUAGUCAAUUGGGAAGAUCCAGAGUAUGAUGGUGGUUCUCCAGUGACAGGCUACUGGUUGGAGCGCAAAGAAACCACUGGCAAGAGAUGGAACAGAGUAAAUCGUGAUCCGAUCAGGAUUAUGCCUCUCGGAGUGUCUUAUAAUGUAACUGGUCUUAUUGAAGGAUCGAAUUACCAGUUCCGUGUGUUUGCCAUCAAUGCAGCAGGAAUUGGGCCCCCAAGUCAGCCUUCUGACCCAACAAUAGCAAGAGAUCCUAUUGCACCACCUGGGCCUCCAUUCCCUAAAGUGACUGACUGGACCAAGUCAACUGCUGAUGUGGAAUGGGAUCCACCAACUAAGGAUGGUGGAUCCAGGAUCACUGGCUAUUUUGUUGAAUUUAAGGAAGAAGGAAAGGAAGAAUGGGAGAAGGCCAAAGAUAAAGAAGUCAGAGGCACAAAAUUUGUUGUCUCGGGACUCAAAGAAGGAGGUCUGUACAGAUUUAGAGUGAGAGCAGUUAAUGCAGCUGGAGUUGGCGCUCCUGGAGAGAUAUCUGAUGCACUUGAAGUCAAGGAUAGGACAGAAAUUCCUGACAUUGAAUUGGACGCCAGCGUGCGAGAGCGAAUUGUAGUACACGCUGGAGGCGUUAUUCGUAUCAUAGCAUACGUGUCGGGCAAACCACCUCCACAGAUCACGUGGCAUAGAAAUGAUGAGGCCGUGCCAGCAGAAGCUACAAUUGAAGUUACAGCUAUCAGCUCUGCACUCGUUAUCAAAAAGUGCCAGAGAAGCCACCAAGGCAUCUACAAUCUGGUAGCUAAGAACGUAGGGGGUGAACGAAGAAAGACCAUCAUCGUUGACGUUUUAGACGUUCCUGGACCGGUUGGCGUACCUUUAAACUUUGAAAACCUCACCAACGAUUCUGGUAAGUUGAUCUGGUUCACCCCAGAUGAUGAUGGUGGAUCUGCUAUCACCAACUACGUCAUUGAAAAGCGUGAAGCAGAUCGUAGAGGCUGGACCCCCGUGACCUACACAGUCACCCGGCAGAACGCCGUAAUCCAAAACCUGAUGAAAGGAAAUGCCUAUUUCUUCAGAAUUGCAGCUGAGAAUCUUAUUGGCAAGGGACCGUGGGUUGAGACACCGUACGAGUAUAUAAUUAAAGAACCAAUGUCUGUCCCUGACCGUCCUGAAGAACUUCAAGUAACAGGAGUCACAAGGAACUCAGUUAGCCUCAGUUGGAAUCCUCCUAAGUAUAAUGGCGGCUCUGAUAUUACUAUGUAUAUCAUUGAGUCCCGUCUCAUUGGCAAAGACAAGUUCAUCAGAAUCACUAAAGACAAGCUUCUUAACCGGAAGUAUACAAGCGAUGGCUUAAAGGAAGGUGACACUUAUGAGUUCCGUGUCAGUGCAGUUAAUGUUGUUGGCCAAGGCAAGCCAUCCUUCUGCUCAAAGCCAAUAACGUGCAAGGAUGAACUUGUACCCCCCACAAUUGAGCUGGAUUUCCGCGACAAGUUUGUCGUGCGUGUGGGUGAGUGUUUCAGUUUGAACGGACGCUAUGCAGGCAAACCCGCGCCCAAAGUUUCUUGGCUUAAGGAUGAGACGAAAAUCACGGACACCGAUCGUCUAAAGAUCCAGACAACUCCAAAGACACUUUGUCUUGGAAUCCUGAAAGGCAUCCGCGCAGACUCGGGCAAAUACUGUGUGGUCGUGGAAAACAGCACGGGGACACGCAAAGGUGUCUGUGAAGUGACUGUCGUUGACCGUCCACAGCCUCCAGUUGGCCCGGUUGUGUUCCAUGAAGUCCACAGAGACCAUAUGGUUAUUUCCUGGAAUCCACCACUUGACGAUGGUGGCAGUGUGAUCACUAAUUACGUGGUUGAAAAGAGAGAUACAAACCGGGAUCUCUGGAUGCCCGUUACUUCUGCUGUUACUAAAACAACUUGCAAAGUACCAAAACUGAUUGAGGGCAGAGAGUACAUCAUUCGCAUCAGUGCUGAAAAUAUGUAUGGAAUCAGUGAUCCAUUGGAAUCUGAAGAAAUUAAAGCCAAAGAUCGGUUUAGGGUUCCUGAAGCACCAGAACAACCAGUUAUAAAGGAUGUUACCAAGGAUUCUGUUGUGGUGAUUUGGAAUAGACCACGAGAUGGGGGCAAACCUAUCACUAAUUACAUUGUGGAAAAGAAAGAAACCAUGUCUAACCGCUGGUCAAAAGCAUCCACGGAGCCUAUUUACCCAGACACAAAGUACAAAGUGACUGAUCUUUAUGAAGGCUGUGAAUAUGAAUUCCGUGUCUCAGCUGUAAAUGAAGUAGGUGUCGGUGACCCGAGCCCACCAUCCAAACCCGUCUUUGCCAAGGAUCCGAUCGUCAAACCAAGCCCGCCCGUCACUCCUGAAGCCGUGGACAAGACUAAAUCUACCGUUGACCUGAUUUGGCUACCUCCACGUCAUGACGGAGGAGGAAAAAUAAUUGGCUAUUUAGUGGAGUACCAAAAAGUUGGUGACGAAGAGUGGACUAAAGCCAAUCAUACGGCAGAGUCGUGCCCUGACUUAAAAUUCAGGGUAACAGGUCUCACUGAAAGUUAUAUGUACAAAUUCCGCAUUAUGGCUGUCAACGUAGUUGGUGAAUCAGAACCAGUUUACGUCCGUGAUCCAGUUGAAGUAAAAGACCGGCUCGAGGCUCCUGAAUUGUUUGUGGAUGCCAACAUGGCUCGAGAUUUAAACAUAAGAGCAGGAAGUGACUUAACCCUCAGUGCAAUGAUCAAGGGAAUGCCAUUCCCCAAGGUCACCUGGCAAAAGGAGGAUAAAGAAGUACCAAUGAAAGCUGACAUUGGGGUUACACCAGUUGGCAGCAAGCUUCAAAUCUGUAACGCUGUCAGGGGUGACAGUGGACAUUACUCACUGACUGUUGAAAAUGAAGCAGGAAAGAAGUCUGCUACAUGCAAUGUUUUCGUAUUAGACAAACCCAGUCCACCACAUACCUUUACUGUUACUGAAGUUAGAAGUAACUCAUGCUAUCUGAUGUGGAAGGAACCAAUUGACAACGGAGGUGCUGUUAUCUCAAAUUACAUAAUUGAGAAACGAGAUGUUUCAGCUCCACAGUGGGUUCCUAUCUCCUCUUCGUCCAAAAAGCACAGCAUUAUGGCCAAGUAUUUAAUGGAAGGCACUCAGUAUUUGUUCCGUGUGGCUGCUGAAAAUCAAUAUGGCAGAAGUGCCUUUGUUGAAACCAAAAAACCAAUCAAGGCAAUUGAUCCAUUAUCUCCUCCUGGUCCUCCUAAGAACUUGCAUCACGUUGAUGUAGACAAGACGGAAGUGUCUAUUGUUUGGAAUUACCCAGAUCGUGAUGGAGGUGCUCCCAUCACAGGCUUUUUAGUUGAAUACCAGGAAGAAGGCGCACAAGACUGGAUUACAUUCAAAACUGUUAGCAUUCCAGAAUGCACAGUGACACAUUUGGAGGAAGGAAAGAUAUAUCGGUUCCGUGUUAAAGCUCAAAAUAUAGUUGGCUUUGGUCGUCCAGAUACAACAGUGCCUGUACUAUGCCAGGAGAAAAUAGUACCACCAACUAUAGAUUUGGAUGUGAAAUUGAUUGAAGGUCUUGUCGUGAAGGCUGGCAGCACAGUCAGAUUUCCUGCCCUUAUGAAGGGUAUUCCUGUACCUUCAGUCAAGUGGGUCAUUGACAGUGUUGUGAUCAAAUCAGAAGGCCAUUACAAAAUUAACACUGAUGGCCACUCUACAAUCCUUACUAUUGAGGAGUGUAACAGAAAACAUAGCGGUGAAUAUUUGCUUACCGUUUCCAAUCCAGCUGGUAGCAAGACAGUUGCUUUACAUUUAACCGUCUUGGAUGUCCCUGGCCCGCCAAUUGGUCCAGCUAAUAUCCUGGAAGUAACCCCAGAACACAUGGUCGUGUCCUGGCGUCCACCUAAAGAUGAUGGAGGAAGUCCUGUUAUGAACUACGUUGUUGAAAAGCGAGAAACGAAGAAGGAGACCUGGGGAAUUGUUAGCAGUGGAAGCACAAGUACCAGAGUUAAGAUUCCACGUCUUCAGAAAGGAUGUGAAUACAUUAUGCGGAUACGAGCAGAGAAUAAAAUCGGUAUUGGUGAACCAUUAGACUCUCUGCCAACUGUUGCCAAACAUACAUUUGAUGUCCCGUCACCACCUGGUAAACCAGUUGUUUAUGAUAUUGCAGAAAAUGCCGUAACAGUUUCUUGGGGCUUACCAAAGUCUGAUGGCGGAAGCCCAAUUAAUGGUUACAUACUGGAGCGCAGAGAAAUAUCUGGCAAAUGGAUUCGGGUGAACAAGACACCCGUAUUAGAUAUUAAAUUCAGGGCCGUUGGACUAUUUGAAGGCAAUUCAUACCAAUUCAGAGUAUUUGCUGAAAAUAUUGCUGGUCUGAGUAAACCAUCACCAAACUCUGAUACAGUAGCAGCCAAACGACCUAUCACAGCCCCUGGACCACCAAUUAAUCCCAAACUGAAGGACAAAAGUAGGGAAAGUGUUGAUUUAGUCUGGAUAAAGCCUAACAAGGAUGGAGGCAGCCCUAUCUUGGGAUACAUUGUAGAAUGUCAGAAGACAGAUAGUACGAAAUGGAUUAGAGUCAACAAAGAUGAUUUGAUCCCGCAAUGUGCUUACAGAGCACAUGGUCUAAUUGAAGGCAAUGAAUACCGCUUCCGUGUAAAAGCUGCCAAUGUUAUUGGGGAAGGUGAGCCAAGAGAAUUACCAGAAACUGUGAUCGCAAAGGACAUUCUUCAACCUCCAGAGAUAGACCUGGAUAUCGUUUGCCGUGAACUGGUCACAGUUCGUGUGGGACAAACCAUCUGUAUAAGUGGCCGUGUUAAAGGCAGACCAGAUCCAGACAUCACAUGGUCAAAAGACAGCAAGGUAGUCUCUCCUGACAAACGCACAGAGAUCAAUAACGAUUAUCCAAUUAUAAGGCUCCACAUUAAAUCAGCAACUAGAGCUGACUAUGGAAAAUAUAGCGUCGUUGCCAAAAAUAGUAGCGGACAAGUUCAGGCUGCUGUUGUUGUCAAUGUACUUGACAGACCUGGACAAUGUCAAAAUAUCAGGACAAAUUACAUCACCAAGGAUUCUUGUAUGCUUGCUUGGGACAAUCCAGAAGACAAUGGCGGCUCAGAAAUCACUAACUAUAUUGCAGAAUGCCGUCAACCUAGCCAGAGAGGAUGGUCUAUGAUCUCAGCAGAUUUGACUAAGCGCAUAGUCAAGGUACAGCUUGUACCAAAUCAAGAAUACUUCUUCCGUGUUUGCGCAGAAAACAAAGUUGGACUGGGGCCGACUGUUGAGACCAAGACCCCAAUCCUAGCCAUUGACCCCGUUGAAAAACCUGGAGCACCUGAAAAUUUCCAUGUUGCCGAAACAGGAAAGUCAUUUGCUCAACUUAAAUGGAGGAAACCGGAUUUUGAUGGUGGUAGUCCCAAUCUGUCGUAUCAUGUUGAAAGAAGAUUGAAAGACACUGAUGAAUGGGAUCGAUUACACAAAGGCAGUAUUAAAGACACGUUCUUUAUGGCUGACCGGUGCAUUGAGAACCAGACCUACCAAUUCAGAGUACAAACCAAGAAUGAAGGUGGCGAAAGCAACUGGGUGAAGACAGAUUACAUUGUUAUCAAAGAAGAAAUUCAGAAACCAGUCUUGGAUCUAAAGCUAUCUGGAAUAUUAACUGUUAAAGCAGGAGAAACCAUUAGACUUGAUGCUGAUCUUAGAGGCAAGCCUGCGCCAGAGGUGACGUGGGUUAAGGACAAAGAUGCAAUUGACUUUGCUAGAUUGCCUCGAGCAAAGAUUGAAAUCACCCCGGAAUCAGCCCGAUUUGCCCUGAUUAAGGCUAAACGUAGUGACUCAGGCAAAUAUACCAUUAUUGCAACAAAUAUAGCUGGUAGCUUCACGGCCUAUGCCAUUGUUCAUGUUUUGGAUGUACCCGGAGCCGUCAGAGACCUAAAGAUCUCUGCCAUUGCAAGCGAUCGAUGCAGAGUCAGCUGGGACGCACCAGAAGAUGAUGGCGGCUGUGAAGUCCAAAACUAUGUGAUAGAGAAAUGUGAAACCAAGAGAAUGAUCUGGUCCACAUAUUCUACUUCAGUGCUUAACGAGUAUGCAAACGUCACUCGUCUCAUACAAGGAAAUGAAUACAUCUUCAGGGUACGUGCAGAAAACAAAAUGGGCACUGGACCACCGACUGAAAGUAAACCAGUUACGGCCAAGACACAAUUUAACAGACCUGGCCCUCCAGACGCACCAGAGAUCACAAAGGCGAGCAGGGAAGAAAUGACUGUUGUAUGGAAUCCACCAGAAGAUGAUGGUGGCAAAUCAAUCACAGGUUACAUAUUGGAGAGGAAAGAGAAACUAUCUAUUCGAUGGGUACCUAUCACCAAGACUGCAAUCACAGAAAGACGCAUGAGGGUGAAAAAUUUGACUCCCGGACGCGAAUACCAGUUCCGAGUCAAAGCAGAAAACGAAAUUGGAAUUGGAGAUCCCAGUGGGCCUUCCAGACCAGUAUUCGCAAAGGAUCCUAUGGAACCACCUGGUCCUCCAACUGGUCUGAAGGUGUCGGACAGCACCAAGACAUCCGUGACUCUUAGUUGGGGGAAACCAGUGUACGAUGGUGGCUCUCCCAUCAUUGGUUAUGUCGCUGAAAUGAGACUGAAAGGUUCAAGCGAAGGUCCUGAAGAAGGUUGGAAGAGAUGUAACGUUGCAGCUCAGCUUGUUCUCACUCAGUUUACAAUGACAGGCCUUGAUGAGAAGCAAGAGUACGAAUUUAGGGUGGCAGCAAUGAAUCAAGUUGGGCUCGGUCGUCCUGCUGAACUCAAAGAAGCUGUAUCUCCAAAGGAGAUUCUAGAACCACCAGAGAUUGACUUAGACGCAAGCCUGAGAAAAGUUGUAGUUGUCCGAGCCGGGUGUCCUAUUCGGUUGUUUGCUACCAUUCGAGGCCGACCGGCACCAAGGGUCUGCUGGAGAAAAAUGGGAAUUGACAAUGUGGUCAGAAAAGGCCUAGUUGACCUCCUUGACACAAUGGCUUUCCUCGUCAUCCCAGAUAGUACUCGAGAUGAUGCUGGCAAAUAUUCAUUGACACUGGUGAAUGCAGCGGGCGAAAAGGCAGUGUUUGUGAAUGUGAAAGUUCUUGACACACCCGGGCCUGUCUCAGAUUUUGAAACUUCAGACGUUGGAAAAAUGACAUGUCAGCUCUCUUGGUCACCACCUGAUAAUGAUGGUGGCAGUCCAGUGACCCACUAUAUUCUGGAGAAACGCGAAGCAGAUAGGAAGACCUGGGCUUCAGUAAUACCAGAUUUGAAGAAAACUAGCUUCAAAAUAACUAACUUGGUACCUGGAAAUGACUAUUAUUUCAGGGUGACCGCUGUCAAUCAGUACGGUUCUGGGGUUCCAAAGGAUACUGCUAAAUCUAUUGUGGCAAGAGAUCCAAUUAGCGAACCAGAUCCACCCAAGAAAGUGGAGGUCACAGAUGGCACAAAGAGCUCUGCUACGGUGGCCUGGUUGAAACCUCUCAGGGACGGAGGUUCUAAAAUCGAUGGAUAUAUCGUUGAAUACCAGGAAGAGGGUCAAACUGAGAAAGAAUGGACGCAAUAUUCUGUAGUCAAGGACCUGAGCAUUGUUGUGAUGGGUCUUAAAGAAGGAAAGAAAUAUAAAUUCAGAGUUGCAGCAAGAAACAUUGUGGGGUCCAGCUUACCCAGAGAAACUGAAGGAUUCUUUGAGGUUAAAGAACAACUAAUGGCACCAAAGAUUAUCAUGGCAGAGAACAUAACUAUCAAAGCUGGCAAGAAGUUAAGAGUUGAGUCUCACAUAUUUGGCAAGCCUGCACCAACCUUCAAAUGGCAGAAGAAUGAUGAAGAUGUGAUGCCAUCGAGCCGUCUAGCCGUGCACAAGUCAAAGGGUGCUUCUGUCCUCAUCAUCAAAGACGUUAGCAGAAGUGACAGCGGCUUUUACAAUCUUAUAGCAGAAAAUAGCUCUGGCAUUGCCUCCCAGAAGGUUCAUGUCGUGAUAAUGGAUGCCCCAGGCCCACCAGAACCACCGUUUGAUAUUACAGAAAUUGACGCAGAUGCGUGCACCCUCGCUUGGCACACACCACAUGAAAAUGGCGGCAGCAACAUAACAAACUACAUUGUUGAGAAGUGUGAUUUAAGCCGAGGUGACUGGAUCACUAGCGUGUCAUCUGUAUCGAAAACCAGCUGCAGAAUUGGAAAACUUAUGCCUGGGCAAGAGUACAUGUUCCGGGUCCGAGCAGAAAAUAGGUUUGGCAUUUCAGAUCCUCUUACUUCUGGCAAGAUGAUUGCUAAAUAUCAAUUCGAUAUUCCAACUGAACCAAGAAAUGUACAUUUAACAAAGGUGAACAAAGAUUGCAUAUUUGUUGCAUGGGAUAGACCAGAAAGUGAUGGUGGCAGUCCCAUCACCGGUUACGUUAUCGAACGUAAAGAGAGAAACAGUCUUCUUUGGGUGAAGGCUAAUGACACAGCUGUCCGUACAACUGAAUACCCAUGUUCAGGUCUCAUUGAAGGGCUGGAAUAUACUUUCAGAGUCAUUGCACUGAACAGAGCUGGAGCCAGCAAGCCCAGUAAACCAACUGAGUUUGUAACAGCAAGAACACCUGUUGAUCCACCAGGCAAACCAGAAGUAUUCGAUAUUACACAGAGUACUGUGGCUCUUCUUUGGGCAAGACCCAAACAUGACGGUGGGAGCAAAAUCCUUGGUUACUUUGUCGAAGCUUGUAAACUACCAGGUGAAAAGUGGAUCAGAUGCAACUCCAACUGCCACAACGUACCUCUUGAAGAAUAUACUGUUACCGGUCUUGAAGAAGCUGCUCAAUAUCGGUUCAGAAUCAUUGCGAAGACUGUCAUUAACAUUAGCAAGCCAUCUGAACCUUCAGAUCCAAUUACCAUCCAAGCAGAACAUGAUGCGCCCAAAAUUGACUUGGGUGUGUCCAUGAAGAGUCUUAUGACUGUGAAGGCUGGAGUCAAUGUUUGCUUGGAGGCUGUUGUCUCUGGAAAACCUUUUCCGAAAGUCAGUUGGAAGAAAAACGGCAAUGAGGUUGUGCCUGCUGAUGGUUUCAAGAUAACAACCACAAGAAGUUUGUGUACUCUGGAGUUAUAUUCCGUUCAAAGGAAGGAAACUGGAGAAUACUCUAUUUUCGCAGAGAAUCCAAGUGGAUCGAAAUCGGCUCACGUAAAACUUAAAGUACUAGACAAACCUGGCCCACCUGCUUCUGUCAAAAUCAGCAACGUUUACUCAGAUCGUGUUAACCUCAGUUGGCUGCCUCCUCUAGAGGACGGAGGUGCUGAUGUAACCAACUAUGUUGUUGAUAAGCGUGAAACAAGCCGGCCUAAUUGGGCUCAGGUCACUGCUAACGUCCCAAUUACUAGCUGCGGCAUAGAGAAGCUGAUAGAAGGACACGAAUAUCAGUUCCGCAUCUGUGCUGAAAACAAAUAUGGUGUCGGUGACCCCAUCCUGACUGAAUCCGUUGUUGCCAAAAAUCCUUACGAUGUCCCUGGACAAUGUGAUCCUCCAGUGAUUAGUAACGCCACAAAGGACCAUAUGACUGUGAGCUGGAAACCCCCAGCUGAUGAUGGUGGUUCAGCUAUAACUGGAUACUUACUAGAGAAACGUGAGACAAAGGUCGUCAAGUGGUCCAAAGUCAACAGGAGACCAGUCAUGGAAAGAACAGUUAAGGCGACAGGACUUCAAGAAGAUUUGGAGUAUGAGUAUCGAGUUAUUGCUUUGAACAAAGCUGGACCAGGCAAACCUAGUGAAUCCUCAAAAUCAGCAAUUGCUGUUGAUCCUCAAUAUCCUCCUGGCCCCCCUGCCUUCCCCAAAGUGAUUGACACAACUCGCGGCACCGUCAGCUUGUCUUGGAGUAAGCCAGCGUAUGAUGGUGGAAGCCCUAUCCUGGGGUACCUGGUCGAGAUUAAACUCGCGGAUACUGAAAAUUGGAUGAAAUGUAACGUGCCAAAGAACCUUCAAGAAACGCGUUAUAUUGUUACAGGACUGAACGAUAGCACUGAGUAUCAGUUCCGUGUAUCUGCAGUGAACAAAAUCGGCUUCAGUGAUCCAAGUGAUGUGCCUGAUAAACAUAUUCCCAAAGAUAUUUUGAUUGCUCCUGAAGCUGAUCUUGAUGCUGACUUAAGGAAGGCACUUAUUCUGCGUGCGGGAGUCACAAUGAGGAUCUACGUGCCAGUCAGAGGUCGUCCAACUCCAAAAGUCACGUGGGCAAAAAUGAAUACCAACAUCAAGGAAAGAGAAGGACUUGAAAUCAGAACUUCAGAAUACGAUACAAUGCUGUACUGCGAAAACGUCAAUCGAUAUGACGGCGGAAAGUACAUUUUAACUUUAGAAAACAGCAGUGGAAUGAAGACAUAUACACUUGUUGUCAAGGUUCUGGACUCUCCUGGUCCUCCGCUUAACCUUGUGGUUAAAGAAACAUCAAAGAAUUCUGCUGCUAUUUCCUGGGAUCCUCCACUUGUGGACGGUGGUAGUCCAGUUAAGAAUUACAUUGUGGAAAAACGAGAUGCUGAAAGAAAGGCAUGGUCAACUGUAUCAACUGAGUGUCCCAAGACAAGUUUCAGAAUUCAGAAUUUGGAGGAGAGUAAAUUUUACUUCUUCAGAGUGCUGGCUGAAAAUGAAUAUGGCAUCGGCGUGCCUUGUGAGACAAAGAAUGCUGUGAGAGCUUCAGAGGAACCUGGACCUGUGAUCAACCUGAAGGCUUUAACGUUGACCAAAUCAUCUUGCACCCUGGCAUGGAAAAAGCCCGCCAGUGACGGUGGAUCACGAAUUACAGCUUAUGUUGUUGAAAUAUUGCUGGCUGGAGACAAAUGGAAAGAGUUAAUGCAGUCAAAGAACAUGCAACAUCCAAUAAAAGAUUUGGAGGAAGGAAAAGAAUAUACUUUCAGAGUGAGAGCACUGAAUGAUGCAGGAUACAGUCCACCAGAGGAAAUUACAGUUGUAGCCAAGGAUCAAGUUGUACCACCAAAUAUUGAUCUGAGAGACCUGCCUGACUUAACUUAUGUUGCCAAGGAGGGAAGCAGCUUCCGUCUGAAGAUUCCAAUCAGUGGAAAGCCAGUCCCAAAAGUAACAUGGAAGAAAGGUGAAGACCCGCUCUUGGAUGAGAGUGGCAGAGUUGUUGUGGAAUCCACUGCUGUCAAUACAACAUUAAUAGUACGGGAAUGUCAAAAGAGCGAUGCCUCAAAGUACACAGUCACCGUGAAGAACACCGCCGGCACAAAGGAAGGCACUCUGUUCAUCAAAAUAGUGGGAAAGCCUGGAAUACCAACCGGACCUCUGCGUUUCGAUGAAGUCACAGCGGAUGCCAUUACUUUGAUCUGGGGAGCUCCCAAGGACGAUGGUGGUUCAGAAGUUACAAACUAUAUCCUGGAAAAGCGAGAUAACACGACCAACAAAUGGGUGACGUGUGCCUCUGCUGUACAGAAGACAACAUUCAGAGUCACAAGACUUCACGAAGGAAUUGAGUACACCUUUAGAGUCAGUGCUGAGAACAAGUAUGGAGUAGGCGUAGACCUGAAAUCUGAUCCCGUUAUAGCCAGGCAUCCGUUUGAUGUACCUGAUGCUCCUUUGCCACCUCAAGUUGUUGCCGCCAGACAUGACUCUGUGUCAUUGGUUUGGACAGACCCCAGGAAGACAGGUGGUUCACCUAUCACAGGUUAUCACAUUGAGUACAAAGAAAGAAACGGCCUUCUGUGGAAACGAGCAAAUAAGACCCCACUGAGAAUGAAGGAUUUCAGAGUAACUGGCUUGACAGAGGGACUUGAAUAUGAAUUUAGAGUUAUGGCAAUUAACUUGGCUGGUGUAGGCAAACCAAGUCCACCAACGAAGCCUGUUACCACACUUGAUCCAAUUGAUCCCCCUGGAAAACCUGAUGUCAUUAACAUCACAAGGAACUCUGUGACCCUCAUGUGGACUGAGCCCAAGUAUGAUGGUGGACAUAAACUAAUCGGCUACAUUGUUGAGAAGCGGGACCUCCCUUCGAAAAUCUGGAUGAAAGCAAAUCACGUUAAUGUUCAGGACUGUGCCUUCACUGUCACUGACAUGACUGAGGGCUGCAAAUAUGACUUCCGCAUUAAAGCAAAGAAUGCAGCCGGAGCAAUCAGCGAGCCAUCGGAAACGACAGGAACCAUUGUGUGCAAGGACGAAUAUGAGGCACCAACAAUUGUAAUUGAUCCUACUGUAAAGGAAGGCUUAACAGUCAAAGCUGGCGAUACAAUCGUGAUUACUGCCACCAGUAUUCUCGGCAAGCCUCCGCCAAAAUCAGCUUGGUCUAAGGGUGGAAAAUACUUCAAGCCCUCUGACAUUGUCCAAAUUGAAGACACUCCGACUUCCUCCAUACUAUCUGUUAAAUAUGCUACAAGAAAGGAUUCUGGAGAAUAUACCAUCACUGCCAGCAACCCGUUUGGUAUCAAAGAGGAAAAUGUCCGUGUGAAAGUUUUGGACGUUCCUGGUCCUCCAGGCCCCAUUGAAGUCAGCAAUGUCUCAUCUGAAAAGGUAACACUCAGUUGGUCGCCUCCUGCAGAAGAUGGAGGUUCUCCGGUCAAAUCCUAUACAAUUGAAAAGAGAGAAACCAGUCGCCUUCUCUGGACUUUACUCGCGGAAAAUCUCCCAAGCUGCAGAUAUGUCGCAAGCAAACUUAUACAAGGAAAUGAAUACAUCUUCCGUGUCUCUGCUGUAAAUCAGUAUGGCAUCGGUGACCCUUCACAUGGCGAACCUGUUAAAAUGGUAGAUAGUUUUGGUCCACCCGGUCCACCAGGAAAGCCUGAAAUCACCAAUGUUACCAAAAACACAGUCACCAUUUGCUGGAAGAGACCAGUUGAUGAUGGUGGUAGUGAAAUCCUAGGAUACAUUGUCGAGCGUAAAGAAAAGAAAGGUCUGAGAUGGGUUAGAACAAGUAAAAAAUCGAUUUCAGAUCUACGGCAUAAAGCAGUAGGACUUAAUGAAGGAACUGAGUACGAAUUCCGGGUCACGGCAGAAAACAAAGCAGGCAUCGGAACACCAAGCGAACCAUCAGCAUCAGUGCUGACAAAAGACUUAGCAUAUGUGCCCGGGCCUCCUUCUAACGCAAGAGUGGUGGACACAACAAAGACCACCGCUACUUUGACUUGGGGGAAACCUCACUACGAUGGUGGCCUUGACAUUAUCGGCUACAUAGUUGAACACAAGAAAGAAGCAGAGGAAGAAUGGGUAAAAGACACCACGGGCACUGCACUCAGAAUAACCGAAUUUGUUGUUGCUAACCUUCAGCCAGGGGAAAAAUAUCACUUUAGAAUCAGAGCACUCAAUGCUGAGGGGAUUGGUGAGCCUGCUCAAGUUGAUGGUGCGGUUGAAAUUAAGGAACGUGAAGAAGUGCCUGAUUUUGAGCUGGACGCUGAUCUGAGAAGAACUCUUGUCGUCAGAGCUGGAGUCACAAUCCGCAUCUUUGUACCAAUCAAGGGCCGGCCAACUCCUCAAGUCACGUGGCUUAAAGGAGAUAGUCCGGUCAAAGGACGUGCCACAGUAGAAACUACAUCUUCAUACACCUUCCUCCUGAUCCCUGAAUCCACCAGAGAUGACACUGGAAAGUACACAAUGUGUCUUGAAAAUGCUGCCGGUAAAAAGUCUGGUUUUGUAAACGUGAGGGUCCUAGACUCCCCAGGACCUCCGAUUAACCUUAAAGCCAGAGAAGUAACAAAAGAUAGCAUUACAUUGGCUUGGGAACUGCCAAUGAUUGAUGGGGGCUCACGGGUCAAAAAUUAUAUAAUAGAAAAGCGAGAAUCGACACGUAAAGCCUAUGCUACUGUUACAACAAACUGCCAAAAGUGUUCGCUUAGAAUUCCCAAUCUCUCAGAAGGGUCUGAGUAUUACUUCAGAGUAAUGGCUGAGAAUGAAUACGGCAUUGGGGAACCAGCUGAGACGACAGACCCUGUAAGAGCAUCCGAAGCCCCGUCUCCUCCAGAAAGUCUUCACAUCAUGGAUAUAACUAAGCACACAGUCAGCUUAGCUUGGCCAAAACCAGAGUUCGAUGGUGGUAGUAGGAUUACAGGAUACGUACUUGAGGCCCAGAAGAGAGGCAGUGAAAAAUGGAUGCCUUUAGCAACUCAAAAGGCAUUAGAUUAUACUGUAAAGAAUUUGACUGAAAAUGAGGAAUAUACAUUCCGCAUCAUGGCUGUCAAUAUUUCUGGAAGGAGCGAUCCUCGAGAAAGCAGGCCCGUUGUUGUAAAAGAACAAACGUCACUUCCAGAAUUGGACUUGCGUGGUAUAUACCAGAAGACUAUAAUUGCAAGGGCAGGAGAUAAUAUCAAAGCUGAGAUCCCAGUGCAUGGUCGACCAAAACCAACAGUCACCUGGACAAAGGAAGGCCAAACUUUGAAGCAAACGCAGAGAAUAAAUGUCGAAAAUACAGCCAACUCAACAAUACUUAACAUCAACGAAUGCACAAGAAAUGAUACCAGCAAGUUCACUCUGACCGCUAAAAAUAUAAUCGGUGAAGUAAGUGACACCAUCAGUGUUCAAGUUCAUGACAUUCCUGGACCACCUAAAGGCCCCAUCAAAUUAGACGACAUUUCAUCUGUUUACAUUUUGAUGUCAUGGGAACCACCUGAGAGUGAUGGUGGAGUACCAAUCAACAACUACAUUGUAGAGAUGCGCGAGACCAACAGCACAUCAUGGGUAGAGCUGGCAGCUACUGUGAUACGGACAACAUUUAAAGCUAGUCACCUUACCACUGGAAUGGAAUACCAAUUCCGAAUUAAGGCUCAAAACAGAUAUGGUGUUGGACCUGCCAUUAUUUCAGAGUCUGUUGUUGCUGCAUAUCCAUUUAAGGUGCCUGGACCUCCAGGAACUCCAAGUGUUAUUGGAGUCACAAAGGAUUCAAUGACUAUCACUUGGAAUGACCCAGUUACUGAUGGUGGAAGUCAAAUUUUGGGAUAUCAUAUUGAAAGAAAGGAAAGAAAUAGUAUUCUCUGGCAAAUUAUAAGCAAGGCUUUGAUUGCAGGCAACACAUUUAAAUCAAGUGGACUUACUGAUGGCAUUGCAUACGAAUUCCGUGUUGCAGCAGAAAACAUGGCUGGCAAAGGAAAACCAAGUAAACCUUCAGAUCCAGUAUUUGCGCUAGAUCCUAUCGAUCCCCCUGGUCAACCAAUUCCCGUUAACAUUACAAGACAUUCUGUAACACUUGUCUGGACAAAGCCAGAAUAUGAUGGAGGCUUUAAGGUAACUGGAUACACGAUUGAAAAGAGGGAAUUCCCGAGUGGGCGAUGGCUCAAGGCAAACUUUAGCAAUGUUCUGGAGACCGAGUUCACGGUCAGUGGCCUUACUGAAGAUGACAAAUAUGAAUUCCGCAUCAUAGCUCGAAAUUCAGCAGGAGCAGUGAGCAAGCCAUCUGAGCCCACUGACGCAAUAACAUGCAGAGAUGACGUUGAGGAACCAAGGAUAAUGGUGGAUGCUAAAUUCAAAGAUGUCAUACUUUUGAAAGCUGGUGAAGUUUUCAAACUCGAGGCAGACGUAACAGGGCGACCAAUACCAACAAUGGUCUGGACAAAGGACGCAAAGGAUCUUGUAGAAAUGGGAAAACAGGAAAUAAAGAUCACUGAUUUCUCGACGGUUUUGAUGAACAAAGAUAGCUCAAGAAAAGAUGGAGGUGCUUACGUACUUACCGCAUCCAAUCCUGGUGGCUCAGUUAAGCAUGUUUUCAAUGUCAAAGUUCUAGAUAGACCCGGCCCUCCUGAAGGACCGAUAGGAAUUACAGAUGUCACAUCAGAAAAAUGUGUGAUAUCAUGGUUACCACCUCCAGAUGAUGGUGGUGCAAAGAUUGAUCAUUAUGUCAUUGAAAAGCGUGAGACCAGUCGACUUGCAUGGACAACUGUAUCAGCAGACGUUCAAGUCACCAAACUGAAGAUAAAUAAACUUCUCAAAGGGAAUGAGUAUAUUUUCCGUGUCAUGGCAGUGAAUAAGUACGGAGUUGGUGAAUCAUUGGAAUCUGAACCUGUUAUCGCUGCUAAUCCAUUUGUCCCACCCAGCCCACCGAAGACACCAGAGGUUACAGCAAUCACAAAAGAUUCAAUGGUGAUUUGUUGGGGGCAUCCAGAUUCUGACGGUGGCAGUGAAAUCACCAAUUAUAUUGUUGAGCGGCGUGACAAGACAGGAUUACGAUGGGUUAAAUGCAACAAAAGACCAGUCACUGAUUUGCGAUUCAAAACUGUUGGGCUUACAGAAGGACAUGAAUAUGAAUACAGAAUCGUAGCUGAAAAUGCUGCAGGUCUUAGUCAACCAAGUUCUACCAGCCCAUUCUAUAAAUCUUGUGACACUGUAUUCAAACCCGGACCUCCAGGUAACCCUAGGCUGCUUGAUUCGAGCAAAUCUUCAAUUACUAUUGCCUGGAAUAAACCUAUUUAUGAUGGCGGUUCAGAAAUUACAGGUUAUGUGGUUGAAACGUGUCUUCCUGAAGAAGAUGAAUGGACAAUUGUAACACCACAGGCUGGACUUAAAGCCACAUCGUUCACAAUCACGAAGUUAAAGGAAAACCAAGAAUACCUGGUUCACAUAUAUGCUGUGAAUGUUGAAGGCAUUGGUGAACCUGCACAAAUCCCAGGAACAGUUAAGGCUGAAGACAGAUUGUUACCUCCUGAGAUUGAUCUUGAUGCAGAUCUACGAAAAGUGGUAUGUAUAAGAGCCUGCUGCACUUUGAGAUUGUUUGUUACUGUGAAGGGAAGACCAGUUCCUGAAAUCAAAUGGGCCAGGGAAGAUGGGGAGCCACUGGACAGAGCGUCGAUUGAAACUACCAGCUCGUACACUCUUCUCAUUAUCCCAAAUGUGAACAGAUUCGACAGUGGCAAGUACAUGUUAACAGUCGAAAAUAGCAGCGGCAGCAAGACUGCUUUCGUAAAUGUUAGAGUUCUGGAUACUCCAGGGGCACCGCAGAAUCUGAAGAUUAAGGAAGUUAGCAAGGAGUCCGUCACCGUUUCAUGGGAGCCCCCGCUUAUCGAUGGCGGUUCCAAGAUCAACAAUUACAUAGUAGAAAAACGAGAAUCCACCAGGAAAGCGUACUCCACAGUCAUCGCCAACUGUCACAAGACAACCUGGAAGGUGGGCACCUUACAAGAAGGUUGCAACUAUUACUUCCGUGUCCUGGCUGAAAAUGAGUAUGGAGUGGGUCUUCCUGUUGAGACCUCUGAUGCAGUUAAGGUGUCAGAAAGACCGCUUCCACCAGGCAAAGUAACCUUGGUAGAUGUAACAAGAAACAGUGCAAUUCUGUCGUGGGAGAAGCCAGAGCAUGAUGGAGGCAGCCGGUUAUUAGGAUACAUUGUGGAAAUGCAAAGUAAAGGAAGUGAAAAGUGGACAACAUGUGCUACUGUGAAGCUUACUGAAGCCACCAUAACUGGGCUGACCCAAGGUGAAGAGUAUAUGUUCCGAGUAUCAGCACAGAAUGAAAAAGGUGUCAGCGAUCCUCGACAACUGGGCGUCCCCGUUAUUGCAAAGGAUCUCAUAAUCGUUCCUUCUUUUAAACUUCUGUUUACCACGUUCAGCGUCCUAGCAGGAGAAGACUUGAAAGUUGAUGUGCCAUUUAUUGCGCGUCCCAAACCAACAAUAACAUGGCUGAAAGACAACCAGCCAUUGAAACAGACAACCAGAGUCAAUGCUGAAUUGAAAGAUAGUAAGGCACUUCUAGUAAUUAAGGAAGCUUGUCGCGAUGAUGUUGGCCACUACACCAUAAAACUAGCAAAUGCUGCUGGCGAAACAAUUCAAAUUCUUGGUAUUGUUGUUUUGGAUAAGCCUGGACCUCCAACUGGGCCAAUCAAGAUCGAUGGGGUUACUGCAGACAGCAUGAUUCUCACGUGGGAACCACCAGAAUACGAUGGUGGAUGUCAAAUUAAUAAUUAUAUUGUUGAAAAGAGAGACACUUCAACUACUGUCUGGCAGAUUGUGUCUGCUACUGUUGCCAGAACAACAAUCAAAGCCAUACGUUUAAAGACUGGUAUUGAAUAUCAAUUCAGAAUCGCAGCUGAGAAUAGAUAUGGAAAGGGCAGCUUUCUUGUUUCCGAGUCUACUGUUGCACAAUUUCCCUACAAGUCCCCUGGUCCUCCUGGUACUCCUUAUAUGACGCAUGUUACGAAGGAGAGCAUGCUCGUACAAUGGAAUGAACCCGUCAACGAUGGUGGCAGUAGGAUUUUGGGCUAUCAUCUUGAACGCAAAGAAAGAAACAGCAUUCUAUGGAUCAAAAUGAACAAGUCAAUUAUUUCCGACACCCAGAUGAAGUCCAGCAAUCUUGAAGAGGGCAUUGAAUACGAGUACAGGGUGUAUGCUGAGAAUAUUGUUGGCAUUGGCAAACCUAGCAAAGUAUCUGAAUGUGUCGCAGCUCGAGAUCCAUGCGAUCCUCCGAGUCGCCCAGAAGCUGUGAUUGUUACCAGAAAUUCGGUGCAUCUUCAGUGGAACAAACCCGAAUACGAUGGAGGAAGCAAAAUCAUUGGGUAUAUUGUUGAGAAGAAAGAACUUCCUGAAGGCCGCUGGAUGAAGGCUAGCUUCACUAAUAUCAUUGAUACCAAUUUUGUUGUAACUGGUUUAAUGGAGGACCAGAGGUAUGAGUUCAGAGUGAUUGCCAGAAAUGCAGCUGGUGUGUUCAGUGAACCGUCAGAAAGCACUGGUCCCAUUACUGCCAGAGAUGAAGUUGACCCACCCCGAGUUAGCAUGGAUCCACAAUACAGGGAAGCUGUUGUGGUAAAUGCAGGUGAAGUAUUUAAGAUCGAAGCUGACAUUUUUGGCAAACCAAUCCCAACAAUCCAGUGGCUGAAAGGAGACAAAGAACUGGAAAACACAGCCAGGCUCGAAAUUAAAAGUACCGAUUUCAAUACGGCUCUCACAGUCAAGGAAGCAAUUCGAGUGGAUGGCGGCCAGUACACACUUUUGGCAAGGAACGUAGCAGGUGAAAAGAUUGUUCAUGUAACCGUGAAGGUGCUUGACAGACCAGGACCGCCAGAAGGACCAAUUGUUGUAACUGGAUUGACUGCUGAGAAAUGCACAUUGGCGUGGAAGCCACCAACCCAAGAUGGAGGGAGUGCGAUUUCCCACUACGUUAUUGAAAAGCGAGAAACUAGUCGCUUGGUCUGGACAGUAGUUGACUCCAAUGUAGUGGCUCUGAGUUAUAAAGUUACCAAAUUUCUGGAAGGAAAUGAAUACAUCUUCCGUGUUAUGGCAGUAAAUAAAUAUGGUGUCGGUGAGUCACUGGAAUCUGAAGCAGUAAUAGCAAAGAAUCCAUUUGUGCCCCCUGAUGCACCAAAGACACCUGAGGUUACGGCUAUUACAAAGGACUCAAUGGUCGUUGUAUGGGGAAGACCUACAUCUGAUGGUGGUAGUGAAAUUCAUGGAUAUAUUUUAGAGAAGCGUGACAAAGCAGGAAUACGAUGGACAAGGUGUAAUAAGCGGCUGGUUACUGAACUCCGAUUCAGGGUGACCGGAUUAAUGGAAUACCAUGAUUAUGAGUUUAGAGUAUCUGCUGAAAAUGCUGCUGGCAUCAGUGUCCCGAGUUUGUCCUCCCCUUUCUACAAGGCUGCUGAUCCGAUCUACAAACCUGGCCUACCCAACAAUCCUAAAGUCACUGACGUUACAAGAUCUUCUGUUUCUCUUUCAUGGAGCAAACCCAUUUAUGAUGGCGGAUGUGAAAUCCAAGGAUACAUCGUAGAGAUGUGCGACACCAGCACUGAUGAAUGGAUAAUGUGCACGGCAGCAAGCGGCAUUAAGCAGACUCAAUUUCAAGUGAAUAAAUUGGUGGAAAAGCAUGAAUACAAAUUCCGUGUCUGUGCUGUUAAUAAAGCUGGAGUUGGUGAACACGCUGAUUUUCCCGACACUGUCCUUUUGGAAGAUAAAUUAGAAGCUCCAGACGCAGAUCUUGGUGCCGACUUGAGGAAGAUCAUUAAUGUAAGAGCUGGUUGUUCUUUGAGAUUGUUUGUUCCUAUCAGAGGAUGUCCUGCUCCAGAAGUGAAAUGGACUAAGUCAGAUGGUGAAAUCAGAGACACUGCACAAAUUGAUGUGUCUGAGAGUUACACGAUGCUUGUAAUUGACAACGUUAACAGAUAUGACACCGGAAAAUACAUGUUAAACUUGGAAAACAGCAGUGGAUCAAAAUCCGCCUUUGUCAGUGUCAGAGUGCUCGACACACCAAGUCCACCAAUUAAUUUGAAAGUUAAGGAGGUAACAAAGGAACACGUAACCUUAUCCUGGGAACCGCCUAAGUUGGACGGAGGUGCGAAGAUUAAGAAUUAUAUCGUAGAAAAGCGGGAAUCCACAAGGAAAGCUUACUCUGCCGUUGUCACCAAUUGCCAUAAGACUUCCUUUAAAAUAGAACAACUCCAGGAAGGUUGCAGUUACUAUUUCAGAGUCUGUGCCGAGAAUGAGCAUGGGAUUGGAUUAACCGCAGAAACCGUUGACCCUGUUAAAAUAUCUGAAGUGCCACAGCCUCCAGGAAAAAUAACAGUGGUUGACGUGACAAGAAAUUCUGUGUCUUUGAGUUGGGAGAAACCUGAACAUGAUGGCGGUAGCAGAAUUAUCCAGUACGUUGUAGAAAUGCAAAGUAAAGGAAGUGAAAAGUGGGCAGCCUGUGCACAUGUAAAAUCCCUUGAAACAGUCAUCACGAGCCUGGUACAGGGAGAAGAGUACUCGUUCAGAGUUAUGGCAGCCAACGAGAAGGGCAAGAGUGAUCCAAGAACCCUAGCAGUACCAGUGAUUGCCAAAGAUCUAGUGAUUGAACCAGACGUCAGGCCUGCAUUUAACAGCUAUAAUGUACAAGUAGGACAUGAUUUGAAAGUUGAAAUCCUUAUCUCUGGACGACCUAAACCAGUGAUUAUUUGGACAAAGGAUGGCCAGUCACUCAAGCAGACAACCCGAGUCAAUGUUGCUGACACCAGUCAUCAUACAGUGCUAAGCAUCAAGGAUUCGGUUAAAGAAGACAGCGGAAUGUAUGCCAUUGCCGUGAGCAACAUUGUUGGCCAAAAGACAGCGUCUUUCGAAGUGAUAACCCUAGACAAGCCUGGUCCACCCAGUGGCCCUGUUAAGUUUGAUGCCGUUAGUGCUGAAAGCAUCACAAUUGCUUGGGAACCACCAGCCUUUACCGGUGGCUGUCAAAUAAGUAAUUAUGCUGUUGAAAAGAGAGAUACGACUACGACAACCUGGGAGCUUGUUUCAGCUACAGUGGCAAGAACAACUCUCAAGAUAACCAAACUGAAAACAGGAAAAGAAUAUCAGUUUAGAAUAUAUGCCGAGAACAGGUACGGUAGAAGUUUCGCUUUAGAUUCUCAGGCGAUUAUUGCCCAGUAUCCAUACAAAGAGCCUGGCCCACCAGGUACACCAUUUGUUCCAAAUGCUACGAAAGAGACCAUGAUUGUGGAAUGGCAUGAACCAAUCAACGAUGGGGGUAGCAGAAUCGUAGGCUAUCAUCUUGAACGCAAGGAAAGAAAUAGCAUUCUUUGGUCCAAAGUCAAUAAAAGCAUCAUACAAGAUACACGAUUGAAGAUCACCGGACUCGAAGAAGGAAUUGAAUAUGAAUUCAGAGUAUACGCUGAGAAUAUCGUUGGAAUUGGCAAAUCAAGCAAGAUCUCUGAGUGCUUUGUUGCCCGUGAUCCAUGCGAUCCACCAGGCUGCCCAGAACCUCUUAUUGUGACCAGAAAUGCAAUAACACUUCAGUGGACAAAGCCAGAAUAUGACGGUGGCAGUAUAAUUACUGGCUACAUUGUUGAGAAGCGUGACCUACCUGAGGGUCGCUGGAUGAAGGCUAGUUUUACAAAUAUCAUUGAAACCCAAUUCACUGUUACUGGUCUCACUGAGGAUGACAGGUAUGACUUCAGAGUCAUUGCUAAAAAUGCUGCAGGUACAAUUAGUAAACCAUCUGAUAGUACUGGGGCAAUUACUGCAAAGGAUGAGGUUGAACCACCUAGAAUAUCUAUGGAUCCCAAAUACAGAGACACAAUUGUGGUUAAUGCAGGUGAUGUAUUCAAGCUGGAUGCUGAUGUUCAUGGCAAGCCAUUACCUGUUAUUCAGUGGUUCAAGGGUGACAAAGAAGUGGAAGAAUCAGCAAGACAUGAGAUCAAAAACAGUGACUUCAAAGCUCUGAUUGUUGUAAAGGAUGCAAUCAGAGUGGAUGGCGGACAAUACAUUCUUCAAGUCUCUAACGUGGCAGGGACAAAAUCUGUUCCCAUCAACGUAAAGGUCUUGGACAGACCUGGACCUCCCGAGGGACCAAUCCAAGUUACCGGCGUCACUGCUGAAAAGUGUUCUCUUGCUUGGAGUCCACCACAGCAUGAUGGUGGAAGUAACAUUUCACACUAUAUCAUUGAGAAACGAGAAACCAGUCGUCUGGCCUGGACUGUUGUGACUUCAGACCUUCAAACUACUAUGCAUAAAGUUACCAAGCUUUUGGAGGGCAAUGAAUAUAUCUUCCGUAUCAUGGCCGUCAACAAGUAUGGUGUCGGUGAGCCUUUGGAGUCUAUACCCGUUAUGAUGAAGAACCCAUUUGUACCUCCUAGUCCACCCAAAUCAUUGGAAGUAACCAACAUUGCAAAAGACUCCAUGACUGUAUGCUGGAACAGACCGGACAGUGACGGUGGAAGUGAAAUCAUAGGUUAUAUCGUGGAGAAGAGAGACAGGGCUGGAAUCAGAUGGACAAAGUGUAACCGGCGUAGAAUUACAGACUUGCGAUUCCGAGUCACAGGGCUCGUGGAAGACCAUGAAUAUGAAUUCAGAUUGUCUGCUGAAAAUGCCGCUGGAAUUGGCCAACCAUCUCCGGCCUCAGUUUUCUACAAGGCUUGUGAUCCAGUGUUCAAACCUGGGCCACCAGCUAAUCCACACCUUGUAGACACCACAAAGACUUCUGUCGUGCUUGUUUGGGGCAAACCAAUUUAUGAUGGUGGGUGUGAAAUUCAAGGAUAUUUAGUAGAAAUCCGCAAAGCAGACGAGGAAGACUGGACCAUGUGCACUCCACAGACCGGUUUACGAGUAACCCGCUUUGAAAUCGGAAAACUCAUUGAAGGACAGGAAUAUAAUGUUCGUGUAUGUGCCAUCAACAAGGCAGGAGUAGGUGAGCCAGCAACAGUACCUGGCGCAGUUAAACCAGAAGAUAAACUUGAUGCACCUGAAAUUGAACUUCAGGCAGAAUUAAGGAAAGGGAUCACAGUCAGAGCAGGUAAUACUGCCAGGAUCUUUAUAGCAUUUAAAGGCAGACCUGCUCCUGAGAUUAGUUGGUCAAAGGACGAGGGUGAAAUGAAUGAAAAGGGACAAGUAGAAAAGGGACACAACUAUACGCAGGUGACGAUAGAUAACUGCGAUCGAAAUGAUGCUGGAAAAUAUAUUUUGACUCUAGAAAACAGUAGUGGCACCAAAUCUGCAUUUGUUUCAGUCAAAGUGUUGGACACACCUGGAGCUCCACAAAACCUAGCUGUGAAGGACAUAAAGAAAAACUCAGCUACACUCACAUGGGAUCCACCCAUUAUUGAUGGAGGUGCAAAGAUUAAAAACUAUGUUAUUGAUAAGCGAGAAUCAACCAGAAAAGCUUAUGCUAACGUGACCACUAAAUGUAACAAGUGCAGCUACAAAGUUGAGAAUCUUGCUGAAGGAGCGAUUUAUUACUUCAGAGUCAUGGCAGAAAAUGAGUUUGGAAUUGGUAUACCAGUUGAGACUCUGGACUCUGUGAAGGCUUCUGAGGUACCUUUACCACCAGGUAAAGUAACUCUCACUGACGUCACUCAGCAGAGUGUCUCUCUAGCUUGGGAGAAGCCGGAACAUGAUGGUGGCAGCAGAAUUAUGGGCUACUUGGUUGAAAUGCAACCGAAAGGAUCUGAAAAGUGGGGUCUUGUGUCCCAGUCUAAAACAUGCGAGGCAGUAGUUGCUGGUCUCAGUUCAGGACAUGAAUAUCUCUUCCGUGUAUUAGCUUUCAAUGAGAAAGGAAAGAGUGACCCAAGACUCCUGGCGGUACCAGUGAUAGCUAAAGAUCAGAAUAUUGAACCUACCUUCAAACUCGUAUUCAACACCUAUAGUGUCAAAGCUGGAGACGACCUGAAGAUUGAAGUUCCAGUGAUGGGACGUCCAAAACCUAAGAUUAUUUGGGCAAAGGAUGGACAGUCACUGAAACAAACAACAAGGGUAAAUGUGGAGGAAACUGCAACCUCAACAAUCCUUCUGAUUAAAGACAGUCAUAAGGAUGACUUUGGAAAGUAUUCAGUUAGUGCUACAAACAGUGCUGGAUCAGCCACAGAAGAUAUUAGCAUUAUAGUGCUUGAUAAACCAGGUCCUCCAAGCGGGCCAAUACGAUUUGAUGAAGUUAGUGCUCAGUUUGUUAUAAUUUCAUGGGAUGCACCUGAAUACACCGGAGGUUGCCAAAUUAACAACUACAUUGUGGAGAAGCGGGAUACAACGACCACUGCUUGGCAAAUCGUCUCCGCAACUGUAGCUAGAACAACCAUCAAAAUAAUGAAACUGAACACGGGAAGUGAAUACCAGUUCAGAAUCUUUGCUGAAAACAGGUACGGCAAGAGCUCAUCUUUAGAUUCUAAAGCAGUUGUUGCACAAUACCCAUACAAGAUGCCUGGCCCUCCAGCUACUCCAAUUGUAUCAGCUGCGACAAAGGACACCAUGCAUAUCCAGUGGAAUGAACCAGUAAACGACGGUGGAAGUAAGAUUUUGGGUUACCACCUUGAACGUAAAGAAAGGAACAGUAUUCUUUGGAUAAAAUUGAACAAGGUGAUCAUCCAAGACACUCAUUUCAAGUGUAACAAUCUAGAAGAAGGUAUUGAAUAUGAGUUCAGAGUAUUUGCAGAGAAUAUUGUCGGCAUCAGUAAACCUAGCAAGGUAUCUGAAUGUUACGUAGCUCGAGAUCCUUGUGAUCCUCCCGGCCGACCCGAAGCCGUCAUCAUCACAAGAAAUAACAUUGUUCUCCAAUGGACAAAGCCUCCAUAUGAUGGUGGUAGCAAGAUCACCGGAUACUUUGUGGAAAAGAAGGAGCUUCCUGAAGGUCGCUGGAUGAAGGCCAGUUUCACCAACAUAAUCGAGACUGAAUUUAACGUGACUGGAUUAACUGAAGACGCAAGGUAUGAAUUUAGAAUAAUUGCAAGAAAUGCAGCUGGUAUUUUCAGUGAACCAUCUGAAAGCACUGGACCAAUUACAGCAAGAGAUGAGAUCGAAUCCCCUAGAGCUUCCUUGGACCCCAAGUACAAGGACGUGAUCGUUGCUAAUGCAGGAGACAGCUUUGCACUGGAAGCUGAUAUCUAUGGUAAACCCAUACCUGAAGUAAAAUGGAUGAAAGAUGGCAAAGAUCUGGAAGUAACUACUGCAAGGAUGGAGAUUAAAUCAACCCUUCACAAAACUGCUCUCACAGUCAAAGAUUGUAUAAGAAUUGACGGAGGGCAAUACACACUUCACCUCAGUAAUGUAGGCGGUACAAAAUCUAUUCCCAUAACUGUUAAGAUCCUUGAUAGGCCUGGUCCUCCCGAUGGUAUUCUGAAGGUUUCUGGUGUUACAGCAGAGAAAUGCUACUUGGCCUGGAACCCACCUUCCCAAGAAGGCGGUGCGAAUAUUUCUUACUACAUCAUUGAAAAGAGGGAAACCAGCAGACUGUCCUGGACGCAAGUGGAGACUAACGUGCAAGCUAUCAGUCACAAAGUAACCAAACUUCUUCCAGGCAAUGAGUACAUAUUCCGUGUAAUGGCUGUGAAUAAGUAUGGAAUAGGUGAACCACUGGAAUCCGAACCGGUUGUGGCCAAAAAUCCAUUCCACGUACCAGGUCCACCAACAACACCCGAAGUUACAUCGAUCACUAAGGACUCAAUGGUUGUAACCUGGGGGCGUCCUACUGACAAUGGUGGAGCUGAGAUUGAAGGAUAUGUACUAGAAAAACGGGACAAGGAUGGAAUUAGGUGGACCAAGUGCAAUAAAAAGAGGUUGACUGAUUUGCGUUUCAGAGUGACUGGUCUGGUAGACGGACACUUCUAUGAAUUCCGCGUAUCUGCAGAAAACGCUGCUGGUGUAGGCGACACGAGUGAACCAAGUAUUUUCUACAGAGCUUGUGAUGCCAUCUAUCCUCCUGGUCCACCAAACAAUCCAAAGGUGACAGACACGACAAGGUCAACAGUAUCACUUGCAUGGGGCAAACCUAUCUAUGAUGGCGGAGCUCAAAUUAGAGGGUAUUCUGUAGAGGUUAAAGAAGCUAGUACUGAAGACUGGAUCACUUGCACGCCUCCAACAGGGGUGCAGUCUACAUACUUUACAGUAGAGAAACUGAAAGAGAAUAUCGAAUUCAAUUUCCGUGUCUGUGCCAUCAACUGUGAAGGUGUCGGUGAACCAGCAAAUGUUGCUGAUACAAUUAUUGCAGCUGAUAAGUUGGAGCCACCAGAAAUUGAGCUGGACGCUGAUCUCCGGAAGAUUGUGUCCGUACGUGCUAGUGGUACUUUGAGGCUGUUUGUUCCCAUCAAAGGUAGACCAGAACCUGAAGCAAAAUGGGAGAAAGCUGAAGGAAAUCUCAGUGAACGAACCCAGAUUGAAGUUACAAGCUCUUAUACAAUGUUGGUCCUUGAUAAUGUCAACAGGUUUCACAGUGGUAAAUAUCAUUUAACUUUGGAAAAUAACAGUGGUACUAAAUCUGCUUUUGUUAACGUCAGAGUUCUUGAUACACCAAGUGCACCUGUAAAUCUCCAUAUAAGAGAGAUAAGGAAAGAUUGUGUGACAUUGUCAUGGGAACCCCCUCUUAUUGAUGGUGGAGCAAAGAUUACCAAUUACAUUGUAGAGAAACGUGAAUCCACUAGAAAGGCUUUUGCUUCUGUUACCAACAACUGUACUAAAACAACAUUCAGAGUUGAAUCACUUCAAGAAGGAGGUAUUUACUGUUUCCGUGUCUUGGCAGUCAAUGAGUAUGGAACAGGCCUUCCAGCAGAAACUGCUGAGCCCAUUAAAGCAUCUGAGGUGCCCUUGCCUCCUGGCAAAGUAACAUUGAUAGAUGUGACACGAAAGACUGCAACUCUUACCUGGGAGAAACCUGAAAAUGAUGGUGGGAGCAAAAUAUCUAGUUAUAUCAUCGAAAUGCAAACCAAAGGAAGUGAAAAAUGGACAUUGUGUGCUCAAGAAAAAACACUGGAGACAACCGUCAAAGGACUAACAGCGGGCGAGGAAUACACUUUCAGAGUCAUUGCUGUGAAUGAGAAAGGAAAGAGUGAUCCGAGACUGUUGGGAGUUCCGGUCGUUGCAAAGGAUGUUGAAAUUGAACCAUCCAUUGAACUCGCGUUCAAUAGUUUCAGUGUGAAGGCUGGUGAUGACCUCAAGGUUGACGUACCUUUCAGAGGAAGACCAUUGCCCACUGUGACAUGGAAGAAAGACGGACAGUCUUUGAAACAAACAACACGAGUGAAUGUUCAGACAUCAAAGACGUCUACACUUAUGACCAUUAAAGAAGCUUCAAAGGAAGAUGUUGGAAAAUACGAACUAAUUGUUUCCAAUAGCACAGGAUCAAUAACCUCCUUAAUCAAUGUUAUUGUUCUUGACAAACCAGGGCCACCUGGCGAAAUCCGAGUGGACGAUGUCAGUGCUGAUAAUAUCACUAUAUCUUGGGACCCACCAGAGUACGAUGGUGGUUGUCAAAUUAACAAUUACAUCGUUGAAAAGAGAGACACUACAACAACAACUUGGGAAAUGGUGUCUGGUACUGUAGCCAGAACAUCCAUAAAAAUUACACGACUUAAACCAGGGAGCGAGUACCAAUUCCGUGUCUGCGCAGAAAACCGUUAUGGCAAGAGCCACAAUAAGGAUUCUCACGGUAUUGUUGCACAGUACCCGUUUAAACCACCCGGUCCUCCUUCAACUCCCAUCGUCGCACAUGCCACUAAGAAUUACAUGAUUGUGAAGUGGAACGAACCAGUCGUUGACGGAGGCUCCAAGAUUCUCGGAUACCAUGUUGAACGCAAAGAAAGAAGCAGUAUCUUGUGGACGAAGGUGAACAGAGGUCUUGUGACCGACACGAAGAUUAAAGUCACUUCUCUUGACGAAGGGCUGUUGUAUGAAUACCGUGUGUAUGCAGAGAACAUUGCAGGUAUUGGCAAAUGCAGUAAGGUUUGCGAGCCUGUUGCGGCUAGAGACCCAUGCGACCCUCCAGGUCAACCAGAGGUAACAAAUAUUACCAGGACCUCAGUUUCACUGUCUUGGACUAAACCAGAAUAUGAUGGUGGUGCUAAAAUCACUGGUUAUAUUGUGGAAAACAAAGAGUUGCCAGAUGGACGCUGGUUGAAGUGCAACUUUACUAACAUCCCAGAAACGUAUUUUGAUGUUACUGGUCUUACUGAAGAUCAACGUUACGAGUUUCACGUUAUUGCAAAGAAUUCCGCAGGUUUAUUCAGCGAAGCAUCUGAAUCAACAGGUCCCAUUACUGUGAAAGAUGAUGUAGAAGCCCCCAGGAUUAUGUUGGAUGCUAAAUUUAGGGAAAUUGUUAUUAAGGCUGGAGAAUUGGUUAAGGUCAAUGCAGAUAUUGCAGGACGUCCUCUUCCAGUGGUAUCAUGGACAAAGGACGGUAAAGAGCUUGAAGGACAGGCAAGGACUGAAAUCCAGUCAACUGACAAGAGUACUAUAAUUAUCGUGAAGGACUGCAAUAGGCGAGACUCAGGACAGUAUGUCUUAACACUGCAAAACGUUGCUGGAACAAGAUCCUUAGCAAUUAACCUCAAGGUACUAGAUCGACCAGGCCCACCUGCUGGUCCUUUAGACGUCUCUGGUCUUACAGCUGAAAAGUGUUCACUGAAAUGGGCACCUCCUCAAGAGAACGGAGGAGCAGCUAUUGAUCAUUACAUUGUAGAAAGGCGUGAAACAAGUCGCCUUGCAUGGACCCUGGUAACAGAUGAGUUGAGAACAACAUCCUGUAAAGUAACUAAACUGCUCCGAGGCAAUGAGUAUAUUUUCAGAGUGAUGGGAGUUAACAAGUAUGGAGUUGGUGAAGUUAUAGAGAGUGAACCAAGAAAAGCGCUUGAUCCAUUCACAAUUCCUAGUGCACCAAAAUCAUUGGAAAUUACCAACGUCACAAAGGAGACCAUGACCAUCUGCUGGUCAAGACCCGACAGUGAUGGUGGCAAUUCAAUUGCUGGCUAUAUCAUUGAGAAACGUGAGAAGAAUGGACUCCGCUGGGUACGGGUCAAUAAGAAACCUGUAUACGAUCUGAGAGUGAAGGCCACAGGACUCCGUGAAAGCGCAGAAUAUGAAUAUCGCGUGUCUGCGGAAAAUGCUGCAGGUGUGGGUCCUGCAAGCGAAGCAUCAACGUUGAUUCGUGCAGAAGAUCCACUCUUUGUACCUGCUGCUCCAUCCAAACCCAAAGUUGUUGACUCUACAAAAACAAGUAUUUCACUUGCUUGGACAAAGCCCCUAUUUGACGGUGGUUCACCUGUCACUGGAUACACUGUACAGUAUAAAAAGUCCGAAGAAACCGAAUGGACCACAGCCAUCCAAAACCUGAGAGGCACAGAAUUUACAGUAAUUGGACUCACAUCAGGAGCAGAAUAUGUUUUCUGUUUAUCUUCCAUCAAUAAGGUUGGGGUCAGCGAUCCAAGUGAGGUAUCUGAGCCACAAGUUGCAAAGGAAAGGGAAGAAGAGCCUGCUUUCGAUAUCGACAACGAAAUGCGCAAAACUUUGAUUGUCAAAGCUGGCAGCUCCUUUACAUUAGCCGUGCCGUUCAAAGGAAAACCAAUACCCAAUGUCAUGUGGAGCAAAUCCAAUGUAGAUCUCCGUGUACGAGGAAGUAUUGAUAGUAAAGAUUUAAUGACAUCAUUAACCAUAGAAAAAGCAACAAGGAACGACUCUGGUAAAUACGUAUUAACAUUACAGAACGUGUUAGCUACGGCCACACUGACAUUAGUUGUCAAGGUUCUGGACUCCCCUGGACCUCCUGGCGCUAUUAUUCCAAAGGAAGUCACCAGGGAUUCAGUCCUGCUGACCUGGGAUGUACCGGAAAACGAUGGCAGUGCUCGUGUGAAGAAUUAUCACAUUGAAAAACGUGAAGCUAGUAAGAAGGCUUGGGUCUGUGUGACAAUGAAUUGCAAUCGCCUCACUUACAAAGUUACCAAUCUCCAAGAGGGGGCCAUUUACUACUUCCGCAUCAGGGGAGAAAAUGAAUUUGGUGUCGGCGUUCCGAUUGAGACCAAGGAAGGUGUUAAAGUGACAGAAAAGCCAAGUGUACCUCAACGACUUGGAAUUACAAAUGUCACCAAAGAUAGUGUGUCUCUCGCUUGGUCCAAGCCAGAACACGAUGGAGGCAGUAGGAUAACCGGCUACUUUAUUGAGGCUCUUGAAAAAGGCCAGCAAAAGUGGGUCAAAUGUGCAGUUGUGAAGACCACACACCACGUUAUCGAAGGUUUGAGAGAGAAUGGUGAAUACUUCUUCAGAGUAUCCGCUCAAAAUCAAGCCGGCCUCAGCGAUCCUAAGGAAAUGGUUCUACCUGUAACCGUGAAAGAACAGCUUGAUUCACCUGAGAUUAAUCUGAAGUACUUCCCGCACAACACAGUGUACGUCAGAGCUGGAUCCAACCUUAAAUUCGAAAUCCCAAUAUCUGGUAAACCACAGCCCAAAGUGUCUUUGUCGAGAGACGGAUUGGUUGUGAAGUCAACCAUGAGGUUUAACACGGAGAUGAGCGCAGAGAGCCUCAUUGUGAACCUGAGAGAAAGUGUGGCGAAUGACGCCGGUCGAUACGAUAUUACUGCUGCCAACUCCAGUGGAACGACCAAAUCAUUUAUCAAUAUUGUGGUCCUCGACAGACCCAGCCCCCCAUUAGGUCCUGUUAAUAUCAGUGACGUCACCGAAGAUAGCGUCAUAUUGAAAUGGCACCCGCCGGCCUACGACGGUGGCAGUCAGGUAACCAACUACAUUGUUCUCAAGCGAGAAACCAGUACGGCAGCCUGGUCAGAAGUGUCCGCCACUGCGGCCAGAAGUAUAAUCAAAGUCAUGAAACUGACCACCGGAGAAGAAUAUCAAUUCCGCAUCAAAGCCGAGAACCGAUUUGGAAUCAGUGACCAUAUUGAUUCUGCAUCUGUCAUGGUCAAACUGCCUUACACUACGCCUGGACCUCCAUCGACUCCGUGGGUAACUCAUGUCACCAGAGAGAGCAUAACAGUGGGCUGGCACGAGCCAGUUUCCGAUGGUGGCAACCAAGUGAUUGGAUAUCAUUUGGAAAUGAAAGACAGAAACAGCAUUCUAUGGCAGAAGACUAACAAGACUAUCAUACGUACGACACACAUGAAGAUCACUCAUAUCACUGGUGGACUUAUCUAUGAAUUCCGGGUGUAUGCACAAAACGCUGCAGGCAUUGGCAAAGUUAGCCAUCUUUCCGAUCCAGUUCUUGCGAUUGAUGCUUGCGAACCCCCAACAAAUGUACGUGCAACAGAUGUUACAAAGAACGCUGUAAGCCUCAGCUGGAAAAAACCUGCUUACGAUGGUGGUAGCAAGAUCACCGGCUACAUUGUUGAAAAGCGCGAUCUGCCGAAUGGACGAUGGACAAAGGGCAGCUUUAUUAAUGUCAUUGAGACUCUAUUCAGUGUCUCAGGUCUGACUGAAGAUGCACAAUAUGAAUUCCGUGUAUUUGCUAAGAACGCAAAUGGUUCUAUAAGCAAUCCAUCUGACGUUCUUGGACCUGUAACAUGCCAUGACACCUAUGGUGCUCCUCAGAUUGAUCUGCCGAUGGAAUAUUUGGAUAUUGUCAAAUAUAAGGCUGAUUCUGCUGUGAAACUUAAAGUUGGCAUCUCUGGCAAGCCUUUCCCAUCCAUUGAAUGGUACAAGAAUGAAAAAGAACUUGAGACUAGUGCUCAAGUCUCUAUUGAAAGUACAACUGAAUCGGCAGCAGUAUUAAUUAAGGAUGCCAGUCGUAUCAACAGUGGAAACUAUGAAAUUAAACUUAAAAAUUCCAUGGGCUCAGGAACAGCAACAAUUAGAGUACUGAUACUAGACAAACCUGGCCCUCCUGGAGGUCCGAUAGAAUUCAAGACUGUCACAGCCGAGAAAAUCACUAUCAUGUGGAACCCUCCAGAGGACGAUGGUGGAGCUUCUAUCAGCCACUAUAUCGUUGAAAAACGCGAGACAAGCCGAGUCGCUUGGUCUCUCAUAACAGACAAGUUGGAAACUUGUAUGAUUUCAAUGCAGAAACUCAUUAAAGGCAAUGAAUAUGUAUUCCGUGUCAGGGGUGUGAACAAAUACGGUGUUGGUGAACCACUGGAAUCUGAUGUUGUUAUCGCUAAGAAUGCAUUUGUGACACCUGGACAAGCCAGCAUGCCCGAAGCCACAAUGAUAACUAAACAGACAAUGACUAUCACCUGGACGAGGCCUACCGUUGAUGGCGGCAAUGAAAUAAUUGGUUAUUUCUUGGAAAAACGAGAGAAAAGGAGUCUUCGCUGGUUCAAAGUCAUUAAGGAACCCAUCCGUGACACCAGGCAAAAGGUCUCCGGCCUCACCGAAGGGAACGAGUAUCAAUUCCGCGUGAGCGCCAUGAAUGCAGCUGGACUCGGCCCACCUUCUGACAUCUCCGAUUUCUACAAAGCCGCCGAUCCAGUUGAUCCACCGGGCGAACCAACCAAACUGAAGAUUGUCGACACUACUAAGUCGUCCAUCACUCUGAGCUGGACUAAACCAGUCUACGAUGGAGGAAGUACGAUAACAAGCUACGUUGUUGAAAAGAAGGAAGCUGAGGAAGAGGAAUGGACAGUGGUCAGUGCAAAGGGUGAAGUCAGAACUUCAGAAUAUGUUGUGGCCCACUUACAACCUGGUAUCAACUAUUACUUCCGGGUCAGUGCCGUCAACAUUGCUGGCCAUGGAGAGCCAAUUGAAAUGACAGAACCUGUGCAAGCUAAGGACAUACUUGAAGGGCCAGAGAUCGAUCUUGACGUUGUGAUGAGAAGUUCAAUAACAGUAAAAGCAGGCGAAGACGUGGAGAUCAUGAUACCCUUUAAAGGCCGUCCUACUCCAAAUGUCACAUGGAGGAAGGGUGAGAAACUGAUCAACGGGGAUGAGAAAUAUAUCAUCCACAACACUGAGUCAACCACAUUCAUGACUAUUCCUCAGGUCAGUCGUGAGGAUUCGGGCAAAUACGUGUUGACAAUUGAAAAUGGCGUCGGUGAAGCCAAAUCAACUUUUGUGACUGUAAAGGUCCUUGACACUCCCGGGGCUUGUCAGAAUAUACAGAUCAAGCAUGUAACCCGAAGCACAGUCACAUUAAUCUGGGACCCUCCUCUUGUAAAUGGCGGUUCUGCAAUUUGUAAUUAUGUCAUCGAAAAAAGAGAUGCAACAAAGAGAGCCUGGUCUUGUGUCACUACCAAAUGCUGUGGAACCAUGUUCAAACUGACCAACCUGUCAGAAAAGACAUCUUUCUUUUUCCGAGUAAUGGCAGAGAAUGAGAACGGAUUGGGUGUCCCAUGUGAGACCACGGAAGCAGUGAAAGCCACUGAAGUGCCAGGACCCGUCAAAGAGCUCGCAAUGAAGGAUUCCACAAAGACGUCUGUUGUGUUACAAUGGAACAAACCUGAUUAUGAUGGAGGAAGUAUCAUCUCAGACUACAUCAUCGAAAAGAAACUGAAAGAGGAGACCGAAUGGUCCAGUGCUGGAACUUGCAAAGUUUGCGAAUUUGAAGCCACUAAAUUAAAGGAGCUAACAGCUAUGGAUUUCCGAGUAUUUGCUAAAAACGAAAAAGGACUAAGUGACAGUGUUACAAUCGGACCCAUUACAGUGAAAGAUUAUGUUAUCACGCCUGAAGCAGAUUUAUCUGAAAUUCCAGGAGGACAGAUUAGUGUCAGAAUUGGACACAAUAUCCACAUUGAACUGCCUUAUAAGGGCAAACCGCAGCCGAGUAUCCAAUGGCUGAAAGAUAAUGCUCCGUUAAAAGAAACCGAGUUUAUUCGGUACAAGAAAACAGCCACCAAAGCGACUUUAAAUAUCAAGAACGUCAAGAAAGAACACGGUGGGAAAUACACCUUAAUCUUGGAAAAUGCUGUUUCCAGAAAAUCGUUCAGCAUCACUGUUUUUACUCUGGGUCCUCCAUCCAAGCCGAAGGGACCAGUCAAAUUUGAUGAAGUGAAAGCGGACAGCGUCAUCGUUUCCUGGGAUGUCCCUGAUGAUAACGGAGGAAGUGAGAUCACUUGCUACAGCGUUGAAAAGCGUGAAACCUCGCAAACCAGCUGGAAAAUGGUUUGCUCCAGUGUCACCAGAACAAGCUUUAAGGUUCCAAACCUGGUCAAAGACUUGGAGUACCAGUUCAGAAUCCGAGCUGAAAAUAGAUAUGGAAUAAGUGCGCCACUUAAUUCAAUGGAUGUUAUCGCAAAACACCAGUUCAGACCUCCUGGUCCUCCCGGCAAGCCUGUUGUGUACAAUAUUACCUGCGAUGGUAUGACAAUCACGUGGGACGCACCAGUAUAUGACGGCGGUUCCGAAGUAAUUGGUUAUCAUGUUGAGAAGAAGGAAAGGAACAGCAUCUUGUGGCAGAAGGUCAACACAGCAUACAUUUCUGGCAGAGAUUAUAGAAUUAUAGGACUCAUCGAGGGUCUGGACUACCAGUUCCGUGUUUAUGCUGAAAAUAGUGUUGGAUUAAGUCCAGUCAGUGAAUUGAGUAAAUUACAUCUGGCUGUCUCACCAGUUGAUCCACCCGGUACACCCGAUUAUAUCGAUCUCACAAGGGAUACUGUAACACUUAAGUGGGAUGCACCACUACGCGAUGGUGGAAGUAAGAUUGUCGGCUAUUGUGUUGAAAAACGCCAAGCAAGUGGACGUUGGCUACGGUGCAAUUUUAUUGAUGUUUCCGAGUGUCAGUAUACAGUCUCAGGUCUUAGCCCUGGUGACCGAUAUGAAUUCCGUAUAAUUGCUAGAAAUGCAGUAGGAACAAUGAGCCCACCUUCUCAGUCAUCCGGAUACAUCAUGACCAGAGAUGAAAGCAUAUCACCAACAAUUGAAUUUGGUGCUGAGCACUUUGAAGGCCUGACCGUAAAAUCGGGUGAGGCAAUUCGAAUGAAGGUGCAUAUCAAAGGCCGUCCAUUACCCCAGGUUACUUGGUUCAAAGAUGGAAAAGAAAUUGACAAGAAGUUGAUGGUAGACAUCACCAAUGUUAUUGGAUCUAGCAGUGUCUUUGUCAGAGACGCCUCACGGGAUCACCGUGGUGUAUACACUGUGGAAGCCAAGAAUGCAUCUGGCAGCAAGAAGGCUGAUAUUACUGUCAGAGUUCAAGAUACCCCAGGAAAACCAAUUGGACCUAUCCGAUUCAGCAAUAUUACUGGAGAAAAACUCACAUUGUGGUGGGAACCUCCAGAUAAUGACGGCUGUGCCGUAAUUACCCACUAUGUGAUUGAGAAACGAGAGACGAGCCGAAUUGCUUGGUCAAUGGUCAGUGAUAACUGCGAAGCCUGCUCAUUCUCAGUUACCAAACUAAUCAAGGGCAACGAGUACCAGUUCCGUAUAUCCAGUGUCAACAAAUUUGGUGUUGGAAGACCAUUAGAUUCUGAACCAGUUAUUGCACAGAUACAAUACACCACACCUGAUCCCCCAGGAACUCCAGAACCAACCUAUGUAACAGGAGACAGUAUCACAGUGACUUGGUCCAGACCACGAUCUGACGGAGGAAAUGAAAUCAAACAAUACAUCCUUGAGCGACGUGAGAAAAAGAGCAUGCGGUGGGUCAAAGUGUUUAGCAAGAGAACCAUCACAGAAACCAGAUAUAGAAUAACUGGACUCACUGAAGGGAACGAAUACGAGUUCCGUGUCACGGCUGAAAAUGAUGCUGGAGUCGGACCCUCAAGCGAAAUCUCAAGACUUGUUAAAUGCAGAGAACCAGUUAAUCCACCAGGUGCGCCUACAGUUGUCAGAGUCACAGACACAACAAAGACAUCCGUGAGCUUGGAAUGGACCAAGCCUGUGUUUGACGGAGGCAUGCCGAUCAUCGGGUACAUCAUUGAGAUGUGCAAGACCGCUCUUGGCAAUUGGAAUAAGGUGAACGCAGAGGCGUGUGUCAACACCAAAUACACUGUUACUGAGUUGGAAGCUACGGAAGAGUACACAUUCCGUGUCUGUGCCGUCAAUAGUGCAGGCAAAGGAGAUAGCUGUGAGGUAGCCUCCGCAGUGCAAGCUGUAGAUAGGUUAACGUCACCUGAAAUUGAUAUUGAUGCCAGUUUCAAGCAAAUCCACAUUGUCAAAGCUGGAGGCACAGUUCAACUCAGCAUUGCUUUCCAAGGCAGACCAGUACCUGUUGUUACUUGGUCCAAGGCAGAUUCAUCCAUUGGGAUACACGCUCACAUUAACACAACUGACACAUUCAGCGUUUUAACAAUAGAAAACUGCAAUAGGUACGAUGCUGGUAAAUACACACUUAGUUUGGAGAACAAUAGCGGCAGCAAAUCUAUUACAUUCACAGUCAAGGUACUAGACACUCCGGGAGCUCCGGGCCCAAUCACCUUCAAAGACGUUACAAGAGGAUCAGUGACAUUGAUGUGGGAUGCUCCAGUUAUUGAUGGAGGUUCAAGCAUUCGCCAUUACAUUAUAGAAAAGCACGAAGCUAGUCGGCGUAGCUGGCAAGAAAUUAGUGGAAAGUGUUCCCGACAGAUCUUAAAGAUAGGAGACCUUGCUGAAGGGGUGCAAUACUACUUCCGCGUCAUGGCAGUAAACGAAUAUGGCGUCGGCGAGCCUUAUGAAAUGGCAGAACCUAUCAUUGCCACAGAGGAACCGGCACCACCGAAGAGACUGGAUAUUGUUGACACUGGCAAGACCUCUGCUGACUUGGCUUGGAUGAAACCAGAGCACGAUGGUGGUAGUCGAAUUACUGGUUACCUGAUACAGAUGAAGCAGAAGGGUUCAGAUCACUGGGUUGAUGCCUGUAACACCAAACUUCUUCAGGUUACAGUUGAUGGACUUGUAGAAAACACAGAGUAUGAAUUCCGUGUCCAAGCCAAGAACGAUGCUGGUUACAGUGAACCAAGAGAGUCCUUUUCAUCUGUUAUUAUUAAAGAACCACGGAUAGAGCCUAAAGCGGAUCUCACUGGCAUCACCAAUCAAACGAUCACUUGCAAAAGCGGAAGUUCCUUUACCAUCGAUGUUCCUAUCAGUGGACGUCCACCACCCAAGGUAACUUGGAAACUCGAGGAGAUGAGACUUAAAGAAACUGAUAGAGUCAGCAUCAAGACAACAAAAGAGAGAACCACUCUGUGCAUGAAGGAAAGUCUGAGAGGCGACUCUGGCAAAUAUUACUUAACACUGGAAAACACAGCAGGAGUCAAGACUUUUACCGUGACUGUUAAUGUUAUUGGCCGACCAGGUUCUGUUACUGGCCCCAUAGAAAUCUCAUCAGUUUCUGCGGAGUCCUGCGUAUUGUCAUGGCAAGAGACCGAAGAUGAUGGUGGCGCAGAAAUCACCAACUACAUUGUAGAAAAACGUGAAUCUGGUACUACAGUCUGGCAGCUGGUCAACUCCAGUGUGAAACGCACUCAAAUUAAAGUCACCCGUUUGACAAAAUACAUGGAGUACAACUUCCGUGUCUCUGCAGAGAACAGAUUUGGUGUCAGCAAACCGUUAGAAUCAGCUCCUAUAGUCGCUGAGCAUCCAUUUGUUCCACCAAGUGCACCAACUAGGCCAGAUGUCUACUUUGUUUCUUCGAGUGCCAUGUCUGUUCGAUGGGAAGAACCAUACCAUGAUGGUGGUAGCAAAGUCAAUGCCUAUUGGAUUGAAAAGAAGGAACGCAACAGCAUUCUUUGGGUGAAGGAAAACAAAAUACCAUGCAUCGAGUGUCACUACAAAAUAUCCAGCCUAGUAGAAGGCUUGGAGUACCAGUUCAGAAUCUAUGCCAUGAAUAAAGCUGGCUUAAGCAAAGCCAGUGAAGCAUCCAGACCACAAAUCGCUCAAAAUCCUGUUGAUCCUCCAGGUCGACCUGAAGUUACAGAUGUUGACAAUUCAUCUGUUUCGCUGAAAUGGACAGUGCCAAUCAACGAUGGCGGAAGCAAGAUUGUUGGUUAUGUUGUGGAGCGUAAGCCAUAUUCUGAGACUGGCGAAGGUCGCUGGCUGAAGUGCAACUACACUUCUAUCACAGAUACCUUCUACACAGUGUCAGGGCUCAGUGAAGCAGAGGUUUAUGAAUUCCGUGCUUUAGCUAAGAAUGCAAGUGGAGUCAUCAGUAUACCAUCUGAAUCCACUGGACCGGUCACUUGCAGAGAUGAAUAUAUACCACCAAAGGCUGAACUACACACCAGACUGCUUGGAGAAGUGGUAACCAUAAGAGCUGGCUCAGAUCUUGUACUUGAUGCGUUUGUUGGUGGGAAACCUGAUCCUAAGGUCUUCUGGUCUAAGGGAGACAAAGAACUGGAGCUUUGUGAAAAGAUUUCUCUGCAGUACACUAACAAGCGGGCCAUCGCCAUCAUUAAGUUCUGCGACAGAAGUGACACUGGAAAAUACACACUAACUGUGAGAAAUCCAAGUGGAAUUAAGACCGUAUCUGUAAAUGUUAAAGUGCUCGAUUCACCAGGGCCUUGUGAAGGUUCAAUCACCAUCAGCAGAGUCACUGAGGAAAAAUGCACUUUGACAUGGAAUAUGCCACUAGAAGAUGGUGGAGCCGAGAUUACACACUUUAUUGUGGAGCGACGUGAGACCAGCAGACUUAACUGGGCAAUUGUUGAACCUGAGUGCCUCACUCUUUCCACUGUUGCUUCGAGAUUUGUAAAGAACAAUGAAUACAUUUUCAGAGUAAGAGCAGUCAACAAAUAUGGACCCGGUGUACUGCUCGAGUCUGGACCUGUAGUGGCCAGAAACCUAUUCACUGUUCCAUCACAACCUGGGGAGCCACAGUUUGUUGCAGUUGGUAAAGAACAUAUCAUCAUCCAAUGGAUGAAGUGCGAAACUGAUGGCGGAGCUGAAAUUAGAAACUACCUGGUAGAUAAGCGUGAAAAACGAAGUGUGCGCUGGACACGGGUCAACAGAGAUUAUACUGUUUAUGACACUAGACUCAAAGUGACAGGUUUAAUGGAAAAUUGUGAGUACCAAUUCCGUGUUUCAGCGGUGAACGCAGCUGGCAACAGUGAACCAAGUGAAUCGUCACAGUACAUCCUUUGCAAAGAACCUACAUAUACACCUGGAUUACCUUCAGCGCCAAGAGUUGUGGACACAACCCGGCACAGCAUUAGCCUAGCAUGGACAAGACCCAUGUACGAUGGUGGUUCUGAUAUCAUCGGCUAUGUACUUGAAAUGAAAGAGGAAGGUACAGAGCAGUGGUACAGAGCACACACGACUUCUUCCCUAAGGAACACUGAGUACACGAUUGCAUCCCUUGUAACUGGCAAGAAGUACUUCUUCAGAGUGGCUUCUGUCAAUAUCAACGGAAUAAGUGAAUUCAGUGAAUCAUCUGCUGAAAUCGAAACAGUUGAAAGGAUAGCAAUCCCAGACCUUGAGCUUGAUGAUGACCUGAAGAAAACUGUCACUGUUAGAGCUGGUGGCUCUCUCCGCUUAAUGGUCUCUGUAUCGGGAAGACCAGCUCCAAUAAUAAACUGGAGCAAGUCUGGUGUCGAUCUCAUGAGCCGUGGUUUCAUUGAUACAACCGAUUCUUACUCACUGCUAAUAAUCGACAAAGUGAAUCGUUACGAUGCGGGAAAAUACAUCAUUGAGGCUGAAAACCCAUCUGGCAAGAAAGCAGCAACUAUUGUUGUCAAAGUAUACGAUACACCUGGCCCACCUGGUGUGGUUAAGGUUAAGGAAGUCACAAAGGAUUCUGUGGUUUUAACUUGGGAAGUGCCAUUAAUCGAUGGUGGAGCACCUAUCAAUAACUAUAUCAUUGAGAAACGUGAAGCAGCUAUGAGAGCAUUCAAGACAGUGACAAUUAAGUGCAACAAGACAAUUUACAGAAUAACCGGACUCCACGAAGGAAGCAUGUACUAUUUCAGAGUCUUGCCAGAGAAUAUCUAUGGAAUUGGUGAACCAUGUGAAGUAGCAGAUUCUGUGCUUGUGUCUGAAGUUGCUAUGGUUCCACAGAAACUAGAAGUGAUUGAUGUCACCAAGACCUCAGUUACACUAGCCUGGGAGAAACCACUACAUGAUGGAGGCUCUAGAUUGACUGGUUAUGUAAUUGAAGCGUGCAAGGCCGGUACAGACAGAUGGAUGAAGGUUGCCACCGUUAAACAGACGGUCUUCCAGCACACCAUCAUCUCUCUAAAUGAGAACGAGCAAUACCUCUUCAGAGUCCACGCCCUAAAUGCGAAGGGUAUGAGUGAAGCCAGAGAGAUUGUGACUGCUGUCACUGUAAAGGAACAGAAAGUGGUGCCAACGAUAGAUUUAGUGGGCAUAACUCAAAAGACCGUUUCAGUGCACGCUGGCAAGCCCAUUGAGCUGGUUAUUCCGAUCGGUGGCCGUCCAUAUCCCGCGGCUUCCUGGUACUUUGCUGGAAACAAAAUGAGAGAGGGCGAUCGGAUCAAGAUGGAAAAAUCAGCUAAAGUAGUGAAGCUUACCGUGCGUGAAACCACUAUCAGUGACACCGGUGACUACAUGCUUGAGCUGAAAAACACUGCUGGAACCACUACUGAAUCUAUCAAAGUGAUCAUCCUUGACAAGCCAGGGUACCCCACAGGUCCAAUUCGAUUUGAUGAGAUUGAUGCCACCUCUGUGACUAUCAGCUGGGACCCACCAGAGAAAGAAGGUGGAGCGACCAUCACUGGCUAUGUGGUUGAACAACGUGAUGCUCAUCGCCCAGGAUGGCUGCCAGUGUCUGAAUCUGUUACAAGGACCAUGUUCAAAUUCAUUAGAUUAAUUGAAGGCACUGAAUACGUCUUCCGUGUAGCAGCUACAAACCGCUUUGGCAUCGGAUCAUUCUUACAAUCCGACAUUGUACAGUGCAAGAGUGCGAUCGACACCUCUGAACCUCCUGAUACGCCCCAGGUAUUCGAUAUUUCUCGUGAUGGAAUGACCAUUACUUGGGAUGUGCCAGUUGAAGAUGGUGGCUCCCAGGUUACCGGGUACAUCAUUGAACGCAAAGAACUGAGAGCUGAACGGUGGGUCCGAGUCAACAAAGUACCUGUGACUAUGACAAGGUACCGUUCCACUGGACUCAUUGAAGGACUAGAGUAUGAACACCGAGUGACUGCUAUCAACGCAAGAGGUGAAAGCAAACCAAGUCGGCCAACCAAGCCUGCAAUUGCCAUGGACCCAAUAGAACCACCCGAAAAGCCCCAGAACCCAAGAGUUACAGACACCACACGAACAUCCGUGUCUCUUGCUUGGAACCCACCGGAAGAAGAAGGAGGUUCCAAGGUCACCGGGUACCUCAUUCAGAUGCAGAAAAUCGAUCAGUUUGAAUGGACCAAGUGCAAUACCACUCCAACAAAGAUCUGUGAAUACACUCUGACUCACAUGCCACAGGGAGCUGAAUACAGGUUCAGGAUAUUAGCAGUUAAUGCUGGUGGAUCUGGUGAACCUGCUGAUGUCCCAGGAACAGUCAAAGUCACUGAAAUGAUAGCAUAUCCUGAUUAUGAACUUGAUCCUAAAUAUAUGGAAGGCCUACUGGUCAGACAAGGUGGAGUCAUCAGGCUGACUGUGCCAAUCAAAGGCAAACCUAUUCCUGUUUGUAAGUGGACGAAGGAAGGUCGUGAUGUCAGCCACCGUGCUAUGAUUGCGUCCAGUGACACCGACACUGAACUUGUGAUAAAAGAAGCAGAUAGAGAAGAUUCAGGCACUUAUGACCUGGUCCUUGAAAACAAAUGUGGCAAAAAGGCAGCUUACAUUAAGGUGAAAGUGAUUGGAAUCCCGAAUCGUCCGGAAGGACCACUUGAAUUUGAUGACAUACAAGCUCGUUCUGUCAGAGUUAGCUGGAGACCUCCCACUGAUGAUGGUGGAUCGGACAUCAUUGCGUAUAUUGUUGAGAGACGUGAGGUGCCCAAAACUGCCUGGUACACUGUUGAUUGCACAGUAAAGGAGUGUUCCAUUGUUGUUAGAGGCCUGAAAGAAAACAUAGAAUAUCACUUCCGAGUUUCUGCUGAAAAUAACUUUGGCAUCAGUCAAUCUCUAAAAUCUGAGGAGCCAGUUAUACCAAAGACACAACUAAAUCCACCAGAGCCUCCAAGCAACCCUCCAGAAAUCCUGGAUGUUACCAAAACGUCCGUCUCUCUAUCCUGGGCAAGGCCAAAGGAUGAUGGUGGAUCUCGCGUCACUGGCUAUUUUAUUGAUCGCAAAGAAUCUACUACAGAUAAAUGGGUUCGACAAAACAAGACCCAAAUUACUACAACAAUGUACACGGUCACAGGACUUGUACCGGAUGCUGAAUAUCAGUUCCGUAUCAUUGCACAGAAUGACAUAGGAUCCAGUGAACCAAGUCAAGCAUCAGAUAGUGUUAUAUGCAAGGAUCCCUUUGAUAAACCAAGCCAACCUGGAGAAAUCGAGAUCAUUUCUGUCACAAAGGAUAGCAUCGCUAUUAAAUGGGAGCGUCCUGAAUGUGACGGUGGCAAGGAUAUCAUUGGUUACUGGAUUGAGUACCGUCAAUCUGGCGAUAGUGCCUGGAAGAAAUGCAACAAGGACCGCACCAAAGACAGACAGUUUACACAGGGAGGCCUUCUGGAGUCUACGGAGUAUGAAUUCAGAGUCUUUGCCGAGAAUGAGACCGGAAUCGGCAGGCCUCGUAGAACUCCUGUAGCAAUCAAGACCAAACUAACAUCUGGAGAAGCACCAGCAGUUAGACAAGAAGUAAAAGAUGUUACAGCUAAAUUGGGUGAGACAGCAACACUGAGCUGCCAGAUAAUUGGUAAACCACUUCCCGACAUCAAAUGGUACCAUUAUACCAAAGAACUAAUUCAAAGCCGCAAGUAUAAAAUGAGCUCAGACGGACGUAACCAUUCAUUAACUGUUAAAACAGAAGAUCAGGAGGAUGAAGGUUCGUACACCUGCAAGGCCACCAAUGACGCAGGGGAGACUGAGCUUACUGGCAAACUCUUGCUCCAAGCAGCUCCAAUGUUCCACUCUGGAUUCCCAUUGAAAGAAAAGUAUAUAGUUGGUAGUGGCACAAGUCUCCGCAUCCACGUGGUAUACAUUGGUCGUCCUGUGCCUGCUAUUCACUGGUUCCACGGCAAGAAACCGUUAGCAGUUUCAGAGACUGUAUUGAUAGAAAACACAGAAAACUACACUCACCUCGUGAUCAGAAACGUCCAACGGAAAAUCCAUGCUGGAAAAUACAAAGUGCAACUUAGCAACGUGUUUGGAACAGUGGAUACUAUACUUAAUGUGGAAAUACAAGGUAAACCAGAUAUGCCUGAAGGGCCAAUAGUAAUGGAUGCUUUCCUGAAGAAUUCGGCAGUGAUCAGCUGGAAACCACCAAUUGAUAACGGAGGAGCUAUGAUCACCAAUUACAUUGUAGAAAAGCGUGAAGCCAAAGAAGGAGAAACAUGGAAGCUUGUAUCAUCUGCUAUCGCUGGCACAUCUUGCAGAAUCGUAAACCUUAUCGAUAAUGCUGGAUACUACUUCCGUGUUUCUGCUCAAAACCAGUUUGGUGUCAGUCAGGCAUUGGAAGUCUCAGCCAUUGUCAUCAUCAAGAGUGCAUUUGGGAAGCCUGGUGUACCGUCCAAACCUACUGUAGCCGCUGUCACAAAGGACUCUUGUGUGGUAUCAUGGAAGCCACCCACUAGUGAUGGUGGUGCAAAGAUUAGAAACUACUACCUUGAGAAGCGCGAGAAGAAGCAGAACAAAUGGAUCGCCGCCACAACCGAUGAAAUCCGUGAGACCGUUUACUCUGCGGAAGGCCUCAUCGAGGGCCUGGAGUAUGAGUUCCGCGUCAAGUGUGAAAACCUUGGCGGUGAGAGUGACUGGAGCGAGGUAUCCGAGCCCAUCAUUCCAAAGUCUGACGUGCCCAUUAGAGCACCGCAGUUCAAAGAAGAAUUACGCAACCUGAAUAUAAAAUAUAAGGGCAAUGCCACUUUUGUUUGCAAGAUUACUGGAAAUCCUAAACCGAUCGUGAAAUGGUUUAAACAAGGCAAAGAGAUCGAGCCUGAUGGUGUAAAGUUAAAGAUCCAGGAAUUCAAGGGUGGCUACCACCAACUGGUGAUUACAGGCGUCACAGGAGAAGAUGCUACUGUUUACCAAGUCCGCGCAACCAACCAAGGAGGUGCUAUUUCAACCACAGUCUCAUUGGAUGUUGAAGUUCCUGCCGAGAUUCACUUACCCAAACAUCUGGAAGGCAUGGGUGCAGUCCACGCUCUCCGUGGUGAAGUAAUUAGCAUUAAAAUUCCUUUCUCCGGCAAGCCUGAUCCUGUAAUCACAUGGCAAAAGGGACAAGAUCUGAUCGAUACUAACGGUCACUUUCAAGUCAUUGUGACCAGGUCAUUCACCUCUCUCGUAUUCCCCAAUGGAGUUGACAGGAAAGAUGCUGGUUUCUACAUUGUAUGUGCCAAGAACAGGUUUGGUAUAGAUCAGCAAACUGUUGAACUAGAUGUGGCAGAUGUACCUGACUCGCCAAGAGGAAUCCAGGUCAGCGACAUCUCACGUGAUUCUGUUGCUUUAACAUGGAAUGCUCCAGCUAGUGAUGGUGGAAGCAAAGUAAUUAACUACGUUAUUCAAAAGUGCGCAACCACGGCGGAAAUGUGGAUUCGUGUUGGACAAUCACGUGAUACGCAUUACACGGUUGUGAAUCUGUUUGGCAAGACCAGCUACCAGUUCCGGGUCAUAGCUGAGAACAAGUUUGGUCAGAGUCAACCAUCGGAAUCAACUGAACCUGUCGUCACUAAAGAAGACAAGACCAGAGUUAUAAACUAUGACGAUGAGGUUGAUGAACUGAGAGAGAUAACUAAACAGAAAGCUACUCACUCUGCUACCAAAGAACUUCACACCAAAUACAUGAUUGCUGAAGAGCUAGGACGCGGACAGUUUGGUAUUGUGCACCGAUGCAUCAAACACAGCAGUAAGAAGACGUAUAUGGCAAAGUUUGUUAAAGUAAAAGGCGCUGAUCAGGUAUUGGUGAAGAAGGAGAUUAAUGUCUUCAAUGUUGCUCGACACCGGAGCAUCCUUCAGCUGCACGAAUCAUUUGAUAGUCUUGAAGAACUGGUCAUGAUCUUUGAGUUCAUCUCAGGCGUUGAUAUCUUUGAGCGCAUUUGCUCAACUACUUUUGAGUUGACUGAAAGGGAAAUUAUCAACUACACUCGCCAGAUCUGCGAAGGACUUGAGUUCCUGCAUAGUCAGAAUAUAGGCCAUUUUGAUAUCAAAGCAGAGAAUGUCAUUUACACAACGAGAAAGAGUUCCAAUAUUAAGAUUAUUGAAUUUGGACAGACGAGACAACUUAAACCCGGUGAUAACAUUAGGAUACAGUUCACUACCCCAGAAUACACAGCACCUGAGCUGCAUCAGCACGAUAUGGUCAGUACAUCCGUUGACAUGUGGUCAGUAGGUACUCUUGUCUACAUACUUCUUUGUGGCCUCAAUCCAUUUAUGGCUGAGACAAACCAGCAGGUUAUUGACAACAUUUGCAACGCAGAAUACAACUUUGAGGACGAAGCUUUCAAAGAAGUCUCAACUGAAGCUCUAGACUUCGUAGAUCGCCUCCUGGUCAAAGAUAGGAAGGCCCGCAUGACUGCUGCUGACGCCCUCGAACAUCCUUGGUUGAAACAGAGGACAGAGAGAAUGAGCACCAAAGUGAUUAAGACUUUGAGACACAGAAGAUACUAUCAGAGCAUAAUGAAGAAAGAUUUAAAUGUCGUCGUCUCUUCUGCUCGUAUAUCUUCCGGUGGGGCUAUUAGAUCACAACGUGGAGUUACUGUUGCCAAAGUUAAGGUGGCUCCAAUCGAUAUCGGUCCUCUUACUUCCCAAAUUAUGCAUGCCACUGCUGAAGAAGGCGGACAUGUCAAAUAUUCCUGCCGGAUAGAAAACUAUGAUGAGUCUACUCAAGUGACUUGGUACUUUGGUAUUAGGCAACUGGAAAGCAGCAGCAAAUAUGAAAUUUCCUACCAAGAUGGUUUGGCAUCGAUGUAUGUUAAAGACAUCAACGGUGCAGAUGAUGGCACUUACCGAUGCAAAGUACAGAACGACUAUGGUGAAGAUAGCUCCUACGCAGAACUGUUUGUGAGUGGUGUCAGAGAAAUGCGUUCCUAUUAUGUUCGCCGUAAGGUCAGGAAAGCAAAACGCAGAGUGGAUACCAUGAGGCUCCUUGAGAAGCCACCAGAGUUUACUUUGCCUCUGUACAAUCACUCUGCGUACAUCGGAGAAACUGUCAGAUUCGGCGUCACCAUAACUGUUCACCCUGAACCACGUGUAACGUGGUUGAAAUUUGGCCAGAAGAUUAAACCAGGCGAGGAUGAGAAAAAGUAUACUUUUAUAACUGACAAAGGCCUCUACCAGCUUCUAAUCCACAAUGUAACAUUAGAUGAUGAUGCUGAAUACACUGUGUUAGCUCGGAAUAAAUACGGUGAGGAUAGCUGCAAAGGCAGACUGACGAUAACGCCUCACCCACCUCCAGCAGACAACACUUUAAGACCAAUGUUUAAGCGUUUGUUGGCGAAUUUAGAAUGCGUAGAAGGCAACUCCGUUCGUUUUGAAUGCAGAGUGUCUGGCACACCACCUCCGACUCUGAAGUGGGAGAAGGAUGGUCAACCUUUGCCUUUUUGUCCAAAUAUUGAAGUUAUCCAUGAAGGUCUAGACUACUAUGUCUUGUGCAUUAGGGACACAUUAGCAGAAGACUCAGGCGUUUACAGAGUUAUUGCAACCAACAGUGCCGGAUCUACAAGUUGUCAAGCCUACCUAAAAGUUGAGCGUGUGACCUAUGUCAAGCAUCAGUAUAGGAACGAGGAGGACCGUAAACAGCAGGUUCAGAAGAAAAUUGACAAAACCUUGCGAAUGGCUGAAAUACUGGCAAAGGUUGAACAUGUGUCAUUGACAUCAGUAGCACAGGAAGCUCUGAGAGAAGCUGCUAUACUGUAUAAACCAGCUGUCAGCACAAAGAACGUACAAGGAGAAUAUGAAAUAUCAAAGGAAGAAAAGGUAAAGGCAGAAAAGAAACUGCGCAUGCCAUAUGACAUACCACAACCUCGUGUGCAUGAAGCGAGGGCAAUCGAAGAAGAUCAGGAUAUCAAACAAUUUGUGCCUUUGUCUGAUAUGAAGUGGUACAGGAAGAUACGAGACCAGUAUGAAAUGCCAGGACCGAUCGAGAAACUUGUGACAAAGAGACCCAAACGAAUCCGUCUCUCGAGAUGGGAACAGUUCUAUGAGGUGCCUUUACCACGCUUUACAGAUCAGUACAAGCCCAAGUGGCGCAUACCAACAUCGUCCCAAGACGAUCUGGAAAUAGUCAGACCGGCUCGAAGACGCUCACUAUCGUCCGAGUGUGAAAUAUGUUGUAGGCCAAGAAGGAGAUCACUUGGCGAUGUUUCAGUUGAUGAAUUGCUUCUCCCGGUCGAUGACUACCUUUCAAUGAAGAGAGUAGAAGAGGAACGACUACGCCUCGAGGAGGAACUUGUGUUAGGAUUUUCUGCUUCCCCUCCACGGUACAGCCCUCAGCGUUUUGAAUUAUCGUCACUUCAGCACAAAUCUUUACGGACACAACUAGCUACAGAGGAGGAGGAGGAAGAUUAUCGCAAGUACAAAACAUAUCAUAUCCCUUCCAAACAUGAAGCUGGCACAAGCUUUAUUGACCUCCGCCAACGUCACGACAAGGCUGUUUAUAAGCCACCAAAACAAAAGCAAAGGUUAAUCGACGACAGAGAGGACGAAGAGCUGCUUCGACCGUAUCGCAUGACCGAGAGAUUGACCUCCUACAAAAAGGAACUUGAGCACAUGGAACACGAGGAGAAGCAUAGGUUCACAAGUAGACGAGAAGUGGGGAUUGUACAGGCACAAGUAGGCGAGGAAGAAGAAGUAAUGGAAGUCAAGAAAUACGUCCGUAGGGAAUCUCCCUCCGUCUCGAAGUUCCUGAGGAGAAGGCGAUCACUUUCCCCAACUUACAUGGAACUGAUGCGACCGGUGUCUGAACUGAUUAGGUCUCGACCUCGCCGACCAGCUGAGAUACUGGACUCGGAGAGCGAAGGCUCGGAAAGGCGCUCACCUACCCCAGAGAGAACCCGGCCCCGUUCACCCAGUCCCGUCUCCAGAGAAAGUUCACUCUCACGUUUUGAAAGGACCGCGCGGUUCGACAUUUUUUCCAGAUACGAAUCAAUGAAAUCUGCGCUAAAAACUCAGAAAACAACAGAAAGAAAAUAUGAAGUCGUCACCCAACAGCCCUUCUCCCUCGACCACGGACCGCGCAUCACGUUGAGGAUGCGUUCUCACCGCGUCCCAGUCGGCCAGACGACCAGAUUUACUUUAAACAUUCUGUCCAAACCAAGAUCUGAAGUGAAGUGGUAUCACAACGGCAAAGAGAUUCAAGAGGGCGAGAAAUAUAAGUUUACCGAUAUGUCUGGCGUGCUGACCCUGGAGAUUGUCAAUUGCCAAGCUGAUGACAGUGGCACUUACCGCGCUGUUUGCUCCAAUUACAAAGGAGAAGCCUCUGAUUACGCAACCCUAGAUGUUACUGGAGGGGGCUACUCUUCCUACGUGUCUCGUCGUAGGGAUGAAGAACCACCAAAACCAUUUAUGCCUGACAUGACCCGAACCGAUAUUUACCAUCUCUCCACCAUUAAGCAAGCAACCACAACCGAAAGUUCUUCUGAACUCAGAGGAUUCAAAUCGGAAGAAUCCCAAAGAAGGGAGGCAGUCAGCUCGGAAGGUUAUGCCUUCGAAGAGAAAAAAUUAAGGACAGAGGAAAUAAGAGCAAGAACAGAGGAAAGAAAAACAAGUGAAGAAAGAUCCACUCGGACGUCAACAAAGCUGACUGUCCAAGCAAGAAUACUGACAAAACCGCAAUCAGCCACAGUAGCAGAAGGAGAAUCUGUGAGAUUUGUUUGCGACUUUGAUGGUGAGCCAGCACCCACUGUGACAUGGAAACAUGCUGGAACAACAAUUUCAUCCUCCAGGCGACACCUUAUUACAUCAACGCAAUUCAAAUCUACCUUUGCAAUCUCGUCAGUUCAAUCUUCCGAUGAAGGAAGCUACACGGUGGUGGUUGAAAAUGCUGCAGGAAGACAGGAAGCACAGUUUACUGUAACCAUCCGAAAAGCUGUAGCAAAGGGAAUGGGUGUGGUAUCACCUCCGAGAAUUAAGUCCCCUGAACCUCAUGGAAAACCAUCAUCGGCAAGUAAGUCAGCCAAGAGAGUCAAAUCCCCAGACCAAGCCAGCUCUGGCUCAAGAGUUAAGUCGCCUCCUCCUGUCCGAACAGCUUCAGCAGAGCGAGUGGAAAUCCCUGCAUCCACUCCACCCAAGAUUUCUCAAGGAUUAAAAGCUGAAAUACACGAAGACGGUGCAGUUAAACUGACCUGUACGGUGGAGAGCACUGUCCUCAAUGUCAAAGAAUUGACUUGGCUGAAAGAUGGCCGUAAGAUACGGGAGAACAGUCACUACAAAUUUGAAUAUUCUGCCGACGGCGUCUAUAACCUCACCAUCCACGGGCUUAACGAGAGCGAUGAAGGGGAAUACACAUGUGAAAUCACCGGGGAGGGAGGGGUUUCAAAAACAGCUUUCUCUUUCGUCGGUCAAGCCUUCAAAAGCGCAGUCAGCAAAGUGGCCAAAAUCACAGAAUCAAAGGCAGCUGUGCAGAAAAAAGAAGUGAUCUCAAAGCCGAUUAUCACCAUGUACCUCAGCGACCUGUCUGUAGCCUCUGAUACCAUGGCAAGGCUGACUGUCAAACUUGCAGGAGAACCUAAACCAACUGUAACAUGGACCAAGGAUGGCCUGACUCUUGCUCAGAGCAGCAAAUAUAAAAUAUUUGAAGAACACGGUAGCUUUUGCCUUGAAGUCCUCCACACUGAGACAUCUGACUGCGGAGUUUACGGAUGUACUGCUAGAAAUUCAGCUGGCUCAGCAUCCACAAGCUGCAAAGUGACAGUAAAAGCUUCCAAAAGCUCCACCGAUAGCCUGCGAGUUGAAUCACAGAGAAAAAGUUCGAUUAAAGCACAUGAAACAGCAGUCGUCGAGGAACAGAUUGUCAAACAAGCAUUAACGCUUGAAGAGGUCAAAACAUCAUACACAGAAAUUAAAGCCUCCAAGAUGCACAUGAAUGCAGAAAAUGGCCAGAAGGUUAUACUUAAGGCCAGCAUACCGCAGGCUGCCAAUGUGAAAUGGAUCUUGAACGGUACUGAGCUUAGGAACUCCGAGGAUUACCGAUAUGGUGUGUCUGGAAGCGACCACACCUUAACCAUCAAAACAGUCAGUUUCGCAGACGAAGGAAUAAUCACUUGUGAGGCUAAAACUGAACACGGAGUAGUAAAAUGCCAAUUUGAUCUAAUAGUGAAACAUAGUCAAUCAAAUGCCCCGUCAUUCGUUGCACAACCCAAAUCCCAAAAUGUUAACGAAGGACAAAAUGUGUCUUUCAAUUGCGAAGUAUCAGGAGACCCUUCUCCAGAGGUAGAGUGGCUGAAAGACAACCACGCUAUUGCGAUCACAAGAAAUAUGAAAGUGAGCCGUUCUAAAAGCAAAUACACACUAGAAAUUCUGAACACAACAGUCUCUGACAGUGGAAAGUAUACAGUGACAGCAAAGAAUUUCCAUGGACAGUGUUCUGCAACAGCAUCUUUGAAUGUGCUCGCUCUGAUUGAAGAACCCGCUAAAAUGGUUGUUCUGGAGACGAGUGCUUCUGCUAGCAUGCAGGAACGGUUCUCUUCCAAGACAGUCCAAAUGAGCAAACAGGAAGCCAGCAGCAGCAUGUCGGAAGUUAAAUUUGCCAGCAUGUCUUCCAGUAGCAUGUCAUCUAUGAAAGAAUCAAUGUUAUCCAUGAGCUCAAGCUCUUUUAUGGGGCACGCAAGUAUGAGUCAACUCGAAGCAACUGCAGGAAAAAUGAUAACUGGUUGCAUCAAAGGGUCUUCUCCUAAAAUUGAAGCUCUCCCAUCAGAUAUCACCGUUGAGAAAGGGAAGGUUCUAACAGUGGCGUGUGCCUUCUCAGGUGAACCUACACCAGACGUAAAUUGGACCUGUGGGGGAAGAUCUCUUUCUAGUGAAGGAGUGGGUGGCCGAUUCCAUCUUGAAACACUGGAUGACCUGACAACACUCAUAAUCACAGGUGUUAAAGAAAGUGAUGCAGGACAUUACACUCUCAAACUCACAAAUGAAUUUGGAUCAGAUUCUGCCACUGUAAAUAUUGAAGUUAGAUCAAUUUAAAGGUCCGUAUCCACUGACCUUUGCUGACGUAUCACUUUAAACAAUACCUUACUUAUUUACUUACUCUUCAGACUUGUAGAACAAUGAUGUAAGAUGCCUUAACUCAUAUGGACUUAAAUUUCUGACUUUGUAUAUAUUAUAAUGUUACAUAUUUUUGUACCCAACUCGACAAUGUUCAUCCAUACCAAACCAGACAAAUUCUGAACAAAGGGUAGAGUGUGCAAUAUUACAUUAUUGUGCAUCUGAUUUAGGAAUUUUUAACCAUUUUUCUGUGACAUGUACAUACUGUAUAUAGCCGAUUUAAGCGGUUAUGGAAGUUUUGUACCUUGUGUUUUAUGACAUAUUGAAUGCAACUUAUGAAAGAAAUGGUUGACAGGAGAAAGUUUUAACAAAACGACUAGCUUGAGCAACCUGGAACUAAAAUUUGUACCUCAACACCAUGUUGACGACUUAAGAAUACCUCAGCAGGUGGAGAGGCUCCCUGUUGAAGACAACCUACACCCUAGAGACAAUCCUACGUGUACUGAACCCAAGUACAUGCAACCACAAGUAUAUCAAAUUAGGCUUGGCCUUUUGUGCAGUUGACAAAAACCCUCAUGUUAACUGCACAAAUGGCCCUGAGCUGUGGACCGACUAUGUCAGACUACUUACUAUUUUAGAGACUAUUGUCAAAGUGCAAGCGGCCGUCACUUUGUACAAUCACUUUUCAUGUGCACUAUUUCUGGCACGGUGACUGCUUGGAUUGGUUUGAAUGAAAAAGUAACAUCGACCUGGCAAAAACACAUUUCAACAGGCUAUUCCAAGUACUCCUGUGCAGAACUAGUGCUCUCUCCUGGAGGUUCAGAUUUUCAUCGAGUGCCCGUGUGGUAGUGAUAGAAUUUUCUUUCAUGUUGUCUGUUUUGCGGGCUUAAGGAAACCGAAGUUUACCACAGUGAAAAGAACUACUGUGCUCUACCAACUUACCGUCCCAAACAUUGACUUUGAAAGAAUGAUCUAUGUAGUGUUUUUUCUGUGAACUUGUAUCAUUGAACCUUCUUGAGAUUAGAAAACUAAAAUAGCAAUUUUGAUUGAAAUAAAGCAUGCUUUCUGCACCCACAAA